GUUAACACUUCUGAGCAGUUGGAGCAUUCCCAGCCUUGCCUCGGGUGUAGGGAUUGCAAGGGAAAAAGCAAAACUACACGGCUAAGACCCUGUGUAGUUUUGUUUUUUGGGAUAUUUCGAGGCUCAUCCGUUCUCACACUGUUUUCUGAAAUCAUAUCUGGAUAAGGACUUUGUUUCAGAAGACAAAAACCUUUGGGCUUCGCCCCUCCAAUUCAAGGCACUCUUGGAUACAAGGUGCCUUCCACAAUGUCAACACAGGCGCCAACAUUUACACAGCCGCUUCAGAGCGUUGUGGCACUUGAGGGUAGUGCUGCAACGUUCGAAGCUCAAGUUAGUGGUAAUCCAGUUCCAGAGGUGAGCUGGUUUCGUGAUGGCCAGGUUCUUACUGCUGCCGCUCUGCCCGGCGCUCAGAUCUCGUUCAGCGAUGGCCGCGCUGUUCUGAUGAUCCCCGCCGUGACAGCCGCACACAGCGGAAGAUUUUCUGUGAGAGCCACCAAUGGCGCUGGACAAGCCACUAGCACUGCUGAACUGCUGGUUACAGCUGAAACUGCGCCACCAAACUUCAUUCAGAGACUACAAAGUAUGACUGUGAGACAAGGAAGCCAAGUGAGACUGGAUGUUCGAGUUACAGGAAUCCCUGCACCUGUGGUAAAGUUCUACAGAGAGGGAGCUGAGAUUCAGAGCUCUGCUGACUUUCAGAUUGUACAGGAUGGAGACCUUUACAGUUUGUUGAUUGCCGAGGCCUUCCCAGAAGAUUCUGGAACCUACUCUGUCAGUGCUUCUAACAGCAGUGGACGUGCAACUUCAACUGCAGAGUUGCUUGUUCAGGGCGAAGAAGAAGCCGUACCUGCAAAGAAGUCAAAAACAAUCAUUUCAGCCUCUCAGAUUUCACAGACUCGUCAGACUAGAAUGGAGAAGAGGAUGGAGGCUCAUUACGAGGCCUCUGCAACAGCCAUGAUGCAAAUGCAAGUAGAGGGUGGGGUUGUGACCCAGCAGCUGGCACAUAAGACUCCACCUCGUGUGCCCCCUAAACCAACCUCCAAAUCCCCCCCUUCACAAGUGACUAAAGUGUCAGCAGCUCGCCAACAGUCUCCCUCUCCUGUGAGGCAUGUUAAGGGCCCGACACCGACUCCUGUCAGAGCUGUGUCUCCAUCUACGAGACUGUCUGUUUCUCCAAUUAGACCAGUCAAAUCCCCUGUGAUGACCCGCAAACAGGUCACGCAGGGAUCUGAGGUCCUGCCCCCAUGGAAACAAGCGGGGUAUGUUUCAGAAGCCAGCUACACCCGCAUGAUUGCUGGAGCAACACAAGUCCAGACGACCUCUACCCGUGUCCAAAUGGAACAGCGUUGGGAGGGCUCUGUUGCUGUUCAGCAACAAGCUGGUGCUGUCAAAGAGGGUGAUGGGAAAAAAGCAGAUGCCGUGGCCACUGUGCUUGCUGCUGUUGAUCAUGCACGUAUACGAAAGCCCACGCAUGCUGAAGGGGCUCAGAUGGAAGAAGAGGCUGAUAUAAGACAUCAGGAAAUGCUAGCAACUAAGCAACAGGUCACAAGUAAAAAGGAGCUGUUGCUAAUUCCCACUGAAAUGACAACUUCUACUACAGAGAAGAGUGUACAUGUCACCCAGAUUCAAAGAGCUACCGAGGUUAGCUCCAAGGUGGAGACUGACCUUGCACCAUCCCCAGUUCCACAUUUUACAGUAUCAAAAGUUACUGUACCAAAACCAGAUCAUAGCUAUGAGGUUUCAAUAGCAGGUUCUGCUAUUGCCACACUACAAAAAGAGUUAUCCUCAACAACUGCUACUCAAAAGAUCAUCAAGCCUGUCAGGCCUCCUACACAUAAGAUUAUGGAGACUCGUGUGACCCCAGAGCCGACCCCUCCUCCUUUUAGAGACACUGCAGAGAGAUAUCAGACUCAUUUCGACACAGAGUUACACAGAAAGAUAGGCGUUUCAUUUGCCGGGGAAGAGUGGGACACACAGGUUGUUGAGACUGCAGCGAUCCCCUCAGCUAUCAAAGAGCCUGUAGUGCCCCCUACCUUGAUCGCAGGUUUGAAGAAUGUGACUGUCACAGAGGGAGAGUCUGUCACUCUGGAGUGCCAGAUUUCAGGUCACCCCACCCCAGCUAUUAUGUGGUUCAGAGAAGAUUACAGAAUUGAGCACUCCAUUGACUUCCAGAUCACUUAUGAAAACAGCUAUGCCCGCUUGGUGAUCCGAGAGGCCUUUGCUGAAGAUAGUGGCCGCUUCACUUGCACUGCUACCAGUGAGGCUGGAACUAUCAGCACCUCCUGCUACCUGCUUGUCAAAGUGUCUGAGGAGAUUGAGAGCAGAGAGGAGAUAACUGUCCAGGAGAAACAGACUGUCAUUGAAGCCAAAGGGGAGGCCAUGUCUGAAAUAAGCGUGGUCUCUGUGGACACUGGAGCACCUGUUGCUCCUUUCUUUGUGAGGAAGCCAGUGGUUCAGAAGCUGGUCGAAGGAGGCAGUGUCGUCUUUGAGUGCCAGAUCGGAGGAAGCCCUAAGCCCCAUAUUUACUGGAAGAAGAGUGGAGUUCUACUCACAACUGGAUACAGAUAUAGAGUUAGCUAUAACAAGGAAACAGGGGAGUGCAAGUUGGAAAUUUCUAUGACAUUUGCUGAUGAUGCUGGAGAGUACACCAUCUUUGCCAAGAACCAACACGGAGAGGCAUCUGCUUCCACAAGCCUCUUUGAGGAAGAGGAGUAUGAAGCCUAUAUGAAGACACAGGAAGUGACAUAUGUAACGGAAGUGACGACAAUGGUGCAGGAGCCCAGAGUGGCAGAUGUGCCCCCUGUAGUUGUAAGUGAAUAUGAAAAAGAGCUCAUGCAGAGAAGGAUGGCUCAGCAAACACAGAUGAUGCAAUCCUUCAUCUCAGAGACGGAAUUUCAAAUAUCUGCAAUUGAACGAAAAAUAAUCCAAGAGAUUGAAAUUCGCAUCCUUAAAAUAACUUACCGAGAGCUGGUGAUUGAGGAUGGUGAGGAGAUGGUCAUGAAUGUUGCUGAGCAUGAGGCUGUCGGAUCCUCAUUUAGCACUCCUGUUAAAAGCUACAGAAUUCUGGAAGGAAUGGGUGUUACUUUCCACUGCAAGAUGGAAGGAACACCAUUACCAAAGAUUGCCUGGUAUAAAGAUGGCAAGCGCAUUAAGCAUGGAGGCCGCUAUCAGAUGGAGGUUCUACAAGAUGGAAGAGCCAGUCUGCGCCUACCUGUGGUGCUGCCAGAAGAUGAGGGUAUCUAUACUGCAUUUGCCAGCAAUAUGAAGGGUAACGCUGUCAGUUCCGGAAAGCUCUAUGUAGAGUCCACUGCAGCUGCUCAGCCUUACUUCCCUCAAGCCGAAGCUGUGAGAAGAGUCCAGUCUACAUCUCCAAUGUCUGCUCGCUCAACUAGCUACUCCCCUGGACGUUCUCCUGCUCGUUCUGUUAGCCGCUCUCCUGCUCGUAGACUUGAUGACACUGACGAGAGUCAACUGGAGAGGCUAUAUAAGCCUGUCUUUGUGCUGAAGCCAUCAUCCUUCAGGUGUUCUGAAGGACAGACUGCAAGGUUUGACUUAAAAGUAGUCGGAAGACCUAUGCCCGACACUUACUGGUUCCACAAUGGACAACAAGUGGUCAAUGACUACACCCACAAGAUAGUGGUAAAGGAGGAUGGAACUCAGUCAAUGAUUGUGGUUCCUGCCAUGCCUCAGGACUCUGGAGAGUGGACGGUCGUUGCUCAGAACAGAGCUGGAAAGACAACUGUUUCUAUGACUCUUACUGUUGAAGCAAAGGAAAAUUUGGUCCGACCCCAGUUCAUUGAAAAGCUAAAGAAUAUCAGUGUUAAGGAAGGAAGUUUGGUUGAGUUGGCAGUAAAAGCCAUUGGAAACCCCCUCCCUGACAUUGUCUGGCUGAAAAACAGUGACAUCAUCUCUCCUCAUAAAUACCCUCAUAUCAAAAUUGAGGCUACCAAGGGACAGGCACAUUUCCAGAUUCCUCAGACUUCCGGCUCUGACAGUGCGUGGUACACAGCCACAGCUAUAAACAAAGCUGGCAGGGAUACCACUCGCUGCAGAGUCAAUGUGGAGGUAGAGUACACCGAACCUUCACCAGAAAGAAGACUCAUCAUUCCCAAAGGAACAUAUAAGGCUAAGGAUGUUGCUCCACCAGAGAUUGAACCACUGCAUCUUCGCUAUGGUCAGGAACAGUGGGAAGAGGGUGACCUUUAUGACAAGGAGAAGCAACAGAAGCCACACUUUAAAAAGAAGCUUACUUCAGUCAGGUUGAAGCGAUUCGGGCCUGUGCACUUUGAGUGCAGACUGACCCCUAUUGGAGACCCAACUAUGGUUGUUGAGUGGCUUCAUGAUGGCAAGCCACUUGAAGCUGCUAACAGGCUGCGUAUGAUCAAUGAGUUUGGCUAUUGCAGUCUUGAUUAUGAAGUUGCUUAUUCCAGAGAUAGUGGCGUCAUUACUUGCAGAGCUACCAACAAAUUUGGUGCUGAUCAGACCUCUGCUACACUAAUUGUGAAAGAUGAGAAGAGUCUGGUGGAGGACAGUCAGUUGCCAGAGGGAAGAAAAGUACAGAGAAUGGACGAAAUGGAGCGAAUUGCCCAUGAGGGCGCACCUUCAGGAGUAACUGGGGAUGACAUGACUGAGAAGACCAAGCCAGAGAUUGUCUUGCUCCCACAACCCAUGAGAGUAUUUGAGGGAGAAACAGCCAAAUAUCGCUGCAGAGUGACCGGUUACCCCACUCCCAAAGUUAACUGGUACCUCAAUGGACAGCUCAUUCGAAAGAGCAAACGUUUCAGACUACAAUAUGAUGGAAUUCACUAUUUGGAAAUCACUGACUGUAAGUCCUAUGAUUCUGGAGAUGUCAAAGUAUUGGCUGAGAACCCAGAGGGUACAGCUGAGUAUGCUGUCAAGCUUGAAAUCCAACAGAAAGAAGACUUCAGGGCAAUCUUGCGUCGUGCUCCUGAGAUGAAGGCUCCAGAGGCACCUGGCCCUGAACCUGGCAGAGUAUCUUUUGAUGUUGUGAAGGUAGAUAAACCUGCAGAUGCUUCACAAGCAAAAGAGGUUGUCCGACUGAGGAAGGCUGAGAGAGUUAUUCAUGAAAAAUCCACAGAAGAGACAGAAGAGCUGCGAAGCAAAUUUAAACGCAGGACUGAAGAGGGCUAUUAUGAAGCCAUAUCCUCAGUUGAGUUGAAGUCUCGCAAGAAGGAUGAGUCUUAUGAAGGAAUGUUAAAAAAGAGAAAAGACGAACUUCUGCACUGGACCAAAGAGGUGCCUGAGUCAGAAAAGAAGAAAGAGGAGGAGGAAGGCAAACUUACCAUUCCAACAAUCAGACCUGAGAAAGUUACUCUUUCUCCUAGCAUGGAGGCUCCAAAGAUCAUGGAAAGAAUCCAGAGCCAGACAGUUUCGGGUCAUGAUGAAGUUCGCUUCCGUUGUAGGGUUGUUGGUAAACCAGAUCCAGAGUGCCAGUGGUUCAAAAAUGGCAUUUUACUUGAGAAGUCAGAUCGUGUUUACUGGUAUUGGCCCGAGGACCAUGUCUGUGAAUUAGUAAUUAGAGAUGUCUUAGCUGAGGAUUCUGCUAGUAUCAUGGUCAAAGCCAUUAACAUUGCUGGUGAGGCCUCAAGCCAUGCUUUCUUGUUGGUGCAAGCCAAGCAAGUUGUAUCUUUUACCCAGACACUGGAGGAUGCCUUUGCUAAAGAGAAAGACACAAUGACAACAUUUGAAUGUGAGACAAAUGAGCCAUUUGUCAAGGUCAAAUGGAUGAAGAACAAUGCUGAAAUUUUUUCUGGAGACAAAUACAGGAUGCACUCAGACAGAAAAGUGCACUUCCUAUCUGUGCUGACAAUCAACAUGCAAGAUGAUGCAGAGUACACUUGUGCUAUAGCUGAUGAAGACCACAUAAGAACCACUGCCAGACUUCAUGUUGAAGGUGCACCACUGGAAAUGAUUAAACAAUUAGAGAGCGUUGAAGUGCCUGAAACAUACUCUGGAGAGUUUGAGUGCGAACUGUCACGUGAAGAUGCAGAAGGCACCUGGUACUUUGAGAACAAAGAAAUUAAGCCAAGCUUAAAAUAUGUUGUAUCCUCUCGUCGUGGCCGACACACCUUGUCUGUAAAAGAUGUCAGGAAGGAAGACCAAGGCAAAUAUACUUUUAAAGCCGGUGAUCUGAAGACAAGUGCCACACUGAAAAUGAAAUUGCGCCCUGUAACUCUGAUGCAAGGCCUCUCCGACUUGACAGUCUGUGAGGGUGAUAUUGCCCAGUUGGAGGUGCGAUUCUCUCAGGAAAAUGUGGAGGGUUCUUGGAUGAAAAAUGGCCAGCCCAUCUCUUCCUCUGACAGAAUUCACAUCGUCAUUGACAAACAAGUCCACAAACUUCUUGUUGAAAAUGUCAACAGGGAUGAUGCAGGAAUCUACUCAUUUGUUGUUCCUAUUCAAGGCAUUUCUACAACUGGAAAACUGACUGUCCAAACAAUUGAAAUCAUAUCUCCUCUAAAGGAUGUCCAUUCUAUUGAGGGUACGAAGGCAGUGCUAGAAGCUAAAAUCUCUGCCUCUGAUGUCACUUCAGUGAAAUGGUACCAAAAUGACAAGCUUGUUGUAGCUAGUGAGAGAAUCCAGAUGGUUGCCAAAGGGACCAAACAGAGACUGGUCUUGAACAGAUCCUUUGCUUCUGAUGAAGGACACUAUAAGAUGGUUGUUGGCAGAGUGGAAACAACUUGUAAACUGACAAUUGAGAAGGUCAGCAUCAUCAAGCACAUGGAGGACUGUGUGUGCACUGAAACUCAGAAUGUCACCUUUGAAGUAGAAUUGUCCCACACUGGUAUAGAUGCUUAUUGGACCUUCAAGAAUCAGCCUCUCAAGGCUGGUCCCAAACACAAAAUUGAGUCCAAAGGGAAGCGCUAUAGCCUGACCAUCAUCAAUGCCAUGAAGGAUGAAGAGGGCCAGUAUGCAUUUGCAGCAGGCGAAAAGACAUCCAGUGCAAAACUAACUGUGUCAGGUGGUGCUAUAAACAGACCACUCCAUGAUGUAACUGUAGCUGAAUCCCAAACUGCUGUUCUGGAGUGUGAGGUUGCCAACCCCACCUCUGAAGGCAAGUGGCUUAAGGAUGGCCACUCUGUUAACUUUAGUGACAAUGUCAGGAGUGAGGAUGUAGGUGCUGUCCGCCGACUUGUCUUUGUUAUCACAAGACCACAAGAUAUUGGAGAGUACACCUACCAAGUAGCAAACUCCAAGACAUCUGCCAACCUUAGGGUUGAAGCUGUGAAGAUCAAAAAGACACUGAAAAACCAAACAGUCACAGAAACCCAAGAGGCAGUCUUUAGUCUUGAACUCACCCAUUUAGAUGUGAAAGGAUCCCAGUGGAUCAAGAAUGGAAUAGAAAUUGUCCCCAGUGACAAAUAUGAGAUGAUAGUAGAUGGACUGGUUCACACCUUAAAGAUCAAGAACUGCAACUCCCAAGAUGAAUCAGUCUAUGGAUUCAAACUUGGAAAACUCUCUGCUAAUGCCAGACUGAAUGUUGAAACUAUUAAGAUUGUGAAAAAGCCAAAAGAUGUGACUUCCCUAGUGAAUGGAACUGCCUCUUUUGAGCUGAGUUUAUCCCACGAUAACAUUCCUGUUAAAUGGAUGUUCAAAAACCAAGAACUGAAACCUAGUGCCAAUAUUCAGAUAAUGUCCGAAAGGAAAGCACAUAAGUUGGUCAUUCAAAAUGUUGAAGAAAGCAAUGAUGGAGAGUACACGGCUGUAGUUGGACAUUUACAAUGCAGCGCAUAUUUACAUGUUGAAUCUCUAAGAGUCACAAAGCCCCUGAAGAAUAUUGAAAUUCCAGAGACCCAUGUGGCCACGUUUGAGUGUGAAGUUUCACAUUUCAAUGUUCCAUCCACCUGGCUGAAAAAUGGAGUUGAGAUUGAGAUGAGUGAGAAGUUCAGGAUUGUGGUGCAGGGAAAAUUGCAUCAGUUGAAGAUCAUGAAUACCAGCAGAGAUGAUUCUGCAGAAUACACAUUUGUAUGUGGAAAUGAUAAAGUCUCUGCCACCCUGACAGUUAGCCCUGUCCUUAUCACAUCUAUGCUCAAAGACCUAAAUGCACAAGAGAAGGACACAAUCACAUUUGAGGUGACUGUCAACUAUGAAGGCAUCACCUACAAAUGGCUAAAGAAUGGAGUAGAAAUCCGAUCUAGUGAUAGAUGCCAAACUCGCACCAAACAGUUCUCUCACUCCCUCACUAUCCGAAAUGUACACUUUGGGGAUGUUGGAGAGUACAAAUUUGUGGCAGGAUCUGCUGAAACAGCAGCAAAGCUGUUUGUUGAAGCUCGUGUCAUCGAGUUCACCAAGCACAUAAAGGACAUUAAAGUUACUGAGAAGAAGAAGGCCAUUUUUGAAUGCGAACUCUCUGAGCCCAAUGUCCAAGUAACAUGGAUGAAAGAUGGUCAGGAGCUUGAAAUAUCUGAAAGGUACAAAGUUUCCACAGAGAGACACAUGCAUCGUCUUAUGAUCCAAACUGUGCGCAUGUCUGAUGCCGGAGAGUACUCUGUGGUUGCCGGAUCAAGUGUAUCGAAGGCUAACCUCACAGUUGAGGGCAAGGAUGUGCGCAUCAGUGAACCUGCCGAGAAAGAAAUCACUGUGCUUGAGAAACAACGAGCUACAUUUGAAUUCGAAGUCAAUGAGGAUGACAUUGAGGGUCGCUGGCUAAGAAAUGGAGUCGAGAUCCAGUUUUCUGUAGAUCAGCGCUUCAACUAUGUCAUUAUUAGAAAAAUGCAUCGCUUGACAAUCACGGAAACCUACAGAAGUGAUGCUGGAGAAUAUACAUUCAUUGCUGGAAAGAACAGGAGUGUUGUAACCCUACAUGUCAACAUCCCUGAGCCUCCUCAGAUCAUCAAGCACUUGCAGCCUCUGUCUGUUGAGGCUGGCAAACCUGCACGCUUCUCUGUGGAGGUGACAGGAAUUCCUCAGCCUCAGGUGUCCUGGUACAAGGACACUCAGGCUCUGUCUUCUGGGUUCAAGUGUAAGUUCCUGAGAGAGGGAAAUGAGCACACAUUGCUGCUUAUCGAAGUCUUCCCAGAGGAUGCAGCUCAGUACAACUGUGAAGCUAAGAAUGACUAUGGAGUAGCCACAAGUUCUGCGUCACUUAAUGUGGAAGUUCCAGAAGUGGUUUCCCCUGACACUGGAGCCCCAUUGUCACCACCUGUGGUCAUAACACCAAUACGCAACACUUCUGCCAAUGAAGGACAAUCUGCUAGAUUCCAGUGCCGUGUCUCAGGGGAAGAUCUGACAAUUACUUGGUAUUGCAAAGACAAGGAGAUCAAGCAGUCUGAUAUAUUCAGAGUGUCUCAGUUUGAUGAAAACUGUCAGUUGGAGAUCACCAGAGUGUAUCCUGAGGAUGAGGGCGAGUACACAUGUGUUGCCCGUAACUCUGCAGGAAUGGUCUCAUGUUCUGCUGUACUGAAAGUGGACGGACAAACACAUAUUAUGGACUAUACAUCCAAGUCUCAGUCAGAAGCCACAUCCAGCCUCUUCACAAGCAUUAAGACUGUUCAGAAGGAUCCUAUUGGCCAAAGGCCCACUUUUAUUCAACCUAUUGUGAGCUGUGUGGUGGUUCACGGAGAAGUGGCUAGAUUUCAUGCUCGUGUGUCUGGCAUGCCAAAACCAGAGAUAAGUUGGUUUCAUAACCAACAGUCUAUAAAGCCUACCAAAAAUGUUGUCUUUCAUUUUGAUGAGAUGACAAACACUGCUACGCUAAUCAUAGUUGAUACUUUCUCUGAGCAUGCUGGACAGUACACUUGCAAAGCAGUCAAUAUCGCAGGAGAGGCAUCUUGCUCAGCCAGCCUUGCUGUAACUGAAGAAGUAACAAAAGUACGUGAGGAGAUUGAGGCAAAAAUUGAUGAAGAGGUCAAAGAAUUUUCUAGUUUGACUGUGAAGACCGAAGAAGAGGAAGAAACCUACAGCACAUCACUACAUUUACCUGAGAAAUCAAAAACACUUGAACUCAAGCCAGAGCAAAAACGUUUUUCUAGUUCAUUGGAAAGAAAAAAGGAGAAACCUGUAUUUGAGUCUAAGCUUACACCCAUGGAAGUUACUGUUGGAGAGUCAGUUAGGUUUACUGUCACAGUAUCUGGUUUUCCAAAGCCAAAAGUUCAGUGGUUCUAUAAUGGAAAAGUUGUCACUUCUUCGGCUGUUUAUAAGUUUAUAGAGGAGAGAGAUGAGUACUCUUUAAUAAUAACACAAGUAAAGAAAGAGUAUGAGGGAGAGUACUCUUGUACCGCCAGUAAUAGAUUUGGCCAAACCACCUGCAAAACAGUAUUAAAGGUACAAGUGAGUCAAUUAUCAGCAGCAGAAAAGUGGGUGGAACAAAUGUUCAAAAUACCAGGGCAACCACCAUGCUUUACUAUACAAAUUCAACCUGUGCAGUGUGCGGAGGGCAGCGAGGUGAAAUUUCAGUAUAGAGUUACUGGUACUCCCCUCCCUGAUGUUCAGUGGUUUAAGGGUAGUUCUCAGAUUAAGUCAAGCCAGAUCUGUUCUGUUGUAAGUAACCCAGAUGGCUCUGGCUUCCUUAUCAUGAAUAACAUCAAACAGAAAGACAGUGGACUAUACACAUGCAAGGCUGUCAAUCCUUUUGGGGAGGCAAGCUGCAGUGCUGAGUUGAUAGUAUUCCACAAAAAAGUCUCUGUAUUUCAUAAACAGCAAUUAGUUCAAGAGCAAAAAAGUUACAAGGUGUCCAUGAAAGAGGAAUCCACUGAAUCACGUUUGUACAGUGUUAGCUUACCUGGACAGGCAGGUGCUAGUUUGCAGGGAGACCAGCAGGUAAUUUACACCAUUGGCACUGAAGAUAGGCAAAUGGUAGCGAGCGAGCAGGUUGAUACUCUGCAUGACUUGGAUGUUUCCAUUGCAACUGUGCACAAGGAGCAGGUGACUCAUCAGGCUGCUGUGUUGGAAUCUUAUGAAGUGCAGGAGAGAGUAAAAUCUGCUUCAGUCCAGCCAGAACCAAUGGUAGCAACCCCUUUGAAGCAACUCCAGAUGGCUACUAUGACCUCAGCAGUUCAAGAACGCCAAGGCUUCACAGAACAGCACUUUGAACGAAUCACAAGUCCAGAAGUUACAGAGCUGGAAAUUGCAAAAGAGCACCCCUCACAAGUAAUGUCUGCCAUAACUGAGAGUAUAACUCCACUGACGAUUGUCAAAGCUGAGCCAUUAUCAACCAGAGAAACAGAACAGAUCAAAGCAUCUCCUGAGCCCAAGUAUCCACUAUCAAGUCACCAAGUUGAGACAAAACUCCCAAUUGUUAAAGAACAUUCACAGGUUAUACCUCAUACUCAGCAGGAAAAGGGCUACCAGGUUAAAGAGGGAGUUAAAAUUCUGUACAGUGCAGUUUCAACAGAGAAACAACAGAUCACAGAAGGUCACUCAAAAGAACUGUCAACUCAAGAAUCUACUUUUCAGACAUCAGUGAAGAAAGAACCACCGAAACCAGCUGUCCUUUCAGUUAGUGAGACUGCCCAAACCUUAUCAAAAGAACAGAGGUUAUCGAUUCACAGACCAGUUGAGGAGACGGCAUCUCUAGUCAAAGACAAUGUAUUUAAAUCUGCUCUUGUUGCUGAGGAAAAGCAUCAGCUCCAAGCUGAUCAGUCAAGUCUGAUACCAGGUUUAGAAAGUGCCAUUUCAGUGCAGUCCCAGAGAGAAGAAGAACAAGUUCUGCAUUUACAGGUCAUCACAGAUCAGGAUAUUCUUCCAUCUGAAGGCAGGUUCAGCAGUGAGAAACCAAUCCAAGAGAAGGCAGAUACUCAAAAAAGUCCUAUUCUUAAGCAUACAGUGUCAGUGGAUUUACAGCAGACAGUGACAUGUGAGGAGUCCUCUCAGUUUUCAGCACAAAAAACAGAACUUUUCAUUCAUCCUGGCAAGGAAGCUCCUGCUCCUUUGCAUCUUCAGUCAAUUCAUUUAGAAAAUACGUUGACAAAAGAAGGGAUAAUCUCAAUGGAAAAGCCAGAUGAACAGAUUGCAGUACAGAGACAGGAAAAAGCUCGUCAUCAUGCUGCAAGCACAGAAGAGAAAAGAGAGCAUACCGCAGAUUAUUGUAAAGAUCUUGAUGUGUCUGUUACAGGCAUGCAGUCUGAAAUCAGAAAAGAACCCAAACCUGAAAGUAUUCUUCAAGUCUUUUCAGAGCCAGUGCCGUUACCGAAAGAAACUCCUUUUGUAAGUGAUGUUAAAGAGCAGCGUGCCCUAAUUCAGAAAGAAGAUCACUGGAAUAUUGUGCAGGUGCCAUCUGUGUCAGAGAGUCAGGAUAUAGAGGAGGGACACACAGAGAAUAUAGGAACAAUUGAGAAAUUUGUGUCUGAAAGCAAAGUUGAACCCAAAAUCCCAUCUGAAUUAAUUUAUGUAGAAGAAAAGGCUAUCUCAACAGAGAGUAGUAUUGCUCUUGUGGCCACCGAACAAGACUCUGCUGUUCAAAUUCAGGAAGGACAGUCAGUUAGACAGUCAGUAUUAAUGGAAGAAAAGAGGGUAAUCAAAGCUGAGCUAUCCGAGGAUAUUACAAAAUCUGAAACAACCACAGCAGUUAUCAGUGAGCAGAAGAUGGGUACUAUUUUAGUGUCAGAGGCAAGAGAGAGCCAAACUCUACCUAAAGAGCUUACUUUUGUUAUUUCACCCCCAAAACCACAUUCAUUGGACAUUAAGCACCAGUUAAAAAGUACUCUUGCAACUGCUGUUGCUCUUGACCAGCCUUUGAUCCUGGCAGAUGUAGUGGAGAGUUUAGGAGCUGUAGAAAUUCAUGAGGUAAAAGAAAGAAUAGAACCCAAAUAUGUCAUGUUCACUUACCUUAUUACAAGUGCAAGUGCCCCACUUGAAAUUACAAUUGCUUUUGAAGGAGAGUAUCCCCAGACUGCUGAUCUCAGAAGUGAACUUCAAGCUGCUUUCUACUCUGUUGUCUAUCGAGAGCAACAGGUUCUGACCUCAGAGCAGCCAGGCACAAUGCAAAUCAACAGGCCCCAAAGAUUACAGGUUACCAAGGCUUCUUCAAAAGAAAUGCUUUCACCUGUGGUGGAGAUGGUAAGAAUGACAGAAAAUGUAGAGCCUUUCACAUCACUAAAUAUUCAAUCUGCAACUGUGAAAACUGAAGCCAAAGCCUCUUUUCAGUCUGUAACGGCUAAAGAGCAAGCUUUUGUGCAACAGUCAGCUAUUCGUGUGGCAAGUGAAUCAAAAAUUGAGAUUCAACAGUCUAUCCAAGUUGAGCAACAAGAAACCAGAUCUGUGACAGUAAAAAGGCAUGAGAGGGAUGUAGGGGCUGCAGGUAUGACAACUGAACUUGUUUUGGGGCCUGUUCCAAUUGAACGGUCCACUGAAGUCGUCUUUCAGAGAGAGGAAAGGGAGGAAUAUAUAACUGAAGCAUUUAUGAAAUUAGAGAAAGAAGAAGUUAGAGAGGGUUACCCAAUUUUUAAAAGCUCUUUGGAGGAUAUUGUAAUAGAGGAACAUUCAGAGGCAAAAUUUUCAUUGACUAUUAGACAUGUAAAGAAAGUGAAUUGGCUUUUUAAUGGAAAAACUAUUAAGUCUGGCAAAGAGUUCAAGUGCUCCAAAGACCAUGACACUUACACACUAGUAAUCAGCAAGGUUAUGAAGGAUCAUCAAGGAGAAUAUACCUGUGAGGCUGUUGGAGAUGCUGGCAAGACCUCAACAUCCUCCCACCUCACUGUGCUCUUAAGAGUGCCACCUGUUUUUAGGCGGAAAAUUCAAAAUCUGGAGGUCAAUGUUGGCAGUCCUGCAAAGUUUGAAUGCGAGAUUGAGGAGGCUCCCGCAGUGACCUUCAAGUGGUUCAAGUCUGGUUCUGAGCUCAGACAUAGUGACAAAUGCAGAAUUAUCAGCCGUCAUCACACCUCAUCCCUGGAGAUCUUUAGCCCAUCGACCGCAGACAGUGGAGAAUUUACCUGCAAAGCUUCAAAUCGCCAUGGAAGUGACAGCUGUUCUGCUAAUCUAAAUGUGACAGAGAUUUUCCCACCAGAGUUUGUUUCAAAGCCCGAUUCGAUGACUUUAUUUGUGGGCAAGCAAGCAAAAUUUCAGUGUGUUAUUUCUGGUUCUGACCCAAUGAAUGUUGUCUGGCAUAAAGACAAUAUUGUCAUUUCACUUGAUGAUCACUGCAAAGCGUCCUCUGACAAGAACAAGUAUUUUCUUGAAAUCUUGAAUCUACAACAAAGUGAUCAGGGAACAUACCUUUGCAAAGCUUCAAACAGUGUUGGUACAGCUACUUGCUGCACUGAACUGAAGGUUAUAGACAAACCCAGCUUUGUGAAGAGCUUUGAGUCAACCACUAUUGCUGUGGGAAAUCUACUACGUCUUGAGUGUCAGGUAGAUGAAGACAUUGGUGUUUCCAUCGUCUGGAUGAGAGAUGGCAAGAAACUCCAUACUACAAUGGACUGUAAACUAGCUUUUGAGGAAAAAAUAGCCUGUCUUGAGAUUCAAAAGGCCAAACUCAAAGAUACAGGUACAUAUACCUGUACUGCUGCCAAUGAUGCAGGAAGCAGCAGUUGCUCUUCUAGUGUGACAGUGCAAGAACCUCCAGUCUUUGUUAAAAGGCUAGAGCCUAAGAUCUUAUGGAAACAAGGAGUGUCAUCACGCCUGUCGUGCACUGUCAAAGGAUCGCCUGAACUCCAUGUGACUUGGUUUUUGAAUGACAAACCGCUUAGUUCCUCUGAAAAACACAAAAUCACAUUUAAAGCCGGCCAAGCCACUCUUGAGAUUAUUGAAUUGUCUGAGUCUGACAGUGGAAAUUACACUUGUGAAGUGAUGAAUGAGGCUGGCUGUGAAAGCUGCAGCUCUCAAGUAACUGUAAAAGAACCUCCUGCCUUUAAAAAGGAGUUGAAAAUGGUGGAGGUAGUCAAAGGGUGCACAGCUCAGCUUGAAUGUGAAGUUACAGGCACUGCUCCUUUUGAGGUGACCUGGUUUAAGAAUAAAAACCCAGUAUCCUCUGACCAGAAGUACAGUAUUGUUUCAAAGGACUCAGCUGCAUAUUUGGAAAUCAAAUCAUUUGAAAGUGCAGAUGUUGGAGAUUAUCAGUGCUGCAUUUCCAACGACGUUGGUAAAAUAAUUACAAAAGCAGUGGCCAAAUUGAAAGACCCACCAUCCUUUGUAAAGAAGAUUGAGAACACCACUGCAGUUUUAGGCAGUGCUGUGAAAAUGCAAGGAGCUCUUAAGGGUUCUGCUCCUAUCACAGUUCAGUGGUUUAAAGACUCAGAGUUAGUCAGAGAUGAUGAUCCUAAUAUUACCACAAGUUUUGAAAACAACAUUGCUAUUCUGGCAAUAGCAAAUGUGGCCAUUAAUCAUGGGGCUAAAUAUACUUGUCAAGCUGAAAAUGAGGCUGGAAAACAAAAAAGCGAGGCCACUGUAUCAGUUCAAGAACCAGCUAGAUUUGUUGAGAAACCACCAUCCAUCAGUGUAACAGCAGGUGACUCUGCAGCUCUUGAGUGCAAAGUUUCAGGAAGUCCAGAUCUCAAAGUAAAAUGGUUCAGAGAUGGCAAAGAGAUGACAGGAAGUCGAAAAUACAAAAUCUCCUUCAAAGACAAUGUGGCAGUCUUGAAAAUCCUCUCGGUAGAGCGGGGAGAUAGCUGUGAAUACAAAAUUGAAGUUUCUAAUCGGGUUGGAAAAGAGCAGUGCUCUUGUUCAGUCACGGUUCUUGAUAAAAUAAUACCUCCAACAUUCACAAAAACACUUAAAAAGGUAGAUGGUAAUGUUGGGGGUAGUAUUCAGAUGGAAUGCAAAGUGUCAGGAUCCCAACCUAUAGCAUUAUCUUGGUUCAAAGAAGGAAAGGACAUUACAACUGGAACAAAAUAUAAAACUGAAAUGCAGGAAAGCACUGCCAUACUAAAAAUAACUGAUUUAGAGACAUCAGAUGCUGGGGUUUUCACCUGCCAUGCAACUAAUGCUGCAGGACACAGUGAAACAAGUGGAACUGUUUCUGUUAAAGAACCCCCAGUCUUCACUUUGAAACCUGAAAGCCAAGAUGUUAUACCAGGAACUACAGUUGUCCUAAAAGCUGCAUUCACUGGGACAGCACCUUUUAUAAUGAAGUGGUUCAGAGAAGACAAAGAAAUAUUAACUGGAGGAGCUUGUUUCAUCAAGAAAGAAGCCAACUCAAGUUCAUUGGAGCUGCACUCCGUGAAGCCAUCUCUGUCUGCAAAAUACACUUGCCAAGUUUCUAACGAUGCUGGAAGGGUCUCAUGCACAGCUUCCUUAUUUGUGAAAGAACCUCCAAAAUUUGUGAUGAAGCUUGAAUCGACUAAACUAGUAUUGAAUAGGAGUCUUGCAACUUUGGAAUGUAAAGUGACUGGCAGCCCAGAGAUCAAUAUUAGAUGGUAUAAGAAUGAGACUGAAAUUAGCUCAAAUGAUAAAUACCAAAUGGCCUUCACUGACUCAGUUGCUACACUAAAGAUCUCCGAUUGCUGUGUUGAAGACAGUGGAGAUUAUAUCUGCCAAGCAUCAAGUGAAGCUGGCAGCGAUAGAUGCAGUUGCUUGGUUACAGUCAAAGAACCUCCCGAAUUUGUGAAACCUUUUGAAUCCAAAGAAAUUGUUAAAGGCACUGAUGUUGUAUUGGAAGGAACUGUGUCAGGCUCAGCUCCCUUUGAGAUUUCCUGUUUCAAAGACUCGAAGCAGAUCCGAAAUGAUAGAAGACACAUCAUAAGCCUGACAAAGGAUGUAGCAGCUCUUCAGAUUUUGAAAUUUGAACCUGGGGAUGCUGGCAAAUAUCAGUGCACUGUAGGAAAUGAAGUAGGCCAAACCUCUUGUGAUUUUCAUGUUACGAUGAAAGAGCCACCAUCAUUUGUGCAGAAGAUGGAUAAUACAAAUGUCCUCCUGGGUGGUGAGGUUUCCUUGCAGUGUGUUUUAAAAGGGUCAUUGCCUAUGACCGUCUCUUGGAUGAAAGAUGACCAUGAGAUCACGGAAUCUGAGCAUGUUCAGAUAACUUUUGAGAACCGGACUGCAGUGUUACACAUUUCUAGUGUGCAGUUAAAACGUGGUGGAAAGUACACUUGCCAUGCUCAGAAUGAAGCCGGUAGUCAGAAAUGUACAGCGGUACUGGUGGUAAAAGAGCCUGCAAACAUCACAGAGCAAGCCAAGUCUGUCAGUGUUACAGUAGGUGAUCCUGCCACUCUAGAGUGCAGGUACUCUGGUUCUAAAGUUCUUAAAGCAAAAUGGCUAAAGGAUGGCAAAGAACUGACAUCAGGCAAAAAAUACAAAGUGCAGAGCACAGAUACAAGUUCCAUAUUAAAAAUUCUUUCUUCUGAGAAGAGUGAUGCUGGAGAGUAUAUAUUUGAGAUUUCAAAUGAUGCUGGAAGCAGCAGUUGCGAGGCAGUUGUAACUGUUUUAGAUCAAAUAAUCAAGCCUUCCUUCACAAGAAAGUUGAAGGAAAUGGAGAGUAUAAAAGGAUCUUUUGCACAGUUGGAGUGUCUGGUCUCUGGAUCUCUUCCCAUAACUGUCACUUGGUUCAAGGAAAAUAAGGAGAUAGAGACAGAUGAGAAGCACAAAUGCAUAUUCUUUGAGAAUGCAGCGUCUUUGGAAAUCAGUCGUCUUGAUAGUUCAGACAGUGGCAGUUACACUUGUAUCGCUAAAAACCAAGCAGGCACUGUUCAGUGUUCUGGUGUGCUGAAAAUCAAAGAACCUCCAUCAAUCAUUGAGAAGCCUGAAUCACAAGACGUUAUACCAGGAUCCAGAGUACAGUUUAAUGUGCUUGUGUCUGGAACGCCACCACUGAACAUUAAGUGGUUUAAGGAUAAGAAAGAAGUGUCAUCAGGAAUUGACUGUUCAGUUCAGAAAAAUGACACUUCCAGCUCACUUGAGCUCUUUUUUGCUAAGCCUUCAGACUCUGGAGACUAUGUCUGUGAAAUUAGUAAUGAUGUUGGAUCAGAUGCUUGCCAAGCGACGCUCUUUGUGAAAGAACCCCCCAAAUUUACCCGCAAACCUGACAAAAUAACAGUGGUAAAACCAGGCCAAUUGGUAGUUUUUGAAUGCCAGAUUACAGGCACUCCGGAGAUAGACACCUACUGGUUCAGAGAUGGAAAUGAAAUAAGUCCAAGCGACAAGCAUAAAAUUACUUUUGUCGAUUUUCUUGCGCGGCUUGAGAUAAGCAGCAGUGAUAUCAAAGACAGUGGAGUGUACUACUGUGAAGCCCGCAAUGAGGCGGGCAGUGAGAGUUGUAGUAUGGAACUAAGAGUGAAAGAGCCACCAGUUCUUGUCAAGCCAUUGAGUGCUCUUGAGGUUGUGAAUGGCUCAAAUGCAUAUUUUGAAUGUCAGGUAAAAGGAACAGCUCCUUUUGAGGUGACUUGGCAAAAAGAUUCAAAGGAUAUCAAAUCAAGCCUUAAGCAUGUAAUUUUGCAGAAGAAUGGCUCUAUAAUGACUCUCGAUGUACAGAAAUGUGAUACUUUAGAUGUUGGAGAAUAUCGGUGCAUUGUAGCAAAUGAAGUUGGGAGUUGUUCAAGUCAGACUACACUCAGCAUAAAAGAGCCUCCAUCGUUUGUGGAGAGGAUUGAGAAUGUUGUCACAGUUCUUGGAAAAAAGGUUGAGUUAAAAUGUGUUGUAAGAGGAUCGCCACCUCUGUCCAUACAAUGGCAGAAAGAUGAAAACUGGAUUUUGGAGGAUCCUUCAAUUGAGAGGACAUUUGAGAACAAUAUUGCCACUUUGAGAAUCCCUGUGUGUGAGUCCAUCCACAGUGGAAAAUACACCUGUCAAGCUGUGAAUGAUGCGGGGCAAGAGAAGUGUUUUGCUACACUCGUGGUGCAAGAGCCACCUCAGAUAAUUGAAAAGCCAGAGGUGAUUAAUGUCACUGCUGGAGAUCCAGUAAGCUUUGAGUGCAAAGUUACAGGCUCUCCUGAGCUGAAAGUAAAAUGGAGUAAAGAUGGCAAGGAAGUGUUACCUUCAAGACAGCACAGCCUCAGCUACAGCAAUAAUGUCAGCCAACUUAAAAUUCAAUCUGUCCAAUUGGAAGACAAAGGAACUUAUGUGUUUGAGGUUUCAAACCACAUCAGUGCCUGCCAGUGUAAAGUGACUUUAAAUGUGCUAGAGCAAAUAAUCCCUCCAUCCUUCAUCAAACCUUUGAUGGAGAUGGAGGAAAUUCUGGGCACAAAUGUUCAAAUCGGAUGCAAAAUAUCUGGCUCACUCCCCAUAACUGUGGAGUGGGUGAAGGACGGAACUAAACUGUCAGGAAGAACCAAACAUAAACCUGUUCAGCAUGACAACAUUGUGUCUUUGGAAAUCGAGUGUUUAGAGAAAACUGACACUGGAAUGUACACUUGUAAAAUUACGAACAAAGCGGGCAGUUGUGAAUGCAGUGGUACACUGAGGGUGAAAGAGCCACCAAACUUUGUGCUGGUUCCAGAAUCACAGGCUGUCAUACCAAAUACCACUGUUCGAUUUAAGAGUACAUUUAAGGGAACACCUCCCUUCACAGUGAAAUGGUUCAAAGAUGACACUGAGCUGAUUUGUGGACCUUCAUGUUUUACUGGCCUGGAAGGCCUCUCGUGCUUCCUAGAUCUUUUUGCCGUUGGAAUAUCACACAGUGGAACGUACUCUUGUCAAAUAAGCAAUGAUGCUGGUACCGCUAAAUGCACCACAACCUUGUUGGUAAAAGAACCUCCAGACUUUGUACAGAAACUGCCAGCUGCAAAAGUCAUAAAGAUGGGAGAGCCACUCCAGCUUGAAUGCAAAGUUACUGGCACAGCUCCUCUGAAAAUUAGCUGGUACAAAAAUGAUGCCAUACUCACUGAUGGUGGCAACUUGAGAAUGACUUUCGAUAACUCUGUGGCAGUCCUUGAAAUUUUGAAGUCCAGCUUUGAGGACAGUGGAGUCUACACCUGUGAAGUCCAGAAUGAUGCUGGAACUAAGAGUUGCAGUACCACACUCACAGUCAAAGAACCACCAGCUUUCCACAAAGUGCCAACACCAGUUGAGGGGCUGAAGGGCAAAGAUGCCAGUCUUAACUGUGAGCUGAAAGGCUCAGAACCUUUUGAGAUAACCUGGUUUAAAGAUAAAAAACAGUUAAAGGAAAGCAGGAAGUAUAAAUUUGUGUCUGAGGGAUGCUCAGCAACUCUUCACAUCCUUGGACUGGAAGCAUCAGAUGCAGGGGAAUAUGAGUGCAAAGCAUCAAAUAAUGUUGGAAGUGAUUCCUGCCAGGGCACUGUAAAGCUAAGAGAACCACCAGCGUUUGUGAAGAAAAUAUCCAAUACAACAGCCAUCUCUGGUGAAGAGGUGGUUUUGUUUGCAACAGUCAAAGGUUCGCAGCCUAUGACUGUGUCUUGGGUUCAGGAUAAAGAUCACAUUCUCAGAGAUGGUGACAACAGGAAAAUUACAUUUGAGAAUAAUCAGGUCACUCUGAAGAUCUUUAAAGCUGACUCUACCACUGCUGGGAAAUAUACAUGUCAGCUCAAAAAUGAUGCUGGAGCAGUUGAAUGCGCAGCGAACCUAACUGUCCUAGAACCUGCAGCAAUUGUGGAUAAGACAGAGUCAAUCAGUGUAACCGCUGGUGAAACCGCUGCCUUAGAGUGUACUGUAUCUGGAACUCCAGAACUUAAGCCAAAAUGGUACAAGGAUGGUGUGGAGCUGUCUUCAGGCAGAAAAUACAAAAUCACCUUCUCAAAAAUGAUCUCCAGUCUUAAGCUAUUGUCAACAGAGAAAAGUGAUACUGGAGAAUACACAUUCGAGAUUAAGAAUGAAGUUGGAAGUGAUAGCUGCAAAAUGCACAUCACUAUUUUGGACAAAAUCGUCCCUCCUUCGUUCUCAAGAAGACUGAAGGACACACAGAGUAUUGUUGACAAAUCUGUUGAAAUGGACUGUAAAGUCUCAGGGUCUGCACCUCUCACCAUCUCUUGGUACCAUAAUGAAGAGGAGAUUAAAAGUGGGCCGAACUAUGAGAUUACAUUCGCUGAGAAUACCUGCACAUUGAAAGUGCCAACUCUGAAACUUUCAGACUCGGGCACAUACAAAUGUAAGGCAGUGAACAGUGCAGGAACUGCAGAGACAUCUGCUACCUUAAUAGUUAAAGAACCCCCCUCUUUUGUGACCACACCUCAACCAGUGGAAGCCCUCCCAGGCACAAAUGUCACUUUUACAGCAACCAUUCAAGGAAGUACCCCAAUGAAACUGAAAUGGUUUAGAGGCAGUAAGGAAAUAGUGUCUGGGAGAAGCUGUGAGAUUGCUUUAAGAGGAGACACAGCAAUUCUAGAGCUCUACAACAUUGAUAAAUCUCAUGCUGGCGAAUACACUUGCCAGAUCAUUAAUGAUGCUGGGAAGGAAAACUGUCCUGUGAACCUUUUUGUUAAAGAGGCUGCACGCUUUGUCAAGAAGCUAAAGAACCUCUCUGUUGAAAUGGGCAAGUCACUAAUACUUGAAUGCACAUAUGCGGGAAGCCCAAAGAUUCUUGUGAAAUGGCAUAAAGAUGGACAGGAAAUUUACUCCUCCUACAAGUACAACAUUACGACCACUGAGAGCUCCUGCAUCCUGGAGUGUCUAAACAGUGAUAAAGAAGCUGCUGGAAAAUACACUUGUGAGGUUUCUAAUGAUGCUGGACACGACACUUGUGAAGCAGAAGUGUCCAUUUUAGAACCACCUUUCUUUAUUGAGAGUUUGGAGCCCAUGGAUGUCACUGCAGGUGAUGCAGUUUGUCUGAAAUGCCAGAUUGGUGGCACUCCUGAAAUUAAAGUGUCAUGGUUCAAGGCAGAUGGCAAAGUGCGCUCUUCUCCAACCUGCAGGAUGGAGUUCUUCAAAGGCACUGCCAGCCUGAAACUAGCUAAAGUUGCCAAAUCUGACAUUGGCGAAUACACAUGUAAAGCAGAAAACAGCAUAGGAUCUGCCUCUUCCAGCUGUCAGUUAACUGUACAAGAUGUGAAAACACCACCUUCUUUCCCUAAAAAGAUUACUAGCAUUACACAAAUUGAAGGACAGCCUGUCCAGUUUGAGUGUCGUGUUGCAGGAUCCUCCCCUAUGGAGAUCUCUUGGCUCAAAGAUGGUGAAGCUCUUAGGAGCGAUUCAGAAUACACAAUGUCUUUUGAUGAUAACUCUGCUGUCCUAAAGAUAGCCAAGGGUGAAAUGAGACAUUCUGGUGAAUACACUUGUGUUGCUACAAAUAGUGUUGGAACUGCUUCUUGUAGAGCCAAGCUCACGCUUCAAGAGCCAAGAUAUCCACCUGUGUUUGAUAAAAAGCUCAUACCUGUGGAUGUGACAGUGGGAGAUACUGUCGAACUGGAAUGCCACAUGACGGGAUCAUUGCCAAUAAAAGUUACUUGGUCCAAGGAUCAUAAAGACAUCCGCACGGGGGGCAAUUAUAAGAUAUCAUGUGUGGAUAACACCCCACAUUUGACAAUUUUGAAGGCUGAUAAGGCAGACUCUGGUCGUUAUUCUUGCCAUGCUAGUAAUGAUAUUGGGAAGGACUCUUGUUCCACAGAGGUUUCUGUGAAAGAACGCAAAAUUCCACCUAGCUUUACCAAAAAGCCUUCAGAAACGAUUGAGGACACUGAAGGAAAAAUGGUGAAGAUUGAGGGUCGUGUAGCUGGAUCGCAGCCUCUGACUGUCAACUGGUAUAAAGAUGGCAGAGAAAUCUUCGCCUCGGACUGUUAUGAUAUAACCUUCAAGAGCAGCCUGGCUGUCCUGUGCAUCAAAAAAUCUCAACUGUCAGAUAGUGGAACAUAUAUGUGCAAAGUCUCCAAUGAAGCUGGCACUGCCUCUUAUGAGGUGUCAGUUCAUAUUACAGAGCAAAAGGUACCGCCAAGCUUUGACUUGGCUCUUAAACCAGUGACUGUGACUGAGGGUGAGACACUUACCCUCAGCUGCCAUGUACGUGGAUCUCCUCCUAUAAAGAUUCAGUGGAUGAAAGACAGACAGGAUCUUUCUUCGUCCGCAAAAACUAAGAUCACAUUCGUUGAUGGCACUGCCACAUUGGAGAUGAUCCGUGUAUCUAAGACAGAUUCUGGAGAUUAUCUCUGCAAAGCAACUAAUGAGGCUGGUAGUGAGUUCUGCAAGUCUAAAGUCACUAUCAAAGUUUCAGAAAAACCAGGAGCUCCUGCCCCGGCACAGGCGGUGCCUUCACCACCACAAGCAGUUAAAAAGUUGGACAACUUGUUCUUUAUUGAGGAGCCAAAGAGUGUCCAUAUCGUUGAGAAAGGUACAGCUACCUUUAUUGCUAAAGUUGGUGGUGACCCCAUUCCCAAUGUGAAAUGGAUGAAGGGCAAAUGGAGGCAGAUGACUCAUGGUGGUCGCAUCAGUAUUGAACAAAAGGGCCAAGAGGCCAAGAUGGAGAUCAGAGAGGUGACCAAAUCUGACUCUGGCCAGUACAGAUGUGUUGCUUCAAACAAACAUGGAGAAAUUGAGUGCAGCACAGACUUGAAUGUUGAUGAGAAGAGAGAGACAACUUUAGAAGUGGUCAAACUGAAGAAGACUCCAUCAAAGCAGAAAAGCCCUAAAGAGGACAAGGAUAUUGACAUUGUUGAAUUGCUUAGAAAUGUUGAUCCCAAGGAGUAUGAGAAAUAUGCUCGCAUGUAUGGCAUCACAGACUACCGGGGCCUCCUUCAAGCUAUUGAGUUUCUGAAGAGAGAAAAAGAACAAGAAAGUGGAAGACCAGAAGUGGAACGUGGUGCAAGAGAGUCUGAGGAAGAUUUGGCUAAACUUGUUGCUGAUUUGCAAAAGAGGAUGGAACAAACAGAGCCUGUCACUGUGGUACGCGAUAUCACAGACCAGACAACUGCUGUUAAGAAGGAAGCUGUGUUUGAAUGUGAAAUUAAGAUUAACUACCCCGAAAUCACACUGUCCUGGUACAAAGGAACCCAAAAACUUGACAGUGGUGACAAGUAUGACAUCAAAAUUGUGGGUGAUCGUCACAUCUUAAAAAUCAAGGAUUGCCAGACAAGAGAUGAAGGCAAUUAUCGUAUUGUGUGUGGCCCACAUAUCUCCAGUGCCAAACUGACAGUGAUGGAUGCUGAAGUGGAACAGCGAAUGCAGGAUGUGGCUGGUAAGGAAGGACAGACUUGUACAUUGACAUGCCAGUUCUCUGUACCUAAUGUAAAAACCCAGUGGUUUAAAAAUGGGAAGCUUUUAGAGCCUCAUAGCAGAUAUACAUUUGCUGUGGCCAAUUACACUCAGAAGCUCUCAAUCAAAGAUGCUAGACUUGAAGACCAAGGAGAAUAUACCUGCAAAUAUAAAAAUCUUGAAACGACUGCAAAUCUUUGGAUUGAAGCUGAGCAAAUACAUUUCACCAAACGCAUCCAGAACAUUGUGGUGCGAGAACAUCAAUCCGCCACUUUUGAGUGUGAGGUGUCUUUCGACAAUGCUAUUGUAACAUGGUAUAAGGACACUUGGGAGCUUAAAGAGAGCCCCAAAUAUACCUUUCAAAGUGAAGGCCGACGCCACUUCAUGAUCAUCCGCAACGUUACCUCUGCCGAUGAAGGCGUGUACUCGGUCAUUGUCAGAUUGGAGCCCAGGGGUGAGGCUAAAAGUACAGCUGAGCUUUACCUGACAGGCAAAGAAAUUGAAAUAGAAAGUGUACCUUAUGACAUCCCAGAUACAUCAAUACAAGUGCCUGAGACAUCUGCAUUAACCAUUGAAGCUGAAUCUUCCAUGGAAUAUUACCAUUAUGAAGAAAAAAUGGAAAUACAAGAGUAUGUGAGCUGGACAGAGGAGAGUGUUGUAGAGGAAAUAUCAGUCACAGCCCCAAGGGUCCCGAUCGAAGAGGAGGUCAGUAGGAAAAUCGUGGGAAUGAGAGAGGAGGCUCGAACGACAGAAUUCGAGGAACCUGAGCCAUCUAAACCUGUGGAGCUAAAACCUGAAGUACCUGUGGAAGCCAAAAAGCCUGUUGAAGAAAUAGUCACUGCAGUUACAGUGCCAGAGCCAAUUGAGCGCCCCAGAGCAAAAGAAGUGCCACAGCCAGCAGCACCUGUAGCUCCUGUGGCUCCUGCUCCUAAACCUGAAGAGCCUAAAGCUGCACCAGUAGCUGAGCCCAAACCAGAACCAAAGCCCAAGCCAGAGCCAGAGCCUGAGCCUACACCUGUGAAGAAGCCCGAGACACCCCCAGCUAAAGUGCUUGUGGAGGAAAAGAAACCAAAACCCCUAAUUCAAGAACCAAUUAAGAAAGUGCCAGCUAAACCUGAUGAAGUCAUUGCAGUUCCCAUUGAAGAACCUCCAAAGAAAGUGCUUGUGGAGGAAAAGAAACCAAAACCCCCAAUUCAAGAACCAAUUAAGAAACUGCCAGCUAAACCUGAUGAAGCCAUUGCAGUUCCCAUUGAAGAACCUCCAAAGAAAGUUCUUGUGGAGGAAAAGAAACCAAAACCACCAAUUCAAGAACCAAUUAAGAAAUUGCCAGCUAAACCUGAUGAAGCCAUUGCGGUUCCAAUUGAAGAACCUCCAAAGAAAGUUGAAAAGAAACCAUCUCCAGAACCUGAAAAAAAGAAAGAAACUUUGCCCGAGCCUAAGGCAAAGACAGUUUCCCCAGAAGAUGGUGAAAAAGGACCAGUUUCUGCACCUGGACCAGGAAAGAAAGAGGGAAAGCCUAAAGAGGAAGCUGGAAGAGGCAGAGGCUUGAAACCAAGACAAACUCCUUCUCCUGGUGAUGCUGGAAGGGGUAGAGGCCUGAAGCCUGGUGCUGGUGGUGACAAACCUCCAGCAGAUUCAUCAUUUGGUUUCCAGCUCAAACCGGUCCCCUUGAAGUUUGUGAAGGAGCUCAAAGAUAUUGUGUUGCAGGAGGCUGAGUCAAUUGGCUCCUCGGCUGUAUUUGAGUGCCAGGUUUCUCCCUCUACUGCUAUCACCACCUGGAUGAAGGAUGGAAGCAAUCUAAGGGAGAGUCCAAAGCACAAAUUCACAUCUGAUGGCAAAGACCGCAAACUGCAAAUCAUUGAUGUACAGCUUUCAGACACUGGAGAGUACACGUGUGUUGCAAAGCUUGGCAACAAGGAGAAGACCUCAACAGCUAAACUUAUUGUUGAAGAGUUGCCAGUGAAGUUCACAAAGACUCUUGAGGAGGAAAUGUCUGUGAUUAAGGGACAGCCAAUGUACCUGACCUGUGAGUUGAGCAAGGACAGGGACGUGGUCUGGAAGAAGAAUGGAAAAGAGCUCAAGGAAAUUGCUGGCAAAAUUCAAAUCAAUGUAAUUGGACUGCAGCGCUCUGUGACGAUCCACGACACAAAUGAUGAUGAUGCUGGUGUUUACACUUGCGAGUGCGAGGACAUCAAGACACAAGCCAAUGUCAAAGUCAUUGAAAUAAUCAGAGAUUGGUUGACAAAACCUUUGAGGGACCAGCAUGUGAAACCAAAGGCUACUGCCACAUUCAAGUGCGAACUGUACAAGGAUACUCCCAACUGGAAGUGGUUCAAGGGAGAUGAAGAAAUUCCUACUGAACCUACAGAUAAGAUUGAAGUGAAAAAGGUUGGAAAAGAUAUGACGCUUACAAUCAAGAAUGCUCAACCUGAUGAUGUUGGAGAGUAUGCCAUAGAAGUUGAGGGCCGCAGAUAUGCAGCAAAACUCACUCUUGGAGAGCGUGAAGCUGAGAUCUUGAAGCCUCUUGCUAGUGUGGAGGUGGUUGAGAAAGGGGAGGCCAGCUUUGAUACUGCAAUUUCAGAAGAAGAUGUGCCUGGAGAAUGGAAACUGAGAGGGCAGGUUCUGACAAGAUCACCGACUUGUGAUAUCAGAGCAGAGGGAAAUAAAAGAUUCCUCACACUGAAAAAUGUUCAACUUGACCAGGCUGGAGAAGUCUCUUACCAAGCUUUGAAUGCCAUUACCAGUGCAAUGCUAACUGUCAAAGAAAUUGAAAUGGACUUCACAGUCCCAUUGAAGGAUGUUACUGUGCAUGAAAAGAAACAGGCAAAGUUUGAGUGCACAAUCACGAAAGAUGUGCCUAAAGUCAUGUGGUUGAGAGGAUCUGAUAUAGUAACAUCAGACCAAAAAUAUGAUAUCAUUGAUGAUGGAAAGAAACACAUGUUGGUCAUAAACCACUGUGAAUUUGAGGAUGAGGGAGAAUACACUAUUGAGGUGCUGGGUAAAACAUCAACAGCCAAACUGACAGUUGAGGGUAUGCGGCUGAAAUUCAUCUCACCAAUAACGGAUCAAACUGUUAAGGAAGGUAAAACGGCUCGGUUUGAGUUUGAACUGUCCCAUGACAAUGUACCAGUGACAUGGUACAAAAAUGAAACAAAACUGCAUCCAAGCAGAACUAUACUUACGCAUGUUGAUGGAAAGAAACAUAUACUAGAAAUCAAGGAUGUUACUCUAGAUGAUACUUGCCAAAUAAAAGCAGAGGCUAAAGGAUUGUCAACAGCAGCAAACCUGACAGUGCUAGAGGGAGAUGCCUACUUCACAGUUAAACUGCAAGAUUACACUGCAGUUGAGAAAGAUGAGGUCAAUCUUGACUGUGAGCUCAGCAAAGACGUUCCUGUGAAGUGGUUCCACAAUGAGACUGAAAUUAAAGCCUCCAAGAUGAUUACCAUGAAAGUUGAUGGCAAACGAAGAAUCCUAAACAUCAAAAAAAUCGAGGACAAAGACAAAGGGUUAUAUGUUUGUGACUGUGGAACAGACAAAACUUCAGCCACUAUGAACAUUGAAGCUCGUGACAUCAAAGUGGUGCGACCCAUGUAUGGCGUUGAGCUCUUUGAUGGUGAGACGGCUCGUUUUGAGGUGGAAAUCUCUGAAGAUGAUGUCCAUGGCCAAUGGAAACUGCAAGGAGAAGUCCUCACUACAUCACCUGAUGUUGAAAUCAUUGAAGAUGGUGCUAAGCACAUCUUAACUUUGUACAACUGCAAAGUGUCCCAGUCUGGAGAGGUUACAUUCCAGGGUGCCAAUGCAAAAUGCUCUGCCAAUCUAAAAGUGAAAGAGCUUCCCAUUACUUUUGUAACGCCUCUCGCUGAUGUGCAUGUGUAUGAGAAAGAUGAGGCAAGGUUUGAGUGUGAGAUCUCAAGACCGCCAAAGAGCUUCCGUUGGUUGAAAGGAUCUCAGGAGAUUACAACUGAUGAUAAAUUUGAGGUACUUCAGGAGGGCAAAAGACACAUUCUGGUGGUCAAAUCCGCUGCCUAUGAGGAUGAGGCUAAGUACAUGUUUGAGGCUGAAGACAAGAGGACAUCUGCCAAGCUUGUUAUUCAGGGCAUCCGUCUUGAGUUUGUCAGACCCAUUAAAGAUGUCACCGUUAAGGAGCGUGAGACUGCAGAAUUCAGCAUUGAACUCUCUCAUGAGAAGGUUCAAGUCACCUGGUACAAGAAUGAUGUGCGUUUGCAUCCAAGCAAAGUGGUUCACAUGUCCGAUGAUGGCAAAAUCCAUACUCUGUCCUUCAAAGAGGUGUCUAUCGAUGACACUUCUCUCAUUAAAGCUGAGGCACUUGGAAAAACCUGUGAGGCAAUGCUCACUGUACUUGAGGGAGAAGCCUACUUUACCACCAAGUUGCAGGACUACACUGCAGUUGAGAAGGAUGAGGUUGUCCUGAUGUGCGAAUUGAGCAAAUCAUCUGCUCAGGUGAAAUGGUUCAAAGACGGCAAGGAGAUCAUUCCCUCUAAGAACGUCAUCAUCAAGGCUGAUGGAAAGAAACGUAUCCUGACAGUAAAGAAGGCAGAGAAGGCCAACAUUGGCGAUUACGUGUGUGACUGCGGCUCUGACAAAACAACAGCCAAGCUUAACAUUGAAGAACGUGAUAUUAAGAUCGUCCGUCCACUGUACAGUGUGGAGGUCACAGAGACAGAGACUGCUCGCUUUGAGACAGAAAUCUCUGAGGAGGAUGUUCAUGGACACUGGAAACUCAAAGGAGAUGCCCUGCACCAGUCACCGGACUGUGAAAUUAAGGAGGAAGGCACCAAGCACAUGCUUAUCCUUUACAAUGUCCGCAUGGAUAUGGCUGGUGGUGUAGACUUCAGUGCUGCUAAUGCUAAAUCAAGGGCUCAGCUCAGAGUUAAAGCACGAGUGAUAGGCCUGUUGAGGCCUCUCAAGGAUGUAACAGUAACAGCAGGAGAGACUGCAACCUUUGACUGCGAGCUGUCUUAUGAGGGCAUACCUGUGGAAUGGUUCCUUGGGGGUACAAAGUUGGAACCAAGUGACAGAGUGGUGACCCGGGCAGAAGGCAGAACUCACACGCUGACCCUUAGGGAUGUGAAGCUGACAGAGGCAGGAGAAGUAAAACUCACUGCAAAAGAUUUCCUGACACAGGCUCAACUCAUUGUAAAUGAGCCUCCGGUUGAAUUUACCAAACCUCUGGAGGACCAGACCGUGGAAGAGGAAGCCACUGCUGAACUAGAGUGCGAAGUCUCCAAAGAAAAAGCAGAGGUCAGGUGGUUUAGAGAUGGACAAGAAAUUCGCAAAACCAAGAAGUAUGACAUGGUUGCUGAUGGUCGUAAAAGAAAACUUAUUAUCCAUGACUGCACACUUGAUGACUCAAAGACAUAUACCUGUGAUGCUAAACAGUUCAAGACUUCAGCUUUCUUAAAUGUUGAACCUCCACAUGUUGAGUUCACAAAGCCACUCCAUGAUGUUGAGGUCAAAGAGAAGGAAUCUGCCAGAUUUGAAUGUGAAGUGUCUCGUGAAAGUGCAAAGGUUCGUUGGUUCAAAGAUGGCAACGAAAUCAGAAAAGGCAAAAAAUAUGAGAUGAUUUCUGAAGGAGUAAAACGUAUUCUCAUCAUAAGCAAGUCUGUCUUUGAUGACGAAGCAGAAUAUGAAUGUGAUGCCAGGACCUCCAAAACCUCUGGAAUGCUGACUGUUGUUGAGGAGGAGGCUAGAUUCACAAAGAACUUGGCUAAUGUUGAAGGCACUGAAACUGACAGUGUUAAACUGAUUUGUGAGGUCUCCAAGCCCAGUGCGGAAGUUACAUGGUACAAGGGUGACCAAGAGUUGCCUGAAGUUGGUAGAUAUGAGCAUAUUGCAGAUGGAAAAAAGAGAAUCCUCAUUAUUAAGGGUCUCCGUAUGGAUGAUGCUGGAGAGUACCACUGCAAACUUCCCACCUCACAGACCACAGGGAACCUGAGGAUUAAUGAACUUGCUGCUGAGUUCAUUGCUAGGCCUCAAAACCAGGAAGUGGUUGAAGGUGAAAAGGCACAAUUUGUGUGCUCAGUUUCCAAAGACACAUAUGAAGUGAAAUGGCUCAAAGGAGAUAAGGAACUUCAGUCAGAUGACAAAUAUGACAUUAUUUCUGAGGGCAAAAAGAGAGUUCUUGUUAUCAAAAAUUGUGAACUCAAGGAUGAGGGAGGCUUUGCAGUCCUCAUUGGAACCACAAGAGCCUCAGCUGAGUUGACUGUGCUUGAAAAGCUCAGGAUUGUCACUCCUCUCAGAGACCUUAAGGCAAAUGAAGGACAAGAAACUGUCCUCAAUUGUGAAGUUAACACUGAGGAUGCCAAGGCCAAGUGGCUGAAGAAUAAUGAGACAUUAUUUGAAAGCAGCAAGUUCAUCAUGGUCCAGAAGGACAAUGUAUACUCUCUGAGGAUCAGAGACACCCAAAAAUCAGAUGAGGCCAACUACACAAUUACACUGACCAACCAGCGUGGUGAACAGGCAAAGAGCUCUGCCAACAUCACUGUGCAUGAGGAAGAUCUUAGAAUCAUUACUCCUCCUGAGGAUGUUGACACACAGGAGAAAAAGACCAUCAGCUUCUCAUGCAAGGUGAACAGACCAAAUGUGACAGUACAGUGGAUGAAGGCAGGUCAGGAAAUCACUCUCAGCAAGAGAAUUCUAUAUCGUGUGGACAAAGACAAGCACACUCUGACCAUUAAGGACUGCAGCCUUGCAGAUGAAGGUGAAUACACAGUAGUUGCUGGUGCUGAUAAGGCCACAGCAGAACUGAUCAUCAGUGAGGCACCCACUGAUUUUACCACUCAGCUCAGUGACCAAACCAUCACAGAGUUUGAGGAUGCCGAGUUCAUCUGUGAACUUUCCAAAGAGAAGGCUGAAAUUAAAUGGUACAGAGAUGGCAGGGAGAUCAGAGAAGGACCGAGAUACCAAUUUGAGAGAGAUGGCAAAACAUGCAGACUGCAUAUAAAGGAGUGCAGACCAGAUGAUGAGUGUGAAUAUGCCUGUGGAGUGGAUGACAAGAGAACCAGAGCCCGUCUCUUUGUUGAGGAGAUCCCUGUGGAGAUUGUCAGACCACCCACAGAUGUGUUUGAGCCCCCAGGCUCAGAUGUUGUGUAUGAAGUUGAGCUCAACAAAGACAGAGUUGAGGUCAAAUGGCUGAGGAACAACAUGACCAUUGUCCAAGGUGAUAAGUACCAGAUGAUGAGCGAAGGCAAGAUUCACAGACUUCAAGUGUGUGAAAUUAGGCCACGUGAUCAAGGCGAGUACAGAGUCAUUGCCAAGGACAAAGAUGCCAGAGCCAAGCUUGAGCUUGCUGCCAAACCAACAAUUAAAACCUUGGAUCAAGACCUGGUGACAGAUGCUGGAAAGCCAUUUGUUAUGGCAGUUCCUUACAACGCUUACCCACAUGCUGAGGCUGAGUGGUUCUACAAUGAAAUCAGUCUGCCAAAAGACAAUAUUCACACUUCUAUCGACAGGACAGAGUACAGGCUUAAGGACCCUAAGAAGUCAGAGGAAGGCCGCUAUAAAAUCAUCAUCCAGAACAAACAUGGAAAAGGAGAGGCUUUCAUAAACCUAAAAGUUAUUGAUGUUCCUGGGCCUGUGAAGAACCUUCAUGUUGUUGACACUGCUGACGGUGAGGUCAGCAUUGCCUGGGAAGAGCCUGAGAGUGAUGGUGGCAGCAAGAUCUUGGCUUAUGUUGUUGAGAGACGUGAUAUCAAACGUAAGACCUGGACUCUGGCCACUGACUGUGCAGAUAGCACAGAGUACUGUGUAACUGGCUUGCAUAAAGACUCCAAGUACUUCUUCCGUGUCUGCGCACGCAACCGAGUCGGAAGUGGGCCCAAUGUUGAGACUGAUAAAGCUGUUCAAGCUAAGAAUAAGUUUGAUGUUCCUGAUCCACCACAGAAUGUUGUUGUUGGAAAUGUCAACAAGUUUAGUGCCACAGUCUCUUGGGAACCACCACUGUUCGAUGGUGGAUCUGAGAUCACAUCAUACAUUAUUGAGCUACGUGAUAGAACUUCUGUGACCUGGGCUCCAGUCAUGGUAACCAAACCACAUGAACGCACAGCUGUCAUUAAUGAUGUUAUUGAGAACAAAGAAUACAUCUUCCGCGUUAAGGCUGAGAACAAGGCUGGAAUUGGCAAACCAAGUGCUGCCACUAACCCAGUGAAGAUCAUGGACCCCAUUGAGAGGCCAAGCCCUCCACUGAAUUUGACACACUCUGAGCAGACCAAGGACUCCUGUCUGUUGACAUGGGAGACUCCCUUAAAAAAUGGAGGCACAGCUAUCACUGGCUACAUUGUUGAGAGAUGUGAAGAAGGCACAGACAAGUGGCUCAGAUGCAAUGCCAGGCUUUGCCAGGACCUGCUUUACAGGAUAUCAGGCCUGAAAUUUGGGAAAAAAUACAGCUAUAGAGUACUUGCAGAGAAUGCGGCUGGGCAGUCUGACCCCUCAAACAUUGUUGGACCUGUGCUGGCAGAUGAUCCACACUUUGCACCCACUCUGGACUUGAGUGCAUUUAAGGAUGGUCUGGAGGUUAUUGUCCCUAACCCUCUUAAAAUUCGUGUCCCUAUCACUGGGUACCCGGUGCCCACAGCAAAGUGGACUUUUGGUGAAACCACGCUAACAGCUGGUGAACGUGUGUCCAUGGCUACAAAGUCAACCUUCACUGAGCUCAUUAUAACCCCAAGUGUGCGUCCUGACAAAGGCACAUACUCCUUGACGCUGGAAAAUGAUGUGACCAGUGUCUCAGGAGAGAUUGAAGUUAAUGUCAUUGCAUCUCCAAGUGCACCAAAAGACUUAAAGGUUGCAGAAGUGACCAGAAAGCAUGUCCACUUGAUGUGGGAGGCACCUGAUCAUGAUGGAGGCAGUCCGAUCACCGGCUACCAGGUUGAGAAGCGUGAGGUCUCCAGAAAGACCUGGGUGAAGGUGAUGUCAGGUUUGCAAGACCAGGAAUACACAGUAACAGAUGUUGUUGAGGGCAAGGAGUACUUGUUCAGAGUUGUUGCCUGCAACAAAUGUGGCCCUGGAGAACCCGCCUACAUUGAUGAGCCAGUGAAUGUGUCUUCACCUGCAACUGUACCAGACCCACCAGAAAACCUUAAAUGGCGAGACAAGUCUGCUAGCAAGAUCUUCUUGUCAUGGGAGCCUCCCAAAUGGGACGGUGGAACUCCAAUUAAAGGUUACAUUGUUGACAAAUGUCAACGUGGCACUGACAAGUGGGAGCCAUGUGGAGACCCAGUGCCUGAGCUUAAGUUUGAAGUGACUGGUCUCACUGAAGGACAGUGGUAUGCUUAUCGUGUGAGGGCUUUGAACAAACUGGGUGCCAGUAGGCCUUGCAAGGCGACAGAUGAGAUCUUGGCUGUUGAUCCUAAAGAGCCUCCAGAGAUUCAACUAGAUGCAAAACUGCUGGCUGGCCUGACUGCUAAAGCUGGCACAAAGAUUGAACUUCCUGCUGACAUCACAGGAAAACCAGAACCUAAAGUCAAAUGGACCAAGGCUGACCUAGUCCUGAAGCCAGACGAUAGAAUCACAAUUGAUACCAAGCCUGGCCACUCAACACUGUCAAUUGCUAAGACCAAGAGGGAUGACACAGCUACGUACAUCAUUGAGGCAGUCAACAGCAGUGGCCGUGCAACUGCAACUGUUGAUGUCAACAUUCUAGAUAAACCUGGUCCUCCAGCUGCUUUUGAUAUCUCUGAAAUCACCAAUGAGUCCUGUUUAUUGGCCUGGAAUCCUCCAAGAGAUGAUGGUGGCUCAAAGGUGACAAACUAUAUUGUUGAGAGGAGGGCUGCUGAGAGUGAAAUCUGGUACAAGUUGUCCUCCACUGUGAAGCAGACCACAUACAAAGCCACAAAACUUGUGGCUUUUAAGGAUUAUAUCUUUAGGGUCUAUGCUGAAAAUCAGUUUGGCAUUGGUGCCCCAGCAGAACAUGCCCCGAUAACUGCCAGAUACCCCUUUGAUACCCCUGGUCCCCCAUAUAAAUUGGAGCCAUCUGAUAUUGCAAAGGAUGCGGUAACUCUGUCCUGGUAUGAGCCUGAUGAUGAUGGUGGAAGUCCUAUUACUGGAUACUGGGUAGAGAGAUAUGAGCCUGACCAUGACAAAUGGAUGAGAUGCAACAAGCUACCUAUUAGGGACACAAACUUUAGGGUGAAAGGACUGCCCACAAGAAAGAAGUAUAAGUUCCGUGUUUUGGCAGAGAAUCUUGCUGGGCCUGGCAAACCGAGCAAAGAAACAGACCAGAUCUUGAUUAAAGAUCCAAUUGAUCCUCCAUGGGCACCUGGUAAGCCCACUGUUAAAGAUGUGGCCAAAACAUCUGCCUUCCUGCAAUGGACAAAACCUGAACAUGACGGUGGUGCAAAGAUUGAGUCUUACAUCAUUGAGCUCCUCAAGAGUGGAACUGACGAGUGGGUUCGUGUAGCUGAUGGUAUCCCCUCUCUUGAGUACUUCCUGAGAGGACUGAUGGAGAAGCAAGAGUACUCAUUCCGUGUCAGAGCUGUAAACGUGGCAGGCGAGAGUGAACCUAGUGAACCAAGUGAUCCAGUUCUUUGCAAGGAGAGACUCAAUCCCCCAUCGCCACCAAGAUGGCUUGAAGUAGUUUCUAGUAGCAGGAAAAGCGCAGACCUGAAAUGGACAGAACCUGAGAGAGAUGGUGGCUCUCCAAUCACAAACUACAUUAUUGAGAAGAGAGAUGUCAGGCGCAAAGGCUGGCAGGCUGUGGACACCACUGUGAAAGAGCUGAAGUACACUGUCACCCCAUUGAAUGAAGGGGUUCUUUAUGUGUUCCGGGUUGCUGCAGAGAAUGCUGUUGGACCCAGUGAAUUUUGUGAACUUGCAGACUCUGUUCUUGCCAAGGAUACUUUCAGUUCCCCUGGACCUCCAUAUAAUCUGACCAUUGCUGAUGUCUCCAAGACUCAUGUUGACCUGAAAUGGGAUGCACCUAAGAAUGAUGGUGGAAGACCUAUCUUGAGAUAUGUCAUUGAGAAGAAGGAGAAACUUGGAACCCGUUGGGUGAAAUCCGGAAAGACUUCAGGUCCUGACUGCCAUUACAGAGUGACUGAUGUAAUUGAGGGCACUGAAGUGCAAUUCCAGGUCUCCGCUGAGAACGAGGCUGGAGUUGGUCACCCAAGUGAACCCACUGAUAUUGUGGUCAUUGAGGACCCAACAGGCCCACCAUCACCACCUCAGGAAUUGCAUGUCACAGAGGCAGCCAGAGAUCAUAUUUGUAUUGCCUGGAAGGCACCAGAAAAGAAUGGAGGAAGUCCCAUUAUUGGCUACCAUAUUGAGCUCUGUGAGGCUGGAACCGAGAAGUGGAUGAGAGUCAACUCUCGUCCUGUCAAAGAGCUAAAAUACAGAGCAGGGGAUGAAGAGGGCAUUGUUCCUGAGAAGCAAUAUACCUUCAGAGUCCGUGCUGUCAAUUCUGUCGGUGCCAGCGAGCCUUCUGACAUUUCUGAGAAUGUAUAUGCCAAAGAUUCUGACUGUAGCCCAACUCUUGACUUCCAGACCAAAGACCUUGUUGUUGUAGAAGGUGAAAAGAUGCACCUCCCAAUUCCAUUUAUGGCUGUGCCGUCACCUAAGAUUACAUGGCACAAAGAUGGAAAUGAGCUGAAGGCUGAUGACAGAACCUUCUUCAGAGCUGAGUACACAUCCUGCCAUCUGGAAAUCCCAAGCUGCUUACACGCUGAUGCUGGCCAGUACAAAGUUACCUUGGAGAACAGCAAUGGUUCAACUAGUGGAACAAUCAAUGUUAAAGUUAUUGGUCUUCCUGGACCAUGUAAAGAAAUUGUUGCUAGUGAAAUUACCAAGAGCACCUGCAAGGUGUCCUGGGAUCCUCCAGACUAUGAUGGUGGUAGCCCUGUUCUGCACUACGUGCUGCAACGCAGGGAAGCAGGCAGGAGAACCUACGUCAAUGUUAUGUCUGGAGAAAACAAAGUGAGCUGGCCGGUUAAGGAUCUCAUUCAAAAUGGAGAAUAUUACUUCCGUGUCAGAGCUGUCAACAAGAUUGGUGGUGGUGAAUUCAUUGAGCUUCGUAACCCUGUAAUUGCUGAAGAUCAGAAGCAACGUCCUGAUCCACCAGUCGAUGUGGAAACACACAACCCAACUUCUGAGACUGUGACCCUUACGUGGAAGCCUCCCAUGUAUGAUGGUGGAAGCAAAAUUAUGGGUUAUAUUCUUGAGAAGAUGAUGAAAGGGGAAGAGAAUUUCCAGAGAUGCAAUGACUUCCUUGUGCCAGUGCUGUCCUAUACUGUUAAGGGAUUGAAGCAAGGAAAACAAUAUCAGUUCCGUGUGCGUGCUGAAAAUGCAGCUGGUAUCAGUGAUCCUUCACGCAGCACACCUUUGAUCAAAGCCACAGAUGCAGUUGAUCGUCCAAAGGUGUUCCUUAGCGGUAGUCUACAAUCAGGCUUGUCUGUGAGACGAGGUGAAGAGAUCCGAUUGGAUGCCAACAUCUCCGGAUUUCCUUACCCACAAAUUACAUGGAUGAGGAACAAUUCAACCAUUUGGCCAGAGCCACUGAAAAAGAGACCAGAAAGGCCUAUUAAAAAGAAGAAGGAGAAAGAAAAAGAAAAAGAAAAGAAGGAAAAGAAAGAGGCAGAUGUAGAAAAGAAAGAGGCAGAUGCAGAAAAGAAGGAAGAAGACAAAGAGGCAAAGAAGGAGGAGGACAAAGAAAAGAAGGAGGAGGAAAAGGAGAAAGAAAAAGAAAAGGAGGUGGAGGAGCCAGAGGAGCCUGAAGAAGCAUACCACCCAAGCUUAAAUGAACGUCUUACCAUUGAAUCAAAGAGGCAGGGUGAAUCCUUCAUUAUUGUGAAAGAUACUAUCAGAGGUGAUCAUGGUGUAUUCACCAUAAAAGUGGAAAAUGAUCAUGGUAUUGCCUCUGCCUCCUGUGAAGUUAAUGUCCUUGAUACUCCUGGACCUCCAGUCAAUUUCAAAUUUGAAGAGGUAAGGAAGAACUCAAUCCUCUGUAAGUGGGAUCCUCCUCUGGAUGAUGGCGGCAGUGAAAUCAUUAACUACAUAUUGGAGCGAAAAGAUAACUCCAAGGCUGAGCUUGGAUGGGUCACUGUAACAUCAAUUCUUAGAGGUUGCAAAUUUCUAGUGCCAAAACUUAUUGAGGGCAAGGAGUACCUCUUCCGUGUCACUGCAGAGAACAAGUAUGGUCCUGGAACCCCAUGCAUCUCCAAACCUGUCAUUGCAAAGAAUCCAUUUGAUCCUCCAGAGGCGCCUGAGAAACCUGAAAUUACAGAUGUCACAGCCAGCAGUAUGCGUGUUACCUGGAUAGAACCCAAUGACAAUGGCAGCCCCAUUGAGGGAUAUUGGGUAGAGAAACGAGAAGUUAACAGCACACACUGGGCGAGAGUCAAUCGGACCAUGGUUCCUGAUUUGGAAAUAAAUGUAGAGGGCCUUUUAGAGGGUCUGACAUAUAUUUUCAGAGUCUGUGCAGAAAAUAUAGCUGGACCUGGAAAGUUCAGUCCCCCUUCAGAACCAAAAACAGCUCAGGCACCAAUCAUGCCCCCGGGUCCACCAAUUCCAAGAAUUGUUGACACCUCAGACUUUUCAAUUGAUAUUGAAUGGGAUCCUCCUGCAGACAAUGGUGGCGCAGACAUCUUUGGUUAUCAUGUUGACAAAGUUGUUGCUGGUACCAAGGAUUGGUCACGAGCCACAGAGAGACCAUGGAAGAACCGCACAUUUACAGUGUAUGGCGUUAGGGAAGGCGCUAAAUACAUUGUCCGUGUUGUGGCAGUCAAUUGUGCUGGUGAAGGACAACCUGGUUUUACAGAUGCAGUAAUUGUGAGAAACCCUGCAGUGGUUCCUGUCAUCGAGCUUGAUAUCUCUGUGAAAAAUGGCGUUGUUGUUAGAGCUGGAGAGAUGCUGAGAAUUCCAGCACAUGUGACUGGUAGACCUUUUCCAUCUUUGAAAUGGACAAAGGAUGAUGGUGCAUUAGAAAAAGAUCGUAUGGAGGUAGAAGAAGCUGGACAAGACAGCACUCUUGUAAUUAAAUCCACAAAGAGAAGUGAUCAUGGCAAAUACCAAAUCCAAGCAGCAAAUCCAAGUGGCAUUAAGUCUGCAUGGACCAGGGUUGAAGUUAUGGAUGUUCCUGGACCAGUUCUUGACCUGAAACCUGUUGUGGUUACAAGAAAGCUAAUGAUGUUGAAUUGGUCAGAUCCUGAUGAUGAUGGUGGUAGUGAUCUGACAGGGUUUAUCAUUGAAAGGAGGGAACCAAAGAUGCACACAUGGAGACAACCUAUUGAGACUCCUUCAUCCAAAUGUGAGAUUGUAGGUAUUAUUGAGGGACAGGAAUACAUUUUCCGUGUUGUGGCUAAGAACAAGUUUGGAUGUGGACCUCCAGUUGAUCUGGGACCAAUCCGUGCUGUGGAUCCUCAAGGUCCACCAACCUCUCCUGAAAAGUUCCACUAUACCGAGAGGACCAAGUCCUCUGUAACUAUUGAAUGGAGACCACCGCGUAAUGAUGGUGGUAGUCCAAUCAUUGGCUACAUCAUUGAGAAAAAGCGACAAGAUCAACCAGCCUUUCAGCGUGUCAACCCAGAGCUGGUCACUGCUCAAAUUUUGACAAUUGAAGAUCUUGAUGAGUUGCAUAUGUAUGAGUUCCGUGCAAAGGCAGUCAAUGCACUUGGUGAAAGUGAGCCUUCAAUUACCAUGACUGUUGUCAUUCAGGAUGAUGAAGUGGCUCCAAGUCUGCAUAUGCUGAAGCACUUCAAGGGUGAUUUGAUCCAAGUAAGGAAAAACGAACCUAUUGAGAUGCCUGCUGAAGUCACAGGCCUGCCAAUGCCAAAGAUUGAAUGGCUGAAGGAUGAUGUUGUUAUUGAAAAGUCCACUGAGAAACUCCUGAUAGAAACCAAAGAGAUUGACAGAGUGACAUCACAUACAAAACUCUCCAUCCCUGGAGUUACAAGACUGGACAAGGGCACAUACACUGUUACUGCCUCAAAUCGUUUGGGAACACUCAGUCAUUCCAUCACAGUGGAAGUAUUGGAUCGCCCAACACCACCAAGAAAUAUUGCUGUUUCAAAUAUCAAAGCUAACUCUUGCAACCUUACCUGGGAUCCCCCAUUGGAUAUUGGUGGCAGUGAGCUUACCAACUACAUUGUUGAGAUGAAAGACCUUAAUGUUGAAGAUCCUGAAAAGGCUGAGUGGGUGCAAGUUACUAACUCCAUUAUUGAGAAACGAUAUGGGGUAUGGAACCUGGAAACUGGUGGCAACUAUAAAUUUAGAGUCAAAGCUGAGAAUAAGUAUGGAAUAAGUGAGGCCUGUGAAACGGAAGAGGUUCAGAUUAGGGAUCCUUUCGCUCUGCCUGGCCCACCUGAGAAGGUCACUAUCGCGGAGCACUCUAAGACCCAUAUGUUACUGACAUGGGAACCACCAAGGGACAGUGGUGGUUCUAUGAUUACUGGCUACUGGCUUGAGAAGCGUGAAAAGGGCACUUCCUAUUGGUCUCGUGUGAAUAAGAUCCUGGUGUCAAAACGUGGCACGAAAGGCUGGGAAUACCAGGUUAACCGUCUCAUAGAGGGAACAGAGUAUGAAUUCCGUGCAAUGGCUUGCAAUUCUUCUGGUAUUGGACCACCUAGUGCCAUUUCUGAGUCUGCUGUUGCUGAUGAACCAUUGACUCCACCUAGCAUGCCAGCUGCUCCUGAGGUUGCUGACAAAACCAAGCAUAGUGUCACCCUUGCAUGGACCCCACCAGCUAAAGACGGUGGUCGCCCCAUCAAAGGUUACAUCAUUGAGAUCCAGGAUGAAGGAACUUCUGAGUGGGCCAGGAUCAAUGAUGCUGAAAAUCUGCAUCCUUCUACUGUGUUCACAAUUCCAAGCCUUCCAGAACUUAAGAAAUACAGAUUCAGAAUCAUUGCAGUCAAUGAAAUUGGCGAGUCUGAGCCAAGCCCCAGAACCACUGAAGUUCGCAUAGAGGACAUUCAAACUGCACCGAAGAUCUUCAUGGAUAUCAGUGCUCCUGAACUGCUGUGUAUCCGUGCUGGAUCUCCAUUUAAGAUUCCAGCUACCAUCACAGGACGUCCUGUUCCCAAAGUUACAUGGGAAUUUGAUGGCAAAGCAAAAACAGAAAAGAAGGAUCGUCUUCAUAUCUUACCAGUAGAUUCACAGGUUGAAUCUACUGACACUACCUCAGUUAUUACAAUUCCUGUGAGUUUGAGAAGCCAUUCUGGCAGGUACACAAUUACAGCAAAGAACAAAUCAGGACAGAAGCAUGUCAACGUCAGAGUAAAUGUGCUUGAUGUUCCUGGAGCACCUAAAGAGCUUAAAGUUACUGAUGUCACCAGAACCACAAUGAGACUCAUUUGGAAGCUGCCAGAUAAUGAUGGUGGUGAAAGAAUCAAGAGUUAUUUUAUUGAGAAGAAGGCUGUCAAUGGAAAGGCUUGGACAAUUGCCAACGCUGCCUGUGCCAGCAUGGCCUUUGUCGUGCCUAACCUCCUUGAGGGACAGGACUACUUGUUCCGUGUUCGUGCUGAGAAUCGCCUUGGCUUUGGACCAUUUACAGAGACCACAGAACCUGUUAGGGCAAGGGAUCCUAUCUAUCCUCCUGAUCCUCCAACCAAGGUGAAAAUUAACCUUGUUACGAAGAACACCGCAACCCUGACAUGGGAUCCUCCUAAGAACGAUGGUGGAGCACCAGUAAAGCAUUACAUCAUUGAGAGGCUGAGCUGGGAUACCAGUGGUCCACAGAAAGAGACUUGGAAACAAUGCAACAAGAGAGAUGUUGAAGAGACUACCUUCAUCGUUGAAGACCUUAAAGAAGGUGGCGAGUAUGAGUUCCGUGUAAAAGCUGUAAAUGAUGCUGGUGCAAGCAGACCCUCUGUUACUGCUGGACCAGUUGUCAUUAAGGACCAGACAUGUGCUCCAAGUAUUGAUCUUAGAGAGGCUUUAGAAGGUGCAGAAGGAUUUGAUGUCAACAUUUUUGCCAGGAUACAAGGCUGUCCAUUCCCAUCUCUUGUCUGGCACAAGGCUCCACAGGACAAGCCUGAUGACAAAGCUGCUGUACAGUAUGACAAACAUGUCAAUAAACUUGUAUCUGAUGAGAAAUGCACCCUGUUGAUUCAGCAGUCAAAGAGAGAUGACAGCGCAAUAUACACUCUCACAGCCACCAACAGUUUGGGCACAGCCACCAAGAGCAUCAAGCUUAGCAUUUUGGGACGCCCUGGUGUACCUGUAGGACCAAUUAAGAUUGGGGAAAUUUUUGCUGAAAGGAUUGGUCUCUCCUGGAAUCCACCCACAGAUGAUGGAGGUUCCAAGAUUACAAACUAUGUUGUUGAAAAGCGUGAGGAAAACAGAAAAACAUGGGUCCAUGUCUCUAGUGAUCCAAAGGAAUGCCAGUACACAGUACAAAGGCUAACAGAGGGCCAUGAGUAUGAGUUCCGUGUUAUGGCUCAGAAUAAAUAUGGAAUUGGACCACCCUUGUACAGUGAACCUGAGAAAGCACGAAACCUCUUCACUGUGCCUGGCCAAUGUGAGAAGCCAACUGUCACAGAUGUUUCAGUUGAAUCUAUGACUGUCAACUGGGAUGAGCCAGAAUAUGAUGGUGGCUCUCCAGUAACUGGCUAUUGGCUAGAGCGUAAAGAAACAACAGGCAAGCGUUGGACAAGAGUAAAUCGUGAACCUAUCAGAAUCAGGACUCUAGGAGUUUCCCAUAUUGUAACAGGCCUCUUGGAGGGUGCUAUCUACCAGUUCCGCGUUCUUGCAAUUAAUGCAGCUGGAAGCGGCCCACCUAGUCUUCCUUCUGAUCCUGUUCCAUGUAGAGACCCCAUAGCACCUCCAGGACCUCCAACACCAAAAGUAACAGACUGUACCAAGUCAACUGUUGAUCUUGAAUGGAUUCCUCCACUUAUUGAUGGUGGAUCUAAGGUCACAGGUUAUUUUGUAGAGUACAAAGAAGAAGGGCAAGAGGAAUGGGAGAAGGUUAAAGACAAGGAAAUCAGAGGGACCAAGUUUGUUGUUCCUGGACUUAAAGAGCUUGGACUCUACAGAUUUAGAGUGAGAGCCGUAAAUUCUGCAGGUGUGGGAGAACCUGGUGAGGUUUCUGAUGUGAUUGAAGUCAAGGACAGAACAAUUCCCCCUGAAGUAGACCUGGAUGCAACUGUCAAGGAAAAGAUUGUUGUUCAUGCUGGUGGGGUAAUCCGCAUCCUGGCCUAUGUGUCAGGAAAGCCUGCUCCAGAGAUUAUUUGGAAUAGAGACGAUGGUGAUUUGCCAAAGGAGGCUGCUGUUGAGACUACUUCUAUAAGUUCAUCUUUGGUUAUCAAAAGUUGCAGGAGACAACACCAAGGCAUUUAUACACUGACUGCUAAGAAUGCAGGUGGAGAGAGGAAGAAAGCAAUUAUUGUUGAAGUACUGGAUGUCCCUGGCCCUGUGGGUCAGCCUUUCUCUGGUAAGAAUCUCACCAAUGACUCUUGUAAGUUGACUUGGUACUCCCCAGAAGAUGAUGGUGGCUCAGCUAUCACCAACUAUAUAAUUGAGAAGAGAGAAGCUGACCGCAGAGGCUGGACUUCAGUGACAUAUACUGUCACAAGGCAUAAUGCUGUUGUCCAGGGUCUUAUUGAUGGCAAGGGUUACUACUUUAGAAUUGCAGCUGAAAAUAUUAUUGGAAUGGGUCCCUUCACUGAGAUUUCAGCUCCAGUCGUCAUCAAGGAUCCACUCUCUGUACCUGAGCGCCCAGAGGAUCUUGAGGUGACAGCCAUCACAAAUGAUUCAAUCAGUGUCGCAUGGAGACCUCCAAAGUAUGAUGGAGGUUCAGACAUUACAAGCUAUGUUCUUGAAGUUCGUCUCAUCGGACAGGACAAUUUCAAGAUUAUUGCCUCAGAGGAUAAACUCAUGGAACGUAAAUUCACACAUGUGGGUCUUAAAGAAGGUUCUUCUUAUGAAUUCCGAGUUAGUGCUGUCAAUCAAAUCGGUCAAGGCAAACCGUCAUUCAGCACCAAACCAGUUACAUGCAAAAAAGAGUUUGAACCACCAAACCUUGAUCUUGAGUUCCGUGAAAAGCUUAUUGUUCGUGUUGGGGAAACUUGCACUCUUCAAAGCCGAUACACAGGCAAACCAGCACCAACAAUUAAAUGGUUCAAAAAUGAUGAGGAGCUUCAGGCAAAUGAAGAAAUUGCUCUUACCAGCACAAAGAAUACAUUAUGUUUGACUAUUGCAAAAGUAAAACGUGAUCACAGUGGAAAAUACACUGUGGUUCUGGAGAACUCCAUUGGCUCACGCAAGGGCAUUUGUACUGUUAUUGUUGUUGACCGUCCACAACCUCCAGAGGGUCCUGUUGUCUUUGAUGAGAUUUACAGGAAUUAUAUGGUCAUUUCUUGGAAGCCCCCAUUGGAUGAUGGUGGAGCUGCUAUUUCUAACUACACUGUUGAAAAGAGAGACACCAACAGGGAUCUAUGGAUGCCUGUUACAGAAUCUUGCACAAGGACAUCAUGCAGAGUUCCAAAACUGAUUGAGGGAAGAGAGUACAUCAUUAGAAUUUGUGCUCAAAAUAUUCAUGGUAUUAGUGAUCCAUUGCUAUCUGCUGAAACAAAAGCAAAGGACGUUUUCAAGGUUCCAGAUGCACCACAGGCACCUGUGAUAAAAGAAAUCUAUAAAGAUACAGCUCUGAUUUCAUGGCUCCAGCCAGCUGAUGGUGGCAAACCAAUAACAAACUACAUUGUUGAAAAGAAGGAGACCAAGGCCAACAUGUGGUCUAGAGCUGGAAAAGACCGCAUUUACCCCAACACAGAGUAUUGGGUUCCUGAUCUUCUCAAGGGAUGUGAAUAUGAAUUCCGUGUCAUGGCAGAGAAUGUGAUUGGUGUUGGUGACCCCAGUCCACCUUCAAAGCCCAUCUAUGCCAAAGAUCCUAUUGUGAUUCCAAGCCCACCUGUACUUCCAGUAGCAAUUGACAAGACAAAAGAGUCUGUCACUCUUUCUUGGCAGCCACCAAAAGACUGUGGCAGAGGCAAAAUCUUUGGCUAUCUCCUUGAGUAUCAGAAAGCUGGUGAUGAGGAAUGGCUUCAAGUUAAUCAGACACCUGACUCUUGCCAGGGCACUACAUUCAAGGUUAUCAACCUUGAGGAUGGUGCACUUUACAGAUUUAGAGUGAAGGCGGUGAAUGCUGCUGGUGAAUCAGAGCCUGCAUAUGUCCCAGAGCCUGUUCGAGCACAAGACAGAUUUGAGCCCCCAGAACUUCAACUGGAUUUGGGCAUGCCUCGUGAAGUCAAAGCAAUGGCUGGAACCCAUAUUACUAUUAUUGCUGGAAUCAAGGGAAUGCCUUUCCCCAAAGUCACAUGGAAGAAAAAUGAAGCAGAUGUUCCUACAAGAGCAGAGAUUGAAACAUCUGGAACAGCAACCAAACUAGAGAUGCGUUAUUGCACCCGCGAAGAUUGUGGAGAUUACACACUGACUAUUGAAAAUCCAGCUGGAUCAAAGACAGCCACAUGCACCGUGCUUGUUCUUGACAAGCCCGGGCCAGUUCAGCAUCUCAGGGUAUCUGAUGUCAGAUGUGAUUCUGCACAGCUCUCUUGGAAAGACCCAGAAGAUAAUGGUGGUACACGCAUCACUAACUUUGUUGUUGAGAAAAAGGAUGCAGCAUCUGCACAGUGGGUGCCAGUCUGUUCAUCAUCCAAAAAACGUAGCAUGAUGGCUAAGCAUUUGAUUGAGGGAACAUCGUACAUGUUCCGUGUGGCGGCUGAAAAUCAGUUUGGAAGAAGCGAAUAUGUUGAGACACCAAAAGCUAUCAAAGCAAUGAAUCCACUGUUUCCACCUGGUCCACCAAAAGACCUGCAUCAUGUAGAUGCUGAUAAAACCGAGGUGUGGCUCCAGUGGAAUUGGCCUGAUCGUACCGGAGGAAGUGACAUCACAGGGUUCUUGGUUGAGUACCAAGAAGAAGGUGAAAGGGAUUGGAUCGUUUUUAAGACUGUCAGCAUUCCUGAGUGCCAUGUGACUGGACUGGAAGAAGGAAAGACCUACAGGUUCCGUGUUAAGACAGAGAAUGCAAUUGGCCUAAGUAGACCAGACACCACUGUGCCAGUACUUUGCCAGGAAAAACUAGUACCACCUAUUGUUGAGGUUGAUGUGAAGUUGAUUGAGGGAAUCAUUGUGAAAGCUGGAAGCACUAUUAGAUUGCCUGCCAUUAUGAGAGGACUUCCGGUUCCCACUGCCAAAUGGGUCAUUGAUGGAGAGGAAAUCAAGAGUGAAGGCAAUAUCAAAAUCGACACCGACAACUUCUCCACUGUUCUGAGCAUUGCUGAUUGCACAAGAAAUCACACCGGAAUCUAUAUUCUCACAGUCUCAAACUCAGCAGGAAGUAAGACUGUUUCUCUGAAUGUCACGGUGCUUGAUGUACCAUCUGCCCCAAUAGGUCCUGUUAAUAUCCAUGAAGUGACUCCUGAAUAUAUGGUCAUUGACUGGCGUCCUCCCAAAGAGGAUGGUGGAAGCCCUGUCAUGAACUAUAUUGUUGAGAAGAGGGAAUCAAAUAAGGAAACUUGGGGAGGAGUAAGUUCUGGCAGCACUGCCACAAGGCUCAAGAUUUCUCGUCUCCAGCAAGGAGUUGAGUAUGUUGUGAGAAUUCGUGCUGAAAAUAAAAUGGGAAUUGGUGCAGCUCUUGAAAGUGCACCAACUGUAGCCCGGCACCAGUUUGAGCCCCCUGGCCAUCCUGGAAAACCAGUUGCAUCUGAUAUUGCUGAAGAUGCACUCACACUUGGAUGGACAAUGCCACUGUUUGAUGGUGGUAGUCCAAUCAGUGGUUACAUUAUUGAGCGAAGACAUAAAGGAGGCAAAUGGAUUAGAGUGAAUAAAACACCCUGCAAGGACCUUAGAUACAGAGUGCUUGGGCUUUUUGAAAGUAUUGAAUAUGAAUUCAGAGUAUUUGCUGAAAACAUUGCUGGCUUUAGUGGACCUUCACCAAUCUCAGAUCCUGCCAAACCUUGCAGACAAGUUACUGUUCCAGGACCUCCAGUUAACCCUAAGAUAAAGGACUACAGCUGUACAUAUGCUGACUUAGUCUGGAUCAGACCCACAAGAGAUGGAGGCAGCCCAGUUAUAGGAUAUAUUGUUGAAUGCCAGAAAGGAGGUGCUGAGUGGGAGAAAGUCAAUAAGGAUGAUCUGAUUAAGCUUUGUGCUUAUAGAGUAAAAGGACUGACAGAGGGCACAGAAUACAGGUUCCGUGUUAAAGCUGUUAACAUGAUUGGAGAAGGUGAGACAAGGGAAAUUCCAGAGUCAGUUAUUGCUAAGGAUAUCGUCAUUCCUCCAGAAAUUGAGAUGGAUGCCACAUGCCGUGACCGUGUGACUGUCCGUGUUGGACAUAACAUUAAUGUUGUAGCAUAUGUGAAAGCAAGACCUGAUCCAGAAAUCACUUGGAGCAAAGGUGAAAGCAUUUUGGAAAAGGACAAGCGUACUACUCUGAUAAACAACUUCCCAGUAGUGCAAAUGCGUAUCAAGGAAGCAACCAGAGCAGAUCAUGGAAAGUAUAUACUUAAGGCUGCUAAUGAAGCUGGAGAGGCCUCAGCUACUAUUACUGUAAAUGUUCUAGAUAGACCUGGGCACUGCCGUAAUCUUAAGUUGACAUAUGUAAAUAAAAACUCUUGCAUGGUGGCCUGGGAUGCUCCUGAGGAUAAUGGAGGCACUGAGAUAACAAAUUACAUUGUGGAAUGUCGGGAGCCAAGUAUACGAGCCUGGUCAAUGAUAUCAUCUGACUGCACAAAUCGUAUGGUAAAGGCAAAGCUCAUGGAAAAUCAUGAAUAUUUAUUCCGUGUGUCUGCUGAGAACAAGUGUGGUCCUGGACCAGCAACAGAAACCAAAACUCCUAUCCUUGCAAUUGACCCACUUCAGAAGCCAGGUGAGCCAGAGAACUUCCACGUCAGUGAUAUCGGUAAGAACUUUGUUUUUCUUAAAUGGAGAAAACCAGAUUAUGAUGGUGGCAGUCCUAACCUGGGCUACCAUUUGGAGAGAAAAGCAAAGGAUGCUGAAGAGUGGGAGAAGGUACAUGAGGGAGUCCUGAAAGAGACGUUCUUCUUGGUAGACAAAUGUGUUGAGAACCACACCUAUCAGUUUAGAGUCCAGUCAACAAAUGAUGGAGGAGAAAGUGCCUGGGUUAAGACAUCUGAUAUUCUUGUCAAAGAAGAAGUUCAGAAACCAGUUCUUGACCUGAAAUUUGUUGGUACCAUUGUGGUCAAAGCUGGUGAAUCAGUUAGACUUGAGGCUGGUCUUAGAGGAAAACCACAGCCUGAGGUUACAUGGGUGAAAGACAAGGCUACAGGUGAUAACCCAAGGAUCAGCAUUGACACUGGAUAUGAUUACUCUAAGUUCCUCCUUACUAAAACCAAGCGUAGUGAUACUGGAAAAUAUGUGGUCACUGCUACAAACUCAGCAGGAUCAUUCACAGCAUAUGCCAAUAUUUCAGUUUUGGAUAUACCAGGACCUGUCAGAGAUUUGAAGAUUUCUGGAAUUUCCACAGAUAAGUGUAGAGUUGUAUGGGAUCCUCCAGAGGAUGAUGGAGGUUGUGAGGUGGACAGCUAUAUUCUAGAAAAAUGCGAGACCAGAAGAAUGGUUUGGUCCACUUACUCUGCCUCUGUUGUCACCAACUACUGUAAUGUAACACGCCUCGUUGAAGGAAAUGAGUACAUAUUCAGGGUCAGAGCAGAAAACAAAAUGGGAACUGGGCCACCAAUGGAGAGCAGGCCUAUUAUUGCUAAGACACAAUACAACAGGCCUGGUCCACCUGAUGCACCUGAGGUAACCAAAAUUGGUAAAGAUGAGAUGACUGUGGUAUGGGCUCCUCCUGAGAAUGAUGGUGGAAAGUCUAUAACUGGCUACAUUCUGGAGAGAAAAGAAAAGCGGGCUGUUCGAUGGGUCCCUGUCACAAAGAGCCCUAUCUCUGAGAGACGUAUGAAGGUUACCAAUCUGAUCCCUAACCAUGAUUAUCAAUUCCGUGUCAAAGCUGAAAAUGAAGUAGGAUUGGGAGAACCAAGCAAAGCAUCCAGACCAGUCACUGCAAAAGAUCCAAUUGAGCCCCCUGGUCCUCCUGGCAGCCUUAAAGUAGUUGAUAGCACAAAGACAUCGAUUACACUUAGCUGGACGAAGCCUGUGUAUGAUGGUGGUGCUCCAAUUAUUGGAUAUCUGGUUGAAAUGAGGGAUAAGGUGGAAAUGGAAGGUGAACAAGUGAGAGAUCCAGAGGAAGGCUGGAAGAAAUGUAAUACUUCUGGACAGCUUGUCCUAACUGAAUUUACAAUUCUUAACUUGGAUGAGAGACAGGAAUAUGAAUUCCGGGUGUCUGCUCAAAACCAAGUUGGCAUGGGCCGUCCUGCAAAACUCAAGGAAGCUGUAUCACCAAAGGAGAUCAAUGAACCCCCAGAGAUUGAUCUUGAUGCCAGUCUAAGAAAAGGCCUUAGCGUUAGAGCAGGAUGUCCUAUCAGACUUUUUGCGACAAUUAGAGGAAGACCAGCACCUAAAGUGACUUGGAAGCGCAUUGGUGUUGACAAUGUCAUUAGAAGGGGCCAUGUGGAUCAGAUCGAUACGAUGACCUUCCUUGUGAUUCCUGAGUGUUCACGUGAAGACUCUGGCAGAUAUUCUUUGACUCUUUCAAAUGCCUCUGGAGAAAAGGCUGUAUUUGUUCGUGUAAAAGUCUUAGAUACUCCUGGUCCUGUUGGUGGACUGGAGGCAUCUGAUAUCACAAAGACAACCUGCCAGCUUGCAUGGUUACCUCCAGAAAAUGAUGGUGGCAGUCCAAUCCUAAACUAUGUUGUUGAAAAGCGUGAGGUUGACCGGAAAACAUGGACAAAUUGCACAAAUGACUUGAAGAAGACAAGCUUCAAAAUCACAAAUCUGACACCAGGAAUAGAAUACUACUUCCGGGUGAUGGCAGUUAACAAGUAUGGCAUCGGUUUGCCUCAAGACUCUCCAAAGUCCUACCUUGCUGCAGAUCCCAAGAGUGAGCCUGAUCCUCCAAAGAAGAUGGAUGUAUUAGAAAUUUCUAAAAACAGUGCAACUCUUGGGUGGCUGAAGCCACUUAGAGAUGGUGGAUCUAAGAUUAAUGGAUACAUUGUUGAAUACCAGCAGGAUGGUCAACCUGAGGACAAAUGGACAUCAUACUCGGUUGUGAAAGACUUGACCAUUGUUGUAGCUGGACUGAAAGAAAACACUAAGUACAGAUUCAGGGUUGCUGCGAGAAAUGCAAUAGGAUGCAGUUUGGCAAGAGAAGCUGAGGGCAUAUUUGAGGUCAAGGAACAGCUGAUGGGACCAAAGAUCAUCAUGUCUGAUGUGAUUACAGCAAGAGCAGGAACUAAACUUAUAGUUGAGGCUCUUGUGUCCGGGAAGCCUGCACCAGUCACAAAAUGGAAAAGAGGAAAUGAUGAUUUAGUUACAUCUGAUCGUCUCUUCAUACAAAAAACACCAAGCACAAGUGUACUUUUGAUCAAAGAAGUUACAAGGAAGGAUAGUGGUUAUUACAGUCUUUCUGCUGAAAACAGCACUGCUAAGGUCAACCAGAUCCUCCGAAUAAUCAUUAUGGACAUCCCUGGUCCUCCACAAGGUCCUUUACAAAUUCUUGAGGUGGACGUAGAUGCCUGCACUCUUGCAUGGGAUUCACCUUCUGAAGAUGGUGGCAGUAACAUCACAAACUACAUUGUUGAGAAAUGUGAUGUGACAAGAGGUGACUGGGUCACAGUUGCAUCUUGCACCAAGACCAGCUGCAGAGUGGGAAAGCUCACAUGUGGCAAAGAGUAUGGCUUCCGUGUCCGUGCUGAAAACCGCUUUGGAAUUUCAGAACCCAUUUAUGCUGAUAAAAUCAUUGCUAGACAUCCAUUUGAUCCACCCAGUGAGCCAAGGAACUGUUGUGUCAACAAAAUCAGCAGGGACUUUGUUGUGUUGUCCUGGGAGAGACCGGUGAAUGAUGGUGGCAGUCCCAUCACAGGAUAUUGCAUUGAGCGCAAAGAAAGAAAUAGCCUCCUGUGGGUCAAGGCAAAUGAGGUCCUUAUUCGCUCAACUGAAUAUACGUGCUCUGGCCUCAUUGAUGGUCUGGAGUACACCUUCAGAGUGUCUGCUGUUAACAAAGCAGGACAAGGCAAACCAAGCAAACAGACCGAUUUUAUCACUGCGAGAUCUCCAGUUGAUCCACCUGGCAAACCCCAAGUUCUUGAUGUGACCAAAAAUUCUGUCUCUCUUGUCUGGAGCCGUCCAAAACAUGAUGGUGGAAGCAAACUCAUUGGUUAUUAUGUUGAAUCUCUAAAGCUUCCAGGUGACAAAUGGGUGCGUGUCAACACAAGCAGCCAAAAUGUACCAAAGGAAGAAUACAUUGUUCCUGGACUUGAGGAGGGAGCCCAAUACAAGUUCAGAAUAAUUGCAAAGACAGCAAUUAACGUCAGUCUGCCCUCAGAGGAAUCUGAUGCUAUCCCAGUUAUUGCAGAGCAUGUUCCACCUAGAGUUGAGAUUAGUCUUGAAAUGAAGAACUUAAUUGUCGUCAAAGCUGGAGCAAAUGUCAGCUUGGAGGCUGAAGUUUAUGGCAAACCAAUGCCAAAGGUCACUUGGAAGAGAGACGGCGUUCCAUUGAAAUUGGCUGAAGGUAUGAAAAUGACUCAAAAGGUGCAUCACUUCGCCUUGGAACUGUUCUCUGUGACAAGAAAAGAGUCUGGCGAGUACACCAUUUCUGCUGAGAACCCAAGUGGCACAAAGUCUGGCAACAUUAAAUUGAAGGUUCUAGAUAAACCUGGACCCCCAGCAUCAGUGAAGAUAAGCCAUGUAUUUGCUGACCGAGUGAAACUGAGAUGGGAGCCACCUCUUGCUGAUGGUGGUUCUGAAAUCACAAAUUACAUUGUUGACAAACGUGAAACAAGCAGAGCUAACUGGGCCCAAGUUACUGCUAACAUUAAUGGUCAGAUAACGGACUGUUCUGUGGAGAAACUCAUUGAAGGCCAUGAAUAUGAGUUCCGCAUCAGUGCUGAGAACAAGUAUGGUGUUGGAGACCCAAUUGUGACUAAUUCAGUGAUCGCCAAGAAUCCAUUUGAUGUCCCAGGACCGUGUGAACCUCCUGUUAUUACCAAUAUCACCAGAGAUCACAUGACUGUUAGUUGGAAGGCCCCUGCUGAUGAUGGCAAGGCCACCAUUCUUGGAUACUUGGUCGAGAAACGUGAAACUCAAGACCUCAAUUGGGCUAAAGUGAAUAGAAGACCAGUUAUUGACAGGACAAUUAAAGCUGGAGGCCUUACAGAGGGAUCGGAGUAUGAAUUCAGAGUCAUUGCACUCAAUAAAGCUGGUCUUGGCAAACCAAGUGAUCCAUCAGUUGGUGCUACUGCAGUGGACCCAGUGUAUCCUCCUGGACCCCCUGCUUUUCCAAAGGUUGUUGACUCUACACACAGUUCAAUCAGUUUGUCCUGGACCAAGCCAGCAUAUGAUGGUGGAUGUGAAAUUCUGGGCUAUCUUGUUGAGUUCAAGAGAGCAGAUGCAGAAGACUGGCUGAAGUGUAAUGUGCCAAAGAAUCUCCAGGCAACAAAAUUUAAUGUUACUGGUCUUUUGGAUAACACGGAGUACCAGUUCCGUGUUACUGCUGUAAACAAGAUUGGAUUUGGAGAGCCAAGUGAAGUUCCUGGAAAACAUAUGGCAAAGGACAUCUUGAUUGCCCCUGAGGCUGAACUUGAUGCAGAUCUCAGAAAAGCACUAGUUUUACGUGCUGGAGUCACAAUGAGAAUUUAUGUACCUCUGAGAGGACGUCCUGCUCCAAAGGCAACAUGGACUAAGGUCAAUGCAAACUUGAAAGAGAGACAAGGUCUUAUGAUCAAGACAACUGAAUGGGAUACCUUCGUUUAUUGUGAGGAUAUCAACAGAUAUGAUGCCGGCAAAUAUGUCCUAACUCUAGAAAACAGCAGUGGUACCAAGUCAUAUACCAUUGUUGUCAAAGUACUAGACACACCUGGACCCCCAGUCAAUCUGAUUGUUAAGGAGACCUCAAAGGACCAUGUAUCCAUUACUUGGGAUGCUCCGUUAAUUGAUGGUGGUAGUCCAGUCAAGAGCUAUGUUGUUGAAAAACGUCUGGCUGAGAGAAAGGCAUGGACCUGUGUUGCUCCUGAGUGUUCUAAGACAUCUUUCAGGAUUACUAAUCUCGAAGCUGGUAAAUCUUACUGCUUCAGAGUCCUAGCUGAAAAUAUAUAUGGCAUUGGUGAGGGUUGUGAGACAGCUGGACCAGUCAAAGCCUCAGAGCAACCUGGACCAGUUACAGAUUUUAAACCUUCAGAGAUCACCAAGAGUUCUUGCACUCUUGGGUGGAAGAAGCCAAUCAGUGAUGGUGGAAGCCAUGUUGUUGCAUAUGCUCUAGAGAUCAGUGAAGGGGAAGACAAAUGGAAGCUUGUAAUGAAGUCUAAGCUCACCCAGUACACAAUAAGUGAUCUUGUAGAAGGAAAGGAGUACUUGUUCAGAGUCAAGGCCAUUAAUGAAGCAGCUGAAGGACCACCAACUGAGCUCACUGUCUUGGCUAAAGAUCAAAUAGUGCUUCCACACUGUAACCUUAAAGGCUUGCCAGACUCUUGCUACGUGGCAAAGGAAGGAAGCACUGUUCGUCUUAAUAUCCCUAUUAUAGGUAUACCUGCUCCAGCAGUCACAUGGAAAAAGGGUGAUGUUACUUUAUCAGAUAGUGGCAGAAUCUCAGUUGAAUCAACUGCAACAAACACGGUCUUGCUGAUUCGUGAUUGCCAUAGAGGUGAUGCUGGCAAAUUCACUAUCAUUUUGAGAAACAGUGCUGGAACAGAGGAAUCAGCUAUUGACAUUAAAGUUGUUGGAAAGCCUGGAAUCUGCACCGGUCCUAUCAAAUUUGAUGAAAUCACAGCAGAAGCGAUUACUGUAGAAUGGGGCCCACCCAAAGAUGAUGGUGGAUCAGAAGUUAGCAACUAUAUUUUGGAAAAGAGGCAUUCUACUGCUAACAAAUGGGUCACAGUUGCUUCUGCGAUUCAGAAGAACUCUAUGAGAGUUACAAGACUUCAUGACGGAACAGAAUAUAUCUUCAGAGUUUGUGCUGAAAAUAAAUAUGGAGUUGGAGAGUUCCUCAGAUCUGAUCCAGUGUUGGCUAAACAUCCAUUCAAUGCACCAGGGGCUUCAGCACCACCUGAAGUUGUGAGCAUUCGUCAUGAGUCUGCUAUACUAACAUGGUCUGAUCCAAAAGAUACUGGAGGCUCUCCCAUCACAGGAUAUUACAUGGAAUUCAAAGAUAGAAAUAGUUUAAUGUGGAAGAGAGCCAACAAGACACCUUUAAGAGUGAAAGAAUGCAGAGUGACCGGUUUGGUUGAAGGCCUGGAAUAUGAAUUUAGGGUCAUAGCUAUGAAUGUGGCUGGACUCGGAAAGCCAAGCAAAACAACUGAAUCUCUUGUUGCUCUUGAUCCUAUUGAUCCACCUGGCAAACCUGAUGUGAUCAAUGUCACAAGAAACAGUGUAACACUUAUUUGGACUGCACCCAAGUAUGACGGUGGCCACAAACUGACCGGCUAUAUUGUUGAAAAAUUAGAGCAUCCUGGAAAGACAUGGAUGAAGGCUAACCAUGUGAAUGUCCAAAGCUGUGCAUACACUGUAACAGACCUACAGGAAGGCUGUACUUGUGAAUUCAGAAUAAGAGCUAAAAAUGCAGCUGGAGCUAUCAGUGCUCCCUCAGAGACAACUGAGCCUCUUGUCUGCAAAGAUGAAUAUGAACCGCCAACUAUUACAAUUGACCCUGAAAUGAAGGAUGGAGUGACUGUGAGGGCUGGAGAAACAAUUGUCAUCACAGCAUCAAGCAUUCUUGGCAAACCACCUCCUACAGCUGUGUGGUCUAAGGGUGGAAGAGAGUUCAAGUCCUCAGAUAUUGUCCAAAUCACAAGCACUCCCACAUCUUCAACUUUGUCUAUCAAGUAUGCCAGCCGAAAGAACACUGGAGAGUACACCAUUAGCGCAAGCAAUCCAUUUGGUAUCAAAGAAGAAAAAGUUAAAGUGAAAAUCCUGGAUGUGCCUGGACCUCCAGGUCCUAUUGAAGCCAGCAGUGUCUCUGCUGAAAAAUGCACAUUGACAUGGUUGCCACCAGAAGAAGAUGGUGGCUGCAGUAUCAAAUCAUAUACAUUAGAAAAGAGAGAAACCAGUCGCCUACUCUGGACAAAACUUGCUGAAAAUGUUAUGGAUUGCCGCUAUGUUGCCAGCAAGCUGAUAAAGGGAAAUGAAUACAUAUUCCGUGUUUUAGCAGUCAAUCAGUAUGGCACUGGGGAUGCAACACAGUCUGGACCAGUUAAAAUGGUUGACAGUUAUGGACCUCCUGGGCCACCAUCAAAACCAGAAAUUGAUAAUGUCAGUAGAAAUGCUGUAACAAUUUCUUGGAAGAGACCAACUGUAGAUGGAGGAAGUGACAUUAGAGGCUAUAGUGUUGAGAGAAAAGAGAGAAGAGGAAUGAGAUGGGUCAGAGCUUCUAAGAAGUCCAUUUCUGAUCUACGUUAUAAAGUAUCAGGCCUGUCAGAAGGAAUUGAAUAUGAAUUCCGCGUCACUGCAGAGAAUAAGGCUGGUUUUGGCGAGCCCAGUGAGCCAUCACAACCUGUAAUGACAAAGGAUAUUGCAUAUCCACCAGGGCCUCCAUCCAACCCACGAAUUACUGACACAACCAAAACAACUGCAACAUUUAACUGGGGUAGACCCUUCUAUGAUGGUGGUCUUGAUGUGACAGGAUACUUUGUUGAACAUAAAAAGGAAGGAGAUGAUGACUGGGUUCAAGACACAACUACUCCCUUGAGAAUAACAGAAUUUGUAGUUUCAAAUCUACAAUCAGGAGGAAGAUAUCACUUCCGAGUCAGAGCACAGAACUCAGAAGGUCUUGGUGAACCCUCUGAAGUUGAGCAAGUUGUUGAACUGGUGGAUCGAGAGGAUAUUCCUGACUUUGAACUUGAUGCAGAGCUGAGAAGAACACUUGUUGUGAAAUCAGGUGCUUCAAUUCGCAUAUUUGUGCCAAUCAAGGGCCGGCCAGCUCCAGAAGUAACAUGGUAUAAAGAAGAUGUACCUCUUAAAGGCCGUGCUCACAUUGACACUACUGAAUCAUACACUCUAGUAGUCAUCCCUGAGUGUACAAGAUAUGAUGCUGGGAAAUAUGUCCUAACAUUAGAAAAUGUUGCUGGAAAGAAGACUGGAUUUGUCAAUGUUCGUGUUGUGGACACCCCAGGACCUCCAGUGAAUUUGAAACCAAGGGAAAUCACAAAGCAUAGCAUUACUUUACAAUGGGAGAUUCCAAUUAUUGAUGGGGGUUCAAAGAUCACAAAUUAUAUUAUUGAGAAGCGGGAGGCAACACGAAAGGCUUACUCAACCAUCACUGCAAACUGGCAGAAAUGCUCGUACAAGAUUCCAGACUUGGAAGAGGGUGCUGAAUAUUACUUCAGAGUUUUAGCUGAGAAUGAAAGGGGUAUUGGUGAACCAGCAGAGACACCUGAACCGAUAAGAGCUUCUCAGGCUCCUUCUGCACCAGAUAAUCUGAUUGUUUCAGAUGUAUCCAAAGACACAGCAACUCUUGCAUGGACAAAACCAAAAUAUGAUGGUGGUAGUCGAAUUACUGGUUAUGUGAUAGAGGCUCAACUGAAAGAUUCUGAUCAGUGGACCCAUGUGACAACAAUAAAAGCUUUGGACUACACUGCAACAGAUUUGUUGGAAAAUGCAGAAUAUGUGUUCCGGAUCUUUGCUGUAAACAUGUCAGGCAGGAGUGAACCUCGUGAAAGUCGACCAGUUGUAAUUAAGGAGCAGACCACACCUCCAGGAUUUGACCUCAGAGGUAUAUAUCAGAAGAUAGUGGUAGCUAAAGCAGGUGAUAAUCUAAAAGUUGAGAUCCCUGUUCUGGGUCGUCCAAGACCACUUGUUGUAUGGAAGAAAGAAGAUCAGGAACUUAAACAAACACAGAGAAUAAACGUUGAAAAUACUACAACUUCUACUAUUCUCAACAUUAAUGAAAUUAAGAGAAAAGAUGGAGGACAGUAUUCCAUGACUGGAAAGAACAUCUUAGGAACAGUGACUGAAACCAUCACUGUUCAAGUACAUGAUAUUCCAGGACCUCCAACUGGACCAAUAAAAUUGGAUGAAGUUUCUUGUGAUUAUGUUCUAAUAUCAUGGGAAGCACCAGAAAAUGAUGGAGGAGUUCCUAUUAGUAACUACAUUGUUGAGAUGCGUGAGACCACUGGCACAUCCUGGGUGGAAUUGGCAGCAACUGUUAUCCGCACAACAUUCAAAGCUGCACGCCUUACAACUGGUAUUGAAUAUCAAUUACGUGUUAAAGCUCAGAACAGAUAUGGUGUUGGACCCUACAUAACAUCAGAACCGGUGGUGGCUGCUUAUCCAUUUGAUGUACCAGGACAGCCAGGAAUUCCACAAAUAGUUGCCUUCACCAAGGAUUCAAUGACAAUCAGCUGGAAUGAACCCUCUUCAGAUGGAGGUAGCCCAAUUUUAGGAUACCACAUUGAGAGGAAAGAGAAAAACAGCAUACUCUGGCAGAGGAUUAGCAAAGCUCUAGUCGUUGGCAAUAUAUUUAAAUCACCAGGUCUGAUGGAUGGCAUUGCAUAUGAAUUCCGUGUUAUUGCAGAAAAUCUGGCUGGUCUAAGCAAAGCCAGCAAGCCAUCUGAGAUGACAUAUGCACUUGAUCCCAUAGACCCCCCAAGUCAACCAGUGGCACUUAACAUAACGAGACAUGAAGUUACUCUUCAGUGGACAAAGCCAGAGGGUGAUGGUGGUUUCUCAAUAACUGGCUAUAUAGUCGAGAAAAAAGAGCUUCCUAAUGGUCGCUGGCUCAAAGCCAACUUCAGCAACAUUCAUGAAACAAAUUUUACUGUGAGUGGUCUCACAGAAGAUGCUUCUUAUGAAUUCCGUGUAUUAGCAAGGAACUCAGCUGGAGCUGUUAGUAAACCAUCUAAACCUUCAGAGGUCAUUGUCUGCAGAGAUGACAUUGAAGAACCGAAGAUUGAUGCUGAUGCAAGUUUCAGUAGUGUUGUGGUAGUGAAAGCAGGUGAUGUCUUCAAUCUAGAUGCACAUGUUACAGGUCGCCCAAUUCCAGUCUUGGUUUGGACUAAAGAUGGCAAGGAACUUGAAGACACUGGAAAACUAGAGAUCAAAACAUCAGAUUUCUAUACUUGCUUGAUUAACAAAGAUUCUUUACGUAGAGAUGGUGGUGCAUACACUCUAACUGCUAGCAAUCCGGGAGGAUUUGCCAAAUUUGUCUUCAACGUUAAAGUUCUUGACAGACCUGGCCCACCCGAGGGACCACUGCAUGUCACAGACAUGACAACAGAGAAAUGUAUUCUGACAUGGCUGCCACCACUUCAUGAUGGAGGAGGAAAGAUUGAAUAUUACAUCAUUCAAAGACGUGAAACAAGUAGACUUACAUGGACAAAUGUAGCCACAGAUUUACAAGUUAACCGCUAUAAGGUUACCAAAUUGCUGAAAGGAAAUGAAUAUAUCUUCAGAGUCAUGGCAGUUAACAAGUAUGGAGUUGGAGAACCUCUUGAAUCUGAUCCUGCUGUUGCCACUAACCCAUAUGUGCCUUCUGAUCCUCCACAAGCACCAGAAGUAACUGCUAUCACAAAAGAUUCAAUGGUGGUUUGUUGGGGACAUCCGGAAUAUAAUGGCGGAAGUAGUAUAAAUACCUAUAUCAUUGAGAGGAGAGAUAAAACUGGUCUUCGUUGGGUGAAAUGCAAUAAAAGGACUGUUACUGAUCUGCGCUUCAAAGUGUCAGGACUAACACCUGGACAUGAGUAUGAAUACAGAAUCCUAGCUGAAAACGCUGCUGGCUUAAGUGCACCAAGCCCUUCAAGUCCAUUUUACAAAGCAUGUGACACAAUAUUCCAACCCGGACCCCCUGGAAAUCCAAGGGUUUUGGAUACAACUAAGUCGUCCAUUACUCUUGCUUGGAAUAAACCAGUUUAUGAUGGUGGCUCGGAUAUCACAGGUUAUAUUGUUGAAACAUGCCUGCCAGAGGAAGAUGAAUGGACAAUUGUCACUCCAAAGGCAGGUCUAACAGCAACAUCAUUCACCAUAACCAACCUUAUUGAAAACCAAGAAUAUAAGAUCAACAUUUCAGCUCUUAACUGUGAAGGUGUUGGAGAACCAGCUUCUGUGCCUGGUUCACCUAAAGCAGAAGACAGAUUCCUUCCACCUGAAAUUGAGCUUGACUCAGACCUCCGCAAAGUAGUGAACAUCAGAGCAUGCAGUACCUUAAGAUUAUUUGUGCCAAUUAAAGGAAGACCUGCUCCAGAAGUCAGAUGGUCAAGGGAGAAUGGUGAACCCCUUGAUAGAGCAUCCAUUGAUAUUACAUCAUCCUUCACCACACUGCUGAUUGAGAAUGUAAACAGAUUUGAUGGUGGAAAGUACAUGCUAACAGUGGAAAACAGUUCAGGAGCUAAAACAGCAUUUGUUAAUGUCAGAGUUCUUGACACUCCUGGUGCACCACAAAACCUUACAAUCAAAGAAAUAACAAAAGAUUCUGUUUCACUCAUCUGGGAUCCUCCAAUCAUUGAUGGUGGAUCAAGAAUCAGGCAUUAUAUUGUUGAAAAACGUGAAUCUACAAGAAAAGCAUAUUCCAUUGUUAAUGCCUCUUGUCCCAAAACAAGUUGGAGAAUUGGAGACUUAAAAGAAGGAAGCUUGUACUGCUUCAGAAUUUUGGCUGAAAAUGAGUAUGGUGUUGGUCUUCCAGUAGAGACUACAGAAGCUAUAAAAAUCUCUGAGAAGCCUCUUCCUCCUGGAAAAGUGACUCUAAAACAAGUAACUGGCAACAGUGUAACACUUUCUUGGGAGAAGCCGGACCAUGAUGGAGGAAGCAGAAUAACUGGUUAUAAUGUUGAAAUGCAAUGGAAAAACAGUGAAAAAUGGACCCAAGUAAUGACUGUUAAAGUAACAGAGGCAGUUGUUGUUGGCUUAAUACAAGGUGAAGAAUACUCCUUCCGUAUUUCAGCAACCAAUGAAAAGGGAACCAGUGAUCCACGUUCACUUAAUGUCCCUGUGGUUGCUAUGGAUGUUGUUAUUGCUCCUGCCUUCAAACUUGUAUUCAGCACAUACAGUGUUCUGGCAGGUGAUGAUCUGAAAAUUGAUGUGCCAUAUGUUGCUCAGCCCAAGGCAGCAGUUACCUGGCAAAAAGAUGGUAUUGCUUUGAAAGAAACAACAAGAGUAAAUGCUGAAGUAGCAGAGAGACACCUUUACCUUGUGAUAAAAGAGGCAACACGGGAUGAUGUGGGCAAAUAUACUAUUAAACUGACAAACUCAGCUGGUGAAGCUACAGCAGACAUCAGUGUUAUUGUACUUGAUAAACCUGGACCACCAACUGGCCCAAUCAAAAUUGAUGAGGUAACUGCAGACAGUGUUACAUUAUCAUGGCAGCCUCCAGAAUAUGAAGGAGGCUGUAGCAUUAAUAACUACAUUGUUGAAAAGCGAGACACAUCCACCACAAACUGGCAGAUUGUUUCUGCAACAGUUGCAAGAACAACAACUAAAGCUGCAAGAUUAAAGACUGGCUGUGAAUAUCAAUUUAGAAUUGCUGCUGAAAAUAGAUAUGGAAAGAGUUCACUUCUUCUGUCUGCACCUGUUGUUGCACAGUAUCCCUUUGAGAUUCCCAAUCCACCAGGAACUCCUACUGUUCAGUCUGCUACUAAAGAAAGCAUGGUUAUUGUGUGGAACAAACCCAGUAGUGAUGGAGGAAGCAAGAUUUUGGGAUAUCAUAUUGAGAGUAAGGAAAGAAACAGCUUGCUGUGGGUGAAACAAAACAAAACGAUCAUUCCAGACACAAGAUUCAAGAUAGGUGGCCUUGAAGAAGGCAUUGAAUAUGAAUUUAGAGUUUAUGCUGAAAAUAUAGUUGGGCUAAGUAAAGCAAGCAAAGUAUCAGAAAUCCAGGUGGCUAGAGAUCCAUGUGAUCCUCCAGGCAAACCUGAGGCAGUGAUUGUCACAAGAAGCUCUGUAACACUCAGGUGGACAGCACCACAAUUUGACGGUGGCUGCAAGAUCACUGGAUAUGUCAUUGAGAAGAAAGAAUUGCCUAAUGGCCGCUGGAUGAAAGCCUCUUUCACUAAUAUCAUUGAGACAGAAUUUGUCAUCAGUGGCUUAGUAGAGGAGCAGCAAUAUGAGUUCCGUGUCAUUGCAAGAAAUGCUGCAGGUGUGUCUAGUACUCCAUCAGACAGCACUGGUGCAAUCACAGCAAAGGAUGAAGUUGAUCCACCCAAAAUUGACUUGGAUGCCAAAUAUUCUCAAACUAUUGUUGUUAAUGCUGGUGAAUCAUUUAAAGUAGAUGCAGGGAUACUUGGCAAACCUAUUCCUUCAGUUCAUUGGAUAAAAGCUGGUGAAGAACUUACAAAUACUGCAAGACUUGAGAUCAAGAAUACUGACUUCACAACUACUCUUAGUGUGAAGGAGGCUAUCCGUGUUGAUGGAGGCCAGUAUACCUUGCUACUGAAAAAUGUUGGUGGAGAGAAAUCUGUAAUUGUCAAUGUCAAGGUUCUGGACAGACCUGGGCCUCCAGAUGGCCCAAUUUCAAUCUAUGGGGUUACCAGUGAAAAGUGCUGCAUUGCCUGGAAAACUCCAUUGCAUGAUGGAGGUGCGGAGGUGUCUCAUUACGUUGUGGAAAGACGAGAGACCAGCCGUUUAGUUUGGACUGUUGUGGAAUCUAAGGUACAAACCCUCAAUCUUAAAAUUACAAAACUCCUUCCUGGAAAUGAGUAUAUUUUCAGAGUGAUACCUGUAAAUAAAUAUGGUAUUGGUGAGCCUUUGGAAUCUGAUCCAGUGAUUGCGGCAAAUCCAUUUGUCUCACCUGAUUCACCAAGUAAUGUUGAAGUGUCAAAUAUAACAAAGGAUUCCAUGGUUGUCACAUGGGAAAGACCCACUAAUGAUGGUGGUAACGCAAUUACAGGAUAUAUAGUUGAAAAGAGAGACAAAGAAGGUGUCAGGUGGACAAGAUGCAACAAACGUGUAGUGAGUGAACUACGCUUUAGAGUAACAGGUCUUCUUGAAAACCGAAGUUAUGAAUUCCGUGUGUCUGCUGAGAACGCAGCUGGGGUUGGUAAACCAAGUCCACCCACUGUGUACUUCAAGGCAGUGGAUCCAGUUUUCAGGCCCGGUCCACCAAACAACCCCAAGGUAAUUGAUGUCUCAAGAGCAUCUGUUUUCCUGCAUUGGGGCAAGCCAAUUUAUGAUGGUGGUUGUGAGAUUCAAAGUUACAUUGUUGAGGCCUGUGAAGUCACUAACGAUGAAUGGAUGAUGUGUACACCACCCUCAGGAAUAAUAGAGACAAGAUUUGAGGUGAAAAAACUGCUUGAAAAGCAUGAGUACAAAUUCAGAAUAUGUGCCAUAAAUAAGGUUGGAGUAGGAGAAACUGCUGAUAUCCCUGGAUCCAUUAUCAUAGAGGAUAAACUUGAAGCACCAGAUAUUGAUCUUGAUGCUGACCUGAGAAAGAUGAUCACUGUCAGGGCUGGAGGCUCUCUCAGAUUGUUUGUUCCUAUUCGUGGUCGACCAACUCCUGAAAUAAAGUGGGGAAAGGCUGAAGGUGAAAUCAAUGAAGCAGCUCAGAUUGAUAUUACAAGCAGUUUCACUUCACUCGUAAUUGAAAAUGUUAAUAGAUUUGACAGUGGAAAAUACACUUUAACUCUGGAAAAUGCCAGUGGAACAAAAACUGCAUUUAUUAGUGUCAGAGUAUUAGAUACUCCUGAUGCACCUGCAAACUUCCGUGUGAAGGAAAUAACAAAGAAUUCAGUCACUCUUACCUGGGAGCCACCUUUGUUGGAUGGUGGAGCUAAAAUAAAAAACUACAUUGUUGAAAAACGAGAGACUACAAGAAAGGUAUACUCAGCUGUUGCUACCUGCAACAAGAUGACAUGGAAAAUUGAACCACUCCAAGAGGGAAGCAACUAUUUCUUCAGGGUUCUUGCUGAAAACGAACAUGGAAUUGGAUUGCCUGCAGAGACUCUAGAACCACUGAAAAUCUCAGAAGUUCCACAACCCCCUGGUAAAGUUUCUGUUGUGGAUGUAACACGGAAGAGUGUUUCUCUCAAAUGGGAAAAACCAGAGCAUGAUGGAGGCAGCAGAAUUACUCAUUAUGAAGUUGAAAUGCAAGUUAAAGAUCAAGAUAAAUGGUCUCUUUGUGCUCAAGUAAAAUCCCUUGACACUGUUGUAACUAAUUUAGCUCAAGGUGGGGAGUACCAUUUUAGAGUCAUUGCUGUUAAUGACAAAGGAAAGAGUGAUCCCAGACUCCUGGCAAAUCCUGUCGUUGCAAAGGACCUUGCUAUUGAGCCCUCAGUGAGAACUAAACUUAGUACCUACAAUGUACAGGUUGGGCAGGAUUUGAAAAUUGAAGCACGAAUUGCCGGUCAUCCAAAACCAACAAUUACAUGGACCAAAGAUGGUUCAGCUCUGAAACAAACCACAAGAGUAAAUGUUGCUGACACUGCACAUCAUACCACUCUUACGAUCAAAGAUGCAACAAGAGAAGAUGGUGGUAUGUAUAACAUUGCUGUGGCUAAUGUACUUGGACAAAAGGAAGCCACUGUUGAAAUAAUCAUACUUGAAAAACCUGGCCCACCAACAGGCCCAGUCAGGAUUGAUGAAGUGAGUGCAGAGAGCAUUACACUGUCUUGGGACCCACCAACAUACACUGGAGGCUGCCAAAUUUCAAAUUAUAUUGUCCAAAAGAGAGACACCACCACGACAAACUGGGUAGUUGUUUCUGCCACAGUAGCAAGGACCACACUUAAAGUUGGUAAUUUAAAAACUGGAGCUGAAUACCAGUUUAGGAUCUUUGCUGAGAAUAGAUAUGGUAAAAGCUAUGGCAUUGACUCAGAUCCAGUUCUUGCCCAGUACCCAUUCAAAGAACCUGGGCCUCCUGGAACUCCAUUUGUGUCUGCAUUCACAAAAGAGUCUAUGGUAGUCGAAUGGCACAAACCAGUCUCAGAUGGUGGAAGUGCUAUUCUAGGAUAUCAUCUUGAGAGAAAAGAGAAAAAUAGUAUUCUUUGGACAAAGAUCAAUAAAAUACUCAUUCAAGACACCAGAUUUAAAACAUCUCCAUUGGAAGAGGGCAUUGAAUAUGAGUUCAGAGUCUAUGCUGAAAACAUAGUUGGAAUUGGAAAGUGCAGCAAAAUCUCUGAGGGUUGUGUAGCACGUGACCCAUGUGACCCACCAGGCACCCCUGUGCCAGUGAUUGUGACAAGGCACUCAGUGAAACUUAGAUGGACACCACCAGAAUAUGAUGGAGGCAGCCUUGUCACUGGAUAUGUUGUGGAGAAACGGGACCUGCCAGAGGGCCGUUGGAUGAAAGCUAGUUUUGCAAACAUUCUUGAAACUGAGUUUACAGUUACAGGCCUGACAGAAGACUACAAAUAUGAUUUCAGAGUUAUUGCCAGAAAUGGAGCUGGAUCGGUCAGUAGGCCCUCUGAGAGCACUGGCUCAAUUACAGCUAAAGAUGAAGUUGAACCACCAACCUAUGAGGUUGCCUCAGAAUAUAGCCAGAUUUUGACCGUGAAUGCUGGAGAUACAUUCACUCUGGAAGCAUCUGUACUAGGAAAGCCAAUUCCAACAAUGCAGUGGUUUAAGGCCGAUGUAGAAGUAGAAAAUUCUGCAAGAGCUGAGAUCAAGAACACUGACUUCAAAGCAAUUCUUGUUGUCAAAGAUGCCAUUCGAAUUGAUGGAGGACAGUACACAUUGCACCUUACUAAUGUGGCUGGAACAAAGUCUGUUUCCUUCAAUGUAAGAGUGCUAGAUAGACCUGGACCCCCUGAGGGGCCCUUGACUAUUUCUGGUGUAACAUGUGAGAAGUGUUCAUUGUCAUGGCUGCCUCCAAGACAUGAUGGUGGCAGUAGCAUUUCUCAUUAUAUCAUACAGAAGAGAGAAACAAGUCGUCUUGCUUGGACUGUAGUUUCAAGUGAUUGUGGAGCAACAAUGUUUAAAGUUACUAAGCUUCUAAAAGGAAAUGAAUAUAUAUUCCGUGUUAUGGCUGUCAACAAGUAUGGAGAUGGAGAACCACUUGAAUCUGCACCAGUGAUUAUGAGAAAUCCUUUUGUUCUACCUGGGCCACCUAAAGACCUAGAAAUAACAAAUAUAUCCCGGGACUCUAUGACUGUAUGCUGGACUCGUCCUGAGACUGAUGGUGGAAGUGAGAUUGUUGGUUACAUCGUAGAGAAGAGAGACAGAGCUGGAGUCCGGUGGACAAAAUGUAACAAACGCAGGGUCACAGACUUGCGCUUCAGAGUCACAGGCUUGACAGAGGAUCAUGAAUAUGAAUUCAGGUUAUCUGCAGAAAAUGCUGCUGGAGUUGGACAACCAAGUCCACCAACUGUUUAUUAUAAAGCCUGUGAUCCCACAUUUAAGCCUGGCCCACCAACUAAUGCACACCUUGUUGACACUACAAAGAAUUCAGUCACAAUUGCAUGGAGUAGACCAAUAUAUGAUGGUGGCUUAGACAUCCAGGGCUAUGUUGUUGAGAUAUGUAAAGCUGAUGAAGAAGAAUGGACCACAUGUACUCCACCCUCUGGAUUAAAUGAUACUAAAUUUACAAUUACUAAACUCACUGAACACCAAGAAUACAAAGUUCACAUAUGUGCCCUAAAUAAACUAGGUGUUGGUGAGCCAGUGGCCAUCCAAGGAACCGUCAAACCAGUGGAUAAGAUGGAUGCCCCUGAAAUUGAGCUUGACUCUGAGUUGAGAAAAGGUAUUGUUGUGCAUGCUGGAGGAUCUAUGAGAAUCAACAUACCAUUCAAAGGACGCCCCAUUCCUGAGAUAAACUGGACCAAGGAUGAGGGAGAUUUACCAGAUAAAGCCCAAAUAGAAAAGGGACCAGAUUACACUCAGCUAUCAAUUGAUAUAUGUGACAGAAAUGAUGCUGGGAAAUACAUUCUAACUUUGGAAAGUAGUGCUGGCACUAAAUCAGCAUUUGUGUCAGUAAAAGUACUCGAUACACCAGGUGCUCCACAGAGCCUUGUUGUGAAAGAUAUAACAAGAAAUUAUGCCACCCUAGUUUGGGAACCACCACUUAUUGAUGGUGGUUCAAAGAUAAAAAAUUACAUCAUUGACAAGAGGGAAUCAAAUAGACAGGGAUUUACAAACAUUACUACUAAGUGCUCCAAGACCAGCUUCCGUGUAGGUGAUCUGGCAGAGGGUGGUAUUUAUUAUUUCAGAGUCAUGGCAGAAAAUGAAUUUGGAAUCGGUCUGCCUGUAGAAACAGAAGAAUCUGUGAAGACAGCAGAUCCUCCUCUUUCUGUUGGCAAGGUAACUUUGACUGAUGUGACAAAAACCACAGCAUCACUUUCCUGGGAUAAACCAGAUCAUGAUGGUGGUAGUAGAAUCUUGGGUUAUUAUAUUGAAAUGCAGUCAAAAGGAUCAGAGGAAUGGACUGUUGCUGCAGUCACCAAAACAUGUGAGGGUACAGUGACCGGACUUAGUUCAGGACAAGAGUACCUCUUCAGAGUUUUAGCUUACAAUGAGAAAGGAAAAAGUGACCCAAGGGCAUUAGCUGCUCCUGUCAUUGCCAAGGAUGUAACUAUUGAACCAAGCUUCAAAAUAGUUUUUAACACAUACAGUGUUCAAGCUGGUGAAGAUCUCAAAGUGGAAAUACCAUUUAAAGGUCGUCCAACUCCAAAGAUUGCAUGGAUGAAAGAUGGACAAGCACUGAAAGAGACAACCAGAUUAAAUGUCUCAACCACGACAAUGUCAACAGUUCUUAAAAUUAAAGAAUCAAAUAGAGAGGACUCUGGGAAGUAUACAGUCACAGCCACAAAUAAUAUAGGUACGGUCACAGAGGAAGUUGGCAUAAUCAUUCUUGACAAACCAGGCCCACCAGUCGGACCAGUCAAAAUUGAUGAAGUAAGUGCCACCUAUGUUACCAUUUCCUGGGAGCCACCAGUAUACACAGGAGGUUGCCAGAUAAACAACUACAUAGUGGAAAAACGUGAUACAACCACUACUAACUGGCAGAUUGUUUCAGCAACCAUUGCUCGUACCACAAUCAAAAUCUCAAAGCUGAAGACUGGUUCUGAAUAUCAGUUUAGAGUGUUUGCUGAGAACAGAUACGGAAAAAGCACAUCAUUAGAUUCAGCACUAGUUGUGGUCAGUUAUCCUUUCACUGAGCCUGCAGCUCCUGGUGCACCAUUUGUUUCAUCAGUGACAAAAGACCACAUGACAAUUGAAUGGAAACCCCCCAGCAAUAAUGGAGGCAGCCCUGUUAUUGGGUAUCACCUGGAACGUAAAGAAAAGAACAGCAUCUUAUGGACUAAACUUAACAAGCUUCUUAUCACUGACACUCGAUUAAGAACAAAUGGUCUGGAGGAAGGAAUUGAAUAUGAAUAUAGAGUGUAUGCUGAGAAUAUUGCAGGAAUCAGUCCAUCAAGCAAAGUCUCAGAAAGUGUUGUUGCACGUGAUCCAUGUGAUCCCCCUGGAACUCCUGAAGCCAUUGUUAUCACAAGAAAUCUAAUAACUCUUCAGUGGUCUAAACCACAGUAUGAUGGUGGCAGUGCAAUUACAGGAUACAUCAUUGAAAGAAAGAAGCUGCCUGAAGGUCGCUGGAUGAAGGCCAGUUUCACAAAUAUCAUAGACACACAAUUUACAAUAACUGGAUUAGAAGAAGAACAAAGAUAUGAAUUUAGAGUAAUUGCCAGAAAUGCAGCUGGUAUUUUAAGUGCACCCUCUGAAAGCACUGGACCAAUUACUGCUCAGGAUGAGAUUGAAACUCCAUCUGUCUCCAUGGAUUCAAAAUUUAAAGAUGUUACCAUUGUAAAGGCUGGUGAAUCCUUUACUAUUGAGGCUGAUAUUGCUGGCAAACCUCUUCCUGAUAUUAUGUGGCUUAAAGAUGGAAAGGAAAUUGACAGUGCUACACCUAGAAUGGAGAUUAAAUCCACCAUCACAAGAACAGUUUUGACUGUUAAGGACUGCAUCAGAGUAGAUGGUGGUCAUUUCCUUUUAAGUCUCAGUAAUGUUGGUGGAACAAAACAGGUACCCAUUAAUGUAAAGGUUCUUGAUAGACCUGGUCCACCUGAUGGCCCUCUGAAAGUAACUGGUGUCACAGCAGAAAAAUGCUAUUUGCAUUGGAGCCACCCAUCACAUGAUGGUGGAGCUGGUAUUUCUCAUUACAUCAUUGAAAAAAGGGAAACUAGCAGACUGUCUUGGACAGUGGUGGAACCAAAAAUUCAAGCGAUCAGUUACAAAGUCACUAAACUCUUACCUGGUAAUGAGUAUAUAUUCAGGGUCAUGGCAGUGAACAAGUAUGGUAUUGGUGAACCACUUGAAUCUGAACCUGUCCUUGCAAAAAAUCCUUUCAACAAACCUGGACCACCUUCAACUCCAGAAGCAAGUGCAAUCACCAGAGACUCAAUAGUCCUCACAUGGGAACGGCCAGAGGAUGAUGGUGGGUCACAAAUUGAUGGUUAUGUUCUUGAGAAACGUGAUAAAGAGGGAAUCCGAUGGACAAAGUGUAACAAGAAAAGACUAAAUGACUUGAGAUUCAGAGCCACUGGGCUUACAGAGGGGCACUUCUAUGAAUUCAGAGUAUCUGCUGAAAAUUCUGCUGGUGUGGGCACACCAAGUGAACCAUCUGAAUAUUACAAAGCUUGUGAUGCAACUUAUCCUCCUGGUCCUCCUAAUAAUCCUAAAGUGACUGACCACUCAAGCACAACUGUUUCCUUGGCAUGGAGUAGACCAAUUUAUGAUGGUGGUGCAGCAGUCUCAGGAUACAUUGUUGAGGCAAAGGAAGUUAGUGAAGAUGAAUGGACUGUGUGCACUCCUCCAACUGGUGUGCAAACAACUCACUUCACAGUCAAAAAAUUAAAGGAAAAUGCAGAAUACAACUUCCGUAUUUGUGCAAUUAAUAUUGAGGGGGCUGGAGAACAAGUUGAUGUUCCAGGAUCUGUAAUUGCUGCUGAAAAACUUGAAGCUCCUGAGAUAGAACUUGAUGCAGAUCUUAGGAAAUGUGUGACUGUGCGUGCCAGUGCAACACUACGCUUAAAGGUCACCAUAAGGGGAAGGCCCGAGCCAGAGGUUAAGUGGACAAAGGCAGAUGGUACCUUACCAGAGCGUGCUCAAAUUGAAGUUGCAGGCUCUUACACUGUGCUUGUUAUUGACAAUGUUAAUCGAUUUGACACAGGAAAAUAUGUUGUGACCCUUGAAAACAUCAAAGGCACAAAAUCUGCAUUUAUUAAUGCCAAAAUCCUUGACUCUCCAAGUGCUCCAGUGAACUUUGAAAUUAGGGAUGUAAAGAGAGACUCUGUUCAGCUACAAUGGGAGCCUCCACAAAUUGAUGGUGGAGCCAAGAUCACCCAUUACAUUGUUGAGAAGCGUGAAUCUAAAAGGCUGGCAUACACAACUGUGACAAACAACUGUGUCAGAAAUUCAUUCAAGGUUGAUGAUCUCCAAGAAGGAGGUCUUUACCACUUCCGUGUAUUGGCUGUGAAUGAACUUGGUGUUGGUUUGCCUGCAGAGACCACAGAGGCUAUCAAAGUUUCUCAAGCACCCUUACCACCUGGUAAAAUUACAGUUGUUGAUGUAACUCGCCACACUGUUACUCUAGCAUGGGAAAAGCCAGAUCAUGAUGGUGGCAGCAAAAUCACAGGCUACACGGUUGAAAUGAUGACUAAGGGAUCAGAUAAAUGGACAGUAUGUGCUACAGUAAAGGCACUAGAAGCCACAAUUGAAGGACUUACAACGGGAGAGGAAUACAGCUUCAGAAUUACAGCACUUAAUGACAAAGGAAAGAGUGAUCCUAAACCACUGGGAGCACCUGUUGUGGCAAGAGAUAUUACUAUUGAACCCAUUAUUGAUUUGCUGUUUAAUACCUACAGUGUAAAAGCUGGAGAUGAUCUCAAAAUAGAUGUUCCAUUCAGAGGCAGACCUUCUCCAGAGGUUUUAUGGAAAAAGGAUGGUCAUUCAUUGAAGCAAACAACCAGAGUUAAUGUUCUGACAUCAAAGACAGCAUCCAAGAUUGUCAUCAAGGAUGCAACAAGAGAGGAUGCUGGAAAAUAUGAAAUUACUUUAGCCAAUUCAAUUGGUGUUAAAUCAGCAGAAAUAUCUGUCAUUGUUCUUGAUAAACCGGGUCCACCAGGUGCAAUCAAGGUCGAGGAAAUAAGUGCUGAUUUUAUUUCACUAUCAUGGGACCCUCCAAUUUAUGAUGGUGGCUGUCAAAUUAAUAAUUAUGUAGUUGAGAAGAGAGAUACAACCACUACAGCAUGGCAAAUUGUUUCAGCAACAGUUGCAAGAACAUCAAUCAAAGUAACUCGUUUGACACAAGGAACAGAAUAUCAGUUCCGUGUUGCUGCAGAGAACCGUUAUGGUAAAAGCCAUGCAGUUGACUCUGCCCCAAUUGUUGCACAGUACCCUUUCACACCUCCAGGCCCUCCAACCAGUCUUCAAGUUUCUCAUGCCACUAAAUCAGGAAUGCUAGUUACCUGGAACAGACCAUCAAGUGAUGGUGGAAGUCCAGUCAUUGGAUAUCACUUAGAAUGCAAAGAUCAGAGCAGCAUUCUCUGGACAAAGAUGAACAGAGGACUUAUUACAGAAACUCAGUUCAAAGUAACUGGUUUGGAAGAAGGCCUCUUAUAUCAGUAUAGAGUAUAUGCUCAAAAUAUAGCUGGCAUUGGACCUUGCACAAAGGCAUGUGAUCCUGUUUCUGCCCGAGAUCCAUGUGCGCCUCCAGGUCAGCCAAUAGUUAUGAACAUCACAAGAACAUCUGUUUCUCUCUCGUGGGCAAAACCUGAGUAUGAUGGUGGAGCUAAGGUGACUGGUUAUAUUGUUGAACGCAGUGAACUUCCAGAUGGUCGGUGGUUAAAGUGUAAUUUCGCCAAUCUUCAAGAAACAUUCUUUGACAUCACUGGUCUAAUUGAAGAUCAAAGAUAUGAUUUCCGUGUAAUUGCUAAGAAUGCAGCUGGCUUACUCAGUGAACCAUCAGAGGGUACAGGACCUGUAACUGUAAAGGAUGAUGUUGAUCCACCACGCAUCACAAUUGAGGACAAGCUAAGACAACUGGUUGUAGUGAAAGCUGGAGACAUACUGAGAAUUGAUGCUGAAAUAUCAGGACGUCCAAUUCCUGUGAUUUCAUGGGCAAAGGAUGGAAAAGAAAUUGAAGCCAAGGCCAGAUUUGAGAUUUCAUCAACACUAACUAGUACAACUCUAAUUGUGAGAGAUGCUAUUAGACGAGACUCAGGACAGUAUGUUCUAACAUUGCAAAAUGUUGCAGGCACCAGAUCUUUAGCCGUAAACUGUAAGGUGCUGGACAGGCCUGGCCCAUCAUCUGGACCAUUGGAAGUAACUGGUUUGACUGCAGAGAAAUGUACAUUGGCCUGGGGACCACCUCAAGAAAAUGGAGGUGCUGAAGUUCAGCACUACAUAGUUGAGAAACGUGAAACAAGCCGGCUUGCCUGGACUCUGGUCUAUGCAGACAUGAAGGCCACAACAUGUAAAGUAACAAAACUGCUCAAAGGUAAUGAGUAUAUAUUUAGAGUUCGGGGAGUUAAUAAAUAUGGAACAGGUGAAGCUCUAGAGAGUGAUCCUGUUAAGGCAAUGGAUCCAUUUAAAGUCCCUGCUGCACCAACAGAUGUUGAAGUCACCAGUGUUACAAGUGAAGCAAUGACAAUUUGCUGGGAAAGACCUGUCUCUGAUGGAGGCAGUAGCAUUUCUGGCUAUGUAAUUGAGAAACGUGAGAAAUCUGGUCUUCGUUGGGUACGUGUCAACAAAAAGCCUGUUUAUGACUUAAGAGUAAAAGCUUCCAAUCUUCGUGAAGGGUGUGAGUAUGAAUACAGAGUAUUUGCUGAGAAUGCUGCUGGUUUGAGUGCACCAAGUGUACCUUGUCCAUUGACAAAGGCAGAGGAUCCUUUGUUCCUACCAUCACCUCCAGCUAAACCUAAAAUUGUUGAUUCUUCUAAAACAUCAAUAACACUGUCUUGGAACAAGCCAUUAUUUGAUGGUGGCUCUCCAGUUACAGGAUACAUGGUGGAAUACAGGAAAACCAAUGAUGAGGACUGGACAGUUGGUGUCAGUAACACUAAGAGCACAGAGUUCACAGUGGUGGGACUCACAUCAGGAGAAGAGUAUAUCUUUGUAGUCAGAUCAAUUAACAAGAUUGGUCCAAGUGAGCCAAGCCCUGAAACUGAUCCACAGAUAGCAAAGGACAGAGAAGAUGAGCCAGUUUUCUUAAUCAGUAAUGAAAUGAGGAAGACACUGAUUGUCAAAGAUGGCAGCUCAUUUACCCUUAGAGUCCCAUUCAAGGGGAAGCCUGUCCCACAUGUAAUGUGGAACAAACCAGAUGUUGAUCUGAGGGUAAGGGCAGCUAUUGAUACAACUGAUAACUACACAUCUAUCACAAUUGAGCAAGCAACAAGAGAUGACUCAGGGAAAUACACUGUAACCCUCCAAAAUGUUGCUGGAACUGCAACACUGACAUUGAGUGUAAAGGUCCUUGAUUCUCCAGGCCCACCAGCCCGCAUUGAAGUAAAGGAAGUCACCAAGAGCUCUGCAACUAUUUCAUGGGAUACUCCUGAGAAUGAGGGUGGUGCUCCAGUCAAGAACUACCUUGUUGAUCUCCGCGAGGCAACUAAAAUGGGCUGGACCAGGAUUACAGAUAGUUGUCCAAGGUUGACUUAUAAACUGAAUGACCUUCAAGAAGGGGGUGUUUAUUAUUUCAGAGUUACCGGUGAAAAUGAGUAUGGUGUAGGAGUGCCACUUGAGACUAAAGAAGGAACAAAGAUUACAGAAAAACCAAGUCCACCACCCAAGCUUGGAGUCACUGAAGUCACAAAAGACAGUGUCUCACUAGCAUGGCAUAAACCAGAACACGACGGAGGUAGCAGAAUUACAAAUUACCUGGUUGAGGCUCUUGAAAAAGGACAACAAAAGUGGAUAAAGUGUGGUUCCACCAAAUCAACUCACUUUGUUGUCUCUGGAUUGAGAGAGAAUGCUGAAUACUACUUCAGAAUUCGGGCCGAAAACCAUGCUGGACUUAGUGACCCGAAAGACAUGGUUUUACCUGUGCUUGUAAAAGAUCAGAUGGAGGCUCCUGAAAUUAACAUGAAGGACUUCCAACACAACACUGCCUAUGUUAAAGCAGGUUCAAAUCUCAAGAUUGAGAUCCCCCUCACUGGUAGACCAUUACCAAAAGUAUCCCUCUCUAAGGAUGGACAGGUUCUAAAGUCAACCAUGAGAUUCAACUAUGAAGUGACAACUGACUCCCUUAUCUUGUUUUUACGUGAGAGUGUUGCUUUGGACACAGGCAGAUAUGAUAUCACAGCCUCCAACUCCACUGGGACCACAAAGUCUUUUGUGAACAUUGUGGUCCUUGACAGACCAAGUCCACCAGUUGGCCCUGUUGAAAUGUAUGAUGUCACAGAGGACAGUGUCAGUCUGAAGUGGUUGCCUCCCACAUAUGAUGGUGGUAGCCCAAUUACUAACUACAUCAUUCUCAAACGUGAGACGACUACUGCAAACUGGAUAGAAGUCUCAUCUGCUGUUGCAAGGUGCACAAUCAAGAUCAUGAAGCUAAUUACUGGAAUUGAGUACCAGUUUAGAAUCAGGGCUGAGAAUCGCUUUGGCAUCAGUGACCACAUUGAUUCACCGACUGUUACAGUCAGUCUUCCAUACACACUCCCCGUGGCACCUUCACAACCAUGGAUGUCAGCUGUAACAAAGGAAAGCAUUACUGUUAACUGGAAGGAGCCAUCUUCGGAUGGUGGAAGCCAUGUAUUUGGAUACCACCUUCAGAUGAAAGACAGAAACAGCAUUCUUUGGCAGAAAGUUAACAAAACUGUUAUCCGUGCUACACACUUCAAAGUAUCAAAUGUGAACGCUGGUCUGAUCUAUGAGUUCAAGGUUGCAGCUGAAAAUGCUGCUGGUAUUGGUCCAGUUAGCAAGACCUCAGAUCCUGUGCUUGCAAUUGAUGCUUGUGAAUCUCCAGACAACCUUAGAGUGACUGAUAUCACAAAGAGUUCGAUUAGCAUUGCCUGGCAGAAACCCUCAUAUGAUGGAGGAAGUAAAAUUACUGGAUAUUUGAUUGAAAGGAAAGAUGGACCGAAAGGCAGAUGGUCAAAAGCUAAUUUGACCAAUGUUACUGACACAAAGUUCACCAUAUCAGGCUUGACUCAGAAUGAAUCUUAUGAAUUCCGGGUCAUGGCUAAGAAUGCAGUUGGCUCCAUUAGUACCCCAUCAGCAACUGUUGGACCAGUCACAUGCGUGGACACUUAUGGUGCCCCUGAGAUUGAACUUCCUCAAGAAUAUCUUGAUGUUGUAAAAUACAAAGCAGGUGCUACAGUUCAACUUAAAAUUGGUAUUAUUGCUAAACCUCAACCAACAAUUGAAUGGUACAAAGAUGGAAAAGAACUAGAGUCUGGAGCUCAGAUUUCUAUCUCCAACACCACUGAGUCUGCAUGCAUCUCAGUCAGGGAAGCCACCCGUCUGAAUACUGGAACAUAUGAACUUAAGAUCAAGAACUCUUUAGGCUCAGCAUAUGCUGCUGUCAGAGUACUUGUCCAAGACAAACCAGGUCCCCCUGCUGGAGACAUACAGUUCAAGAAAGUCACAGCAGAUACUAUGACUAUCAUGUGGGAUCCUCCAGCUGACGAAGGUGGUGCAAUGGUUACCCACUAUAUUGUGGAGAAACGUGAAACAAGCAGAAUUUUGUGGUCCAUUAUCUCAGAAAAACUAGAAGACUGCAUUGUCACAGUCCCAAGGCUAAUUAAGGGCAAUGAAUACAUAUUCCGUGUCCGUGGUGUGAACAAAUAUGGAGUUGGAGAUCCUUUGGAAUCUAGACCAGUAGUUGCACAGAAUUCCUUUGUUCCUCCUAGUCAGCCUUCUAAACCACAAGUCACUAUGAUUACAAGAUCAACAAUGACUGUGGUAUGGGAAAGACCAAGUUUGGAUGGUGGCAGUGAUAUUGAUGGAUAUUACUUAGAGAAGUGCGAGAAGAAAAGUCUACAGUGGUUCAAGGUUAUUAAAGAUCCAAUUCGUGAUACCAGACAGAAAGUCAGCAACCUCACAGAAGGAAAUGAGUAUCAGUAUCGUGUCUGUGCAAUCACCAAAGCUGGAGCGGGCCCAUAUUCUGAUGUGUCCAUCUUCUACAAAGCUUAUGACCCAAUUGAUCCACCAAGUGAGCCAACCAAGCUCAGAGUUGUUGAUUCAACAAAGACAUCCAUUACCCUUGGAUGGGUGAAGCCUGUCUAUGAUGGUGGCAGUGAAAUCACAAGCUACGUUGUCGAACAAAGAAUGGCUGAUGAGACAGAAUGGAUCACUAUAAGUUCUAAAGGAGAAGUAAGGACAACUGAGUUUGUAGUAUCUCACUUGAAACCUGGAGUGUACUACUUCUUCCGUGUCUCUGCUGUUAAUUGUGUUGGAACUGGACGUUCAAUUGAGAUGAUGCAGCCAGUGCAAGCCAAAGAUAUUCUAGAGGAGGCGGAUGUGGAUCUUGACAUGGCAAUGUCAACUCAGUACAUAGCAAAGGCUGGUAGAGAUGUGGAGAUUGUAAUCCCUCUUAAGGGUAGACCUGCUCCAAAUGUAACAUGGAGGAAGGGAGACAAGAACAUUGGUGGUGAUGCAAGAUAUGCCAUCAAAAACACAGAAUACUCAACUACACUCAUCAUUCCAAAGGUCACAAGGGAUGAUACUGGCAAAUAUCUUCUUGAAAUUGAAAAUGGGGUCGGAGAGCCAAAAAUCAUCACUGUGUCCGUUAAAGUAUUGGACACACCAUCUGCUUGUAAUAGGUUGAUAGUGAAGAAUGUAACACGAGGUAAACUCACUCUGAGCUGGGAACCACCUUUUAUUGAUGGUGGUUCUCCAAUCACAAAUUACAUUGUUGAAAAGAAGGAUGCUAAAAUGAAGGCAUUCACCAUUGUGACAAAUGAAUGUGCCAAUACAACAUACAAGGUUGAUGGUCUGUCUGAAGAAAUUUCCUAUUUCUUCCGUGUUUCUGCUGAAAAUGAAUACGGCGUUGGUGAUCCUUGUGAAACUGCACAGCCUGUGAGAGCAACUGAGAUGCCUGGUGCUGUAAAAGAUCUUGUACUGGUCGACUCAACUAAUACAUCUGUAUCGUUGGCAUGGACCAAGCCUGAUCAUGAUGGUGGCAGCCACAUUUCUGAGUACAUUAUUGAGAAGAAGACAAAGGAAGAAGAAACUUGGAGCAUUGGUGGUACAUGCAGAUGUUGCCACUAUGAGGUAACACACCUGAAAGAGCUUUCAGAAAUUUACUUUAGAGUUUUUGCGAAAAAUGAGAAGGGUCGCAGUGACUUCUCUCAAAUUGGACCCGUCACUGUAAAGGACUUCCUUAUACCGCCUGAGGCUAACCUUAUCGACUAUCCUAAUGCAGAAUUAAGUGUUCGCAUUGGACAAAAUGUAAAUAUUGACUUGCCCUACAAAGGUAAACCUAAACCAACUAUUCAGUGGAUGAAAGAUGAUGUGCCACUCAAGGAAAGUGAACAAGUUCGUUUCAGGCAAACAGAAAACAAGGCAAGUCUCAUUGUAAGAAAUGCAAGAAAGGACAACGCAGGAAAAUACACAUUGGUCCUUGAUAACAAACUUGUCAAGAACUUCUUUGACAUCAAAGUGAUUACACUUGGGCCACCAUCUCAGCCUAUAGGCCCAAUCCGUUUUGAUGAAAUUAAAGCUCAGAGUAUUAUCAUCUCAUGGGAUGAACCCCAAGAAGACGGUGGAGGAGAGGUCACCUGCUAUAGCGUAGAAAAGCGAGAGACAUGUCAAGCAGCAUGGAAGAUGGUUUGCUCUAGUGUGGUCAGGACCACAUUCAAGAUACCAAAUUUGGUUAAGGGUACUGAAUACCAAUUUAGGGUACGUGCAGAGAACAAAUAUGGAGUGAGCGAGCCUCUAACCUCAUCAGAUGUGGUUGCUCAACACCAGUAUAAGCCACCAGGUCCACCAGGAAAACCUGUAGUUUUCAAUGUUACAAGUGAUGGCAUGACUGUUCAGUGGGAUGCCCCAGGCUUUGAUGGUGGUUCUCCAAUCACUGGAUACCAUCUUGAGAAAAAAGAUAGGAACAGCUUAUUGUGGAUGAAAGUGAAUUCCAAUGUUAUCUCUGGAAGAGAAUACAGAGCCAUUGGACUUAUUGAAGGUCUGGAGUAUUCAUUCAGAGUUUAUGCAGAAAACAAUGCCGGCAUGAGUCCAGUCAGUGAACAAAGCAAGCACAAACUAGCAAUUUCCCCUGUUGAUCCUCCUGGCACCCCUAACUGCAUUGAUGUUACAAGAGACUCUGUAACGCUUCAGUGGGAACCACCAAAACGUGAUGGAGGCAGUAGAAUUGUGGCAUACAGUGUUGAAAGACGUCAAGGAAGAGCACGUUGGUUGAGAUGCAAUUUCAUUGACAUUAGCGAAUGUCAGUUUACAGUAACAGGCCUUCCUGCUGGUGAUCGCUUUGAAUUUAGGGUAAUUGCCAGGAAUGCUGUUGGAACAGUUAGUCCACCCUCUCAGUCAUCUGGCUACAUCAUGACCAAGGAUGAAAGUGUCAUCCCUGAGAUUGAGUUUGAAGCUGAAAAGUCCCUCACCAUCAAGGCAGGAGAAAAUAUUAAACUCAGCUGCAGUAUACGUGGACGUCCUGUACCUCAAGUCACAUGGUAUAAAGAUGGAAAGGAAGUUGACAAAAUGCUGGUUGACAUCACAACUGUUAUUGGAUCAAGCUCACUGUUCAUCAGAGAUGCUGACCGCAAUGACCGUGGUAUCUACACAGUUGAGGCCAAGAACAGUUCAGGCACAACAAAAGUGGAUGUUCUUGUCAGAGUACAAGAUACUCCUGGACCACCUGAUGGCCCACUUCGCUUCACAAAUAUAUCUGCAGAGAAAGCAACUCUUUGGUGGAGCCCACCUGAAAAUGAUGGCUGUGCGCCUAUCACUAAUUAUGUGAUUGAGAAGCGUGAAACUUCCAGAAUUUCAUGGGCACUUGUAACAUCCAAGUGUGAAGCCUGCUCCUUCAAUGCCACAAAGCUGAUUAAAGGCAAUGAAUAUCAGUUCCGUGUAUCUGCUGUCAAUAAAUUUGGUGUGGGCAAGCCACUAGAGUCUGAUCCAGUCAUUGCUCAAAUGCAGUACACGGUACCAGAUGCUCCUGGAACACCUGACUGCACUCAUGUAACAGGAAACAGUAUCACUCUAUGCUGGACAAGACCAAGACAUGAUGGUGGAAAUGAGAUUAAGCAAUACAUUCUUGAAAGACGAGAGAAGAAGAGCUUAAGAUGGGUGAAGGUUUCCGCAAAGAGACCAAUAACUGAAAUAAGGCACAGAGUAACAAACCUUACAGAAGGAAAUGAAUAUGAAUUCCGUGUUAUGGCUGAAAAUGGUGCUGGAAUUGGACCUGCAAGUGGUACAUCCAGAUUGUUCAAGUGCAGGGAACCGACAAGUGCACCCAGUGCACCAACUGUAGUGAAGGUCAUUGAUUCCACUAAGACAUCUGUUACCUUGGAAUGGACCAAACCAGUGUUUGAUGGUGGUAUGGAAAUCAUUGGUUACAUUAUUGAGAUGUGCAAGGCAAGCCUUGAGGAAUGGCACAGAGUCAACAAUCAGACUUGCAUCCAUACACAUUACAAAGUAACAGAGUUAGAACCUGGUGAAGAGUAUAAAUUCCGUGUUUGUGCAGUCAAUGGUGCUGGCAAGGGAGAAUUCUCUGAGACUCCUAAUGUUGUACAAACUGUUGAUAGACUGACUUCACCAGAAAUUGAUAUAGAUGCAAACUUCAAGCAGACACAUAUUGUGAAGAACGGCGGAACAGUCACACUACAUAUUCCCUUCCGUGGAAAACCAGCCCCACUUGCCACAUGGACAAAGGCAGAUGGAGAUCUUGGCAUAAUGGUGGAUAUUAAUACCACAGACACAUUCAGCACCUUGACAAUUGAAAAUUGCACCAGGUAUGAUGCUGGCAAGUAUACACUCUCUCUUGAAAACAACAGUGGUCGUAAAGCCAUUACAUUAACAGUCAAAGUGUUGGACACUCCUGGACCACCAGGACCUCUCUCAUUCAAGGAUGUGACAAGAGGUGCUCUGACACUCAUGUGGGAUGCACCAUCCAAUGAUGGAGGUGCACGUGUUCAUCAUUACAUUGUUGAGAAGCGAGAGGCAAGUCGAUUGAGUUGGCAAGAGGUCAGUGAAAAGUGCACACGUCAAAUCCUGAGAGUGACCAACCUUGAUAUUGGCAUAGCAUACUUCUUCAGGGUUACCGCUGAAAAUCAGUAUGGCAAAGGUGAGCCAUUUGAAAUGACAGAGCCUAUUAUAGCCACAGAAGAGCCUGCACCACCUAAGCGACUGGAUAUCAUUGAUACUACAUCCUCAACAGCCAGCUUAGUAUGGAUGAAGCCUGAGCACGAUGGUGGAAGCCGUAUUACUGGAUACAUUGUUGAGACUAGAAAGAAGGGCUCUGAUCACUGGGUUGUAGGUGGUCAAACUAAAUCUUUGAAAAUGGUUCUUGAAGGCUUGGUUGAGAACACAGAAUACGAGUUCCGUGUCAAGGCUCAGAAUGAUGCUGGCAUUAGUCACCCACGAGAUGCACUAGCCUCUGUCAUCAUAAAGGAGCCACGUAUUGAGCCAACAGCGGAUCUCAGUGGCAUAGAUAAACAGCUCAUCAUUUGCAAAACUGGAAAUUCAUUUGCCAUUGAUAUUCCAAUCAGUGGCAGACCAGCCCCCAAGGUAACAUGGAAACUUGAAGAAAUGAAACUCAAAGAAACAGACAGAGUGUCAAUUAAGAUUUCUAAAGACAGAACCACUCUACUGGUUAAGGAUGCCAGGAGAGGUGACAGUGGAAAGUAUUAUCUCACGCUUGAAAAUGCAGCUGGAUCAAAGACAUUCACUGUCACCGUCAAUAUCAUUGGUAGACCGAGCCCGCCAACCGGACCUGUUCAGGUUUCAGGAAUAUCAUCAGAAUCCUGUGUACUAACUUGGGAAGAACCUACAGAUGAUGGUGGAACAGACAUAACCAAUUAUAUUGUUGAGAAACGUGAGUCUGGUGCCACCACAUGGCAGGUUGUGAAUUCAAGUGUAAAACGAACCACCAUCAAAGUAACUCAUCUCACCAAGUACAUGGAGUACACUUUCAGAGUGUCUGCUGAGAACAAGUUUGGAGUUAGCAAGUCUAUUGAAUCUCAAGCUAUUGUUGCUGAGCAUCCAUUCAUUUCACCAAGCCCACCAACUCGCCCAGAUGUAGUUUCAGUGUCUGCUAAUGCAAUUUCUAUCCGCUGGGAUGUGCCAUAUCAUGAUGGUGGAAGCCAAGUAACUGGAUACUGGAUUGAGAAGAAGGAGCGUAAUACCAUUCUGUGGGUGAGGGAGAACAAGAUUCCUUGCCUUGAGUGUCACUACAAGGUCUCCAACCUUAUUGAGGGCCUGGAGUAUCAGUUCAGAGUAUAUGCAAUGAACAUUGCUGGUUUGAGUAAAGCAAGUGAACCAUCAAGGCCUGUACUGGCUCUAAAUCCAGUUGAUCCACCUGGCAAACCAGAGGUUUACGAUGUUACCAAGACCUCAGUGUCUAUUAGAUGGUCUAUACCAUUCAAUGAUGGUGGUAGCAAGAUUGUUGGAUAUGUGGUUGAACGCAGGGCACCCAGUGAUGAUGAAGAAACUCGUUGGUUAAAGUGCAACUACACUACAAUCACAGAAAACUUCUUCACUAUUACAUCACUUCAUGAGGGAGAGGAGUAUGAAUUCCGUGUUAUUGCCAGAAAUGGUGCUGGAGUCCACAGUAUGCCAUCUGAAUCGACAGGACUUAUCGCAUGCAAAGAUGAAUAUACACCACCAAAGGCUGAGCUUGACAGUAAACUUGUGGGUGAGACAAUCACUAUUAGAGCAGGAUCAGACCUUGUUCUUGAUGCUGCUGUUGGUGGAAAACCAGAGCCUAAGGUUUAUUGGGCCAAGGGUGACAAAGAGCUGGAUCCUGGAGAGAAAUACUCACUGACGUACACAAGUACAAGAGCAAUGGCAAUCAUUAAAUCAUGUGAUAGAAAUGAUACUGGAAAAUACAUUCUUACUGUGAAGAAUGCAAGUGGAAUCAAAACAGCCGCUGUCAAUGUUAAAGUACUUGAUACACCUGGUCCACCUGAGGGAACAAUAACAAUCAGCAGGGUCACAGAGGAGAAAUGUACAGUUUCCUGGAAGAUUCCUCUGGAGGAUGGUGGAGAUCAUGUCUCUCAUUAUAUUGUUGAAAGACGUGAGACCAGCAGACUUAACUGGGUAAUCAUGGAAAAUGAAUGCAAGACUCUGUCUUGUGUCAGCACAAAACUGAUCAAGAACAAUGAGUACAUUUUCCGUGUCAGAGGUGUAAAUAAGUAUGGGCCUGGUGUGCCCCUGGAGUCUGAACCAGUUAUUGCAAGAAAUGCAUACACUGUUCCAACACCUCCUGGAGCUCCAGAUAUUACUGCUAUUGGAAAAGAACAUGUCAUUAUUGAGUGGCUGAAGCCAGAGAGUGAUGGUGGAAGUGAAAUCAAAAACUACCUUGUGGAUAAACGUGAGAAGAGUAGUGUCAGAUGGACAAGAGUGAACAAAACCUACACCAUUUAUGAUACACGUCUCAAGAUCACUGGUCUCCUUGAGGGUAGCGAUUAUCAAUUCCGAGUUGCAGCCGUCAAUGCCGCUGGCACCAGCAUUCCAAGUGAUGCAUCUCAGUACGCUCACUGUAGAGACCCAACAUAUACCCCAGCUCCACCAUCAGUUCCCCGUAUUACAGACACCACAAAACACAGUAUUAGUAUGACAUGGACAAGACCGAUGUAUGAUGGCGGAUCUGAUGUCACAGGCUAUAUUGUUGAGAUUCUGGAGGAGGGAACAGAGCAAUGGUACAGAGCCACCCAGAAGAUCUUGAGCAGUAAUCAGUACACAGUUUCUGGUCUAGCAAGUAACAAAAAGUACAGCUUCAGAGUGGCUGCAGUCAAUGCUAUGGGUACUGGAGAAUUCAGUGAAGGCAGUAUUGAGGCUUCACCUUCAGAAAGAGUUGAAAUUCCUGAUAUUGAACUACCUGAUGAACUGAAGAAGACUGUUUGCAUCAGAGCUGGCAACACUUUACGUCUUCAUGUAACUACAACUGGAAGACCUGCACCAGUUGUUGCCUGGAGAAAGCCUGGAAUUGACCUACAAUCCCGUGGAUUCAUAGAUACUACAGAAAACACUACAACUUUAAUAGUGGAGAAGGUACAUCGUUAUGAUGCUGGAAAAUACACAAUUGAGGCAGAGAAUCCAUCUGGCAAGAAAGUAGUAACCAUUCUUGUCAAGAUUUAUGAUACUCCUGGACCAUGUGCUGCAGUAAAGGUUAAAGAUUACACAAAAGAGUCUGUUGUAAUCACAUGGGAUGUGCCUACUAUUGAUGGAGGUGCUCCCAUCAACAACUACAUAAUUGAGAAGCGUGAAGCUUCAAUGAAAUCUUACAAAACCGUGACAAAAGAAUGCAAGAAGACAUUAUACAGAAUCACUGGGCUGGAAGAAGGAACACAAUACUUCUUCAGAGUAUUGCCUGAGAACAUAUAUGGUAUUGGAGAACCUUGUGAAAUUACAGAUGCAGUACUGGUGUGUGAAGUUCCAUCUGUUCCUCAAGAUCUAUAUGUCAUUGAUACCACAAAGUCAACUGUCAUACUUGGAUGGGAAAAACCACUUCACGACGGUGGCAGCAGACUUUCUAGCUAUGUCAUUGAAGCCUGCAAAUCUGGAAGUGACCGCUGGAUGAAUGUUGCUAAUGUGAAAUCAUCUGUGCUGCAGCACACAAUUGUCUCACUGAAUGAAAAUGAGCAAUAUCUCUUCAGAAUCAGAGCUGAAAAUAGCAGAGGUGUCAGUGAGCCCAGAGAUCUCAUGACACCUGUUACAAUACAAGAACAGAGAGUCAUGCCGAAGAUUGACUUGACUGGCAUCCCACAAAAGAUUGUCAAUGUGCCAGCUGGUAAGCCAAUUGUGCUUAACAUUCCCAUUAAAGGAAGACCCGUACCAGUCUGUUCAUGGUUCUUUGGUGGAGCCAAGAUGAAGGACACACUUGACCGCAUCAAGAUUGAGACAACUGCUAAAUUCACCAAACUGACAGUCCGUGAAACCACAAUUGAUGAUACUGGCGACUAUACUCUUGAAGUGAAGAAUGUCACUGGAACAGCAACUGAGGUCAUCAAAGUUAUCAUUCUUGAUAAACCUGGAGUACCUGUCGGGCCUAUGAAAAUUGAUGAGGUUGAUGCCACAUCUGUGACCUGCAGCUGGGAACCACCACAGAAAGAUGGAGGUGCAAAUGUCAGUGGCUAUGUUGUUGAGCAACGUGAUGCACAUCGACCUGGAUGGAUGCCCGUGUCUGAAUCUGUCACAAGACCCAUGUUCAAGUUUACAAGACUUGUGGAAGGAACUGAAUAUGUAUUCCGUGUGGCUGCAACAAAUCGUUUUGGUAUUGGCGGGUUCUUGCAAUCUGAAGUUGUUGAAUGCAAGAGUGUCAAAACUGUACCUGGAGCACCAGGCACACCAGAAAUACUUGAUGUGUCUCAUGAUGGCAUGACAAUUACUUGGACACCACCCGAGGAUAAUGGUGGUUCUACUAUUGCUGGCUACAUUAUUGAGCGCAAGGAGGCUGGAUCCGACAGAUGGCUUCGCAUCAAUAAGAAUCCAGUGACCAUGACAAGAUAUAGAGCCACAGGACUUAUUGAAAGUCUUGAAUAUGAGUAUAGAGUUACAGCUAUCAACUCUAGAGGCACUGGAAAACCAAGUGCAAACUCUAAACCAACUAUUGCAAUGGAUCCUAUCGAGCCUCCUGGUAUUCCACUGAAUCCAAGAGUCACAGAUACCACAAGAACAUCAGUUUCACUUGCCUGGUCUCCUCCAGAGGAAGAGGGAGGUGCUGCUAUAACUGGCUAUCUGAUUGAGAUGCAGAAGGUUGACCAGGUUGAAUGGACAAAAUGCAACACAACACCAACAAAGAUUUGUGAAUACACUUUGACACAUAUGCCCCAGGGAGCUGAAUACAAGUUCCGUGUGUUGGCAUGUAAUGCUGGUGGAGCUGGAGAACCAGCUGAGAUUCCAGGAGUGGUCAAAGUUACAGAAAUGCUUGAUUAUCCUGAUUAUGAGCUGGAUAAAAUCUACCAGGAAGGCUAUGUUGUCAGACAAGGAGGGGUCAUUAGACUAUCUGUGCCCAUCAAGGGCAAACCUUUCCCAACAUGCAAGUGGACAAAGGAAGGUCGUGACAUUUCUCACAGAGCUAUGAUUGCAACCAGUGAAGAACGUACUGAGCUUGUGAUCAAGGAGGCCCACAGAGAUGACACUGGCACCUAUGACCUUGUGUUGGAAAACAAAUGUGGAAAGAAGGCAGUCUAUAUUAAGGUUAAAGUUAUUGGAGGCCCAGAUCCACCCGAGGGUCCUCUUGAAUUUGAUGAUAUUCAGGCACGUUCAGUCAGAGUGAGCUGGAGACCGCCCUCAGAUGAUGGUGGCUCCGAUAUCUUUGGUUACAUUGUGGAGAGGCGAGAGGUCCCUAAAGCAGCUUGGUACACUGUGGACUCACGUGUAGUUGAUACAUCACUUGUGGUCAAAGGACUGAAAGAAAAUGUUGAAUAUCACUUCAAGAUUACAGCAGAGAACCAGUUUGGUAUAAGCAAAUCCCUCAAAUCUGAUGAAUCUGUUACACCAAAGACUCCUCUAUGUCCACCAGAACCUCCUAGUUUCCCUCCAGAAAUCAUGGAUGUUACAAAGACCACAAUUGGCCUGUCCUGGUCAAGACCCAAGGAUGAUGGUGGAUCUCGUGUCACUGGAUACUAUGUUGAGAGAAGAGAGAUUUCCACUGAGAAGUGGGUGCGUCAUAACAAGACACAUAUCACGACAACAAUGUAUACUCUCACUGGUCUCAUCCCUGAUGCAGAGUACCAGUUCCGUGUGAUUGCUCAAAAUGAUAUUGGUCAAAGUGAGCCUGGACCUGUAUCCGAGUCAGUUGUAUGCAAAGAUCCAUUUGAUAAACCAGGCCAACCCGGUGAGAUUGACAUCAUCUCUAUAGCCAAGGACUGCAUAACCAUUCACUGGUUGCGUCCUGAAUCUGAUGGUGGAAAAGAAAUCCUUGGGUACUGGAUUGAAUACAGGCAAGCAGGUGAAAGUGCCUGGAAGAAAUGCAACAAAGAGCGUUCAAAAGACAGACAGUUUACCAUGGGUGGACUCAUGGAAGCAACAGAGUACGAGUUCAGAAUAUUUGCUGAAAAUGAAACUGGACUGAGUAGACCAAGAAGAACAGCAAUGGGCAUUAAAACCAAACUGAGUGUUGGAGAGGCUCCAUGCCUGAAAGAGGAAAUCAAAGAUACUACCACUAAACUAGGAGAAUCUGGAACAUUGACAUGCCAAAUUAUUGGAAGACCUCUUCCUGAAAUCAAGUGGUAUAGAUAUGGAAAGGAGUUGAUCCAGAGCCGAAAAUACAAGAUGAGCUCUGAUGGCAGAAACCACUCUCUAACAGUAUCAACAGAUGAACAAGAAGAUGAGGGCAUGUACACAUGCAGAGCCAUCAAUGAGGCAGGUGAAAUUGAGACCAGUGGCAAGCUCCUAUUGCAGGCGGCACCUCAAUUCCAUCCUGGGUUCCCAUUGAAGGAGAAAUACUAUGCUGGUUGUGGAACAAGCCUACGUCUCCAUGUCGUCUACAUUGGACGCCCUAUUCCACAAAUCAUGUGGUUCUAUGGCAAGAAGCCUCUCAAUCCAUCUGAGAAUGUAAUCAUUGAAAACACAGAAAGUUACACUCACUUAGUUAUCAGAAAUGUCCAGCGUAAGACAAAUGCUGGAAGAUAUAAGGUGCAAAUGAGCAACAAAUUUGGCACAGUGGACACUGUCCUUCGUGUUGAAAUCCAAGAUAAACCUCUCAUGCCUGAAGGACCAAUCGUUGUUGAUGCUCUCUUGAAGAGUUCUGUGAUCAUUAGCUGGAAACCACCUAAGGAUGAUGGUGGAUCACUGAUAACAAAUUACAUUGUAGAGAAACGUGAAGCAAAAGAGGGAGAGCAAUGGCAUCUUGUGUCAUCAGCUAUCCCAGGAACCACAUGUCGUGUUCCAAACCUCAUUGAGAGUGCUGGAUAUUACUUCCGGGUUUCUGCACAGAAUCAGUAUGGCAUUAGUGAAUCUCUUGAGAUACCAUCUGUUGUCAUUAUCAAGAGUCCAUUCGAGAAACCUGGAAUCCCACAACAGCCAUUUGUUUCUUCAGUAACAAAGGAUUCAUGUGUUGUUUCUUGGAAACCACCAACCAGUGAUGGAGGUGCCAAAAUUAAAAACUAUUACCUUGAAAAAAGAGAGAAGAAACAGAACAAAUGGAUUGCAGUUACUACAGAAGAAAUCCGUGAGACAUCCUACACUGUUAAAGGCCUUCUUGAAGGUUUUGAAUAUGAAUUCCGUGUCAAAUGUGAAAAUAUUGGUGGAGAGAGUGACUGGAGUGAGAUUUCUGAACCAGUCAUUCCAAAAUCAGAUGCAGCUCUCCGUGCCCCAUUCUUCAAGGAAGAAUUGAGGGACAUGUGCGUCAAAUACAGGGCAAAUGCCACAUUUGUCACAAAGGUUAUCGGACAUCCUAAGCCAGUGGUUAAAUGGUACAAGAAUGGCAAAGAAAUUUUACCUGAUGGAGAGAAAAUAAAAAUCCAAGAAUUCAAGGGAGGUUAUUUCCAACUUGUUAUCAGCAAUGCUGAUGAGAAUGAUGCAGCUGUUUACCAAAUUAGAGCUACUAACCAGCUUGGAUCAAUCUCCACAAGUAUGAACCUAGAGGUUGAGGUUCCUGCCAAGAUUCACUUGCCGUUGCAUCUCCAAGGCAUGGGAGCUGUUCAUGCCAUUCGUGGAGAAGUUGUUACAAUCAAGAUUCCAAUUAGUGGAAAACCUGAUCCUGUAGUCACAUGGCAAAAGGGACAAGAGAUAAUUAAUAAUACAGCUUAUCAUCAAGUCAUUCUCACAAGAUCAUUCACCUCCCUGGUGUUCCAAAAGGGAGUACAAAGGAAGGAUUCUGGCUACUACAUCAUUUGUGCCAAAAAUCGAUUUGGUGUAGAUAAGCAGACAGUUGAACUUGAUGUUGCUGAUGUCCCUGAUCCACCAAAGGAUGUUAAAGUCAGUGAUAUUAGCAGAGAUACACUCACCCUCAUUUGGAGUCCUGGAAAUGAUGGUGGAAGUGAAAUUAUCAAUUACAUCAUAGAAAAGUGCCCUACCUCUGGAGACAGAUGGAUUCGUGUUGCUCAGACACCUGAGCCCCAAUACACCGUGAUGAGUCUCUUUGGAAAAACAAAGUACCAGUUCCGUGUGAUUGCAGAAAACCAAUUUGGCUUGAGUGAUCCAUCUGCGCCAACAGAUCCUGUGACUACAAAAGAAGACAAGUUAGCAAUUCGAAACUAUGAUGAAGAAGUAGAUGAAACAAGAGAGGUUACAAAGGAGGAGGCACCACAUUCAAAAAUCAAGCAUGUGCCAUCUCUGUACACAAUCUCUGAGGAACUUGCACGCAAUGGACAGUUUGGCAUUGUCCAUCGCUGUAUUGAAAUUAGCUCCAAGAAGACAUUCUUGGCUAAAUUUAUCAAAGUUAAAGGUGCUGAUAGAGAGCUGGUUGCAAGAGAAAUUGAGACACUCAAUAUUGCAAGACAUAAAAACAUUCUGUAUCUUCAUGAAUCCUUUGAUAGCCUGGAAGAAUAUGUCCUGAUCUAUGAAUUCAUGUCUGGUAUGGACAUCUUUGAGCGUCUUGGUACAAGCUUUGACCUCACAGAGCAAGAAAUUGUUCGGUAUAUGAGACAAGUGUGUGGAGCCUUGAAAUUCCUGCAUAGUCGCAACUAUUGUCAUUUUGAUAUCAGACCUGAUAACAUUGUUUAUUCCACAAGGAAGAGCAAUACAAUCAAGAUCAUUGAAAUGGGUCAAGCUAGGUUGCUUACACCUGGAGAAAACAUCAGGAUUCAGUUCACUGCCCCUGAGUACUGUGCACCUGAAAUCCACAACAGUGAUUUUGUAACCACUGCCACUGACAUGUGGUCUGUAGGUGUUCUUGCAUAUGUCCUCCUUAGUGGACUUAAUCCAUUUGCUGCUGAAUCACACCAGAAAAUGGUUGAGCACAUUUCAAAUGCAGAGUAUUUGUUUGAUAGUGAAGCCUUUAAAGAGACCAGCAUUGAGGGUAUGGACUUUGUCGACAGACUGCUGACUAAAGACCGCAAGCUACGUAUGACAGCCUCUGAAGCUUUGGAGCACCCUUGGCUCAAGAUGAAAUUGGAACAUAUUAGUUCAAAGGUCAUCAAGACUUUAAGACACAGAAGAUAUUACCAAUCCCUGGUAAAAAGAGAAUGGAGCACUGUUGUUUCAGCAGCACGUGUUGCCUACGGUGGUGGCUACAGAAACCAGAAAAAUGUUUCCAUUGGUAGAGUGAAAGUUGGACAUCCUGAACAAGGCUUUAGAGCGGGUCCUGUCAUGCAUGGAUCUGCUGAAGAGGGAGGACAUGUCAGGUUUGUGUGCUGCAUCGAGAACUAUGACAGAAACACUGAAGUGACCUGGUACUUUGGGUCCCGCAAACUGAUUGCAAGCCACAAAUAUGAAAUCAGUUAUGCUAAUGGAGUUGCUAGCAUCUAUGUUAAAGACAUUGAAGAAUGUGAUGAUGGAUUAUAUAGAUGCAAGAUUGUCAGUGAAGACAGGGAGGACAAUGCUUAUGCUGAGUUGUUUGUUGAGACUGUUAGGUCCUACCGUGAAUACUAUCUGGGACGCUCACUCAAGAAACCAAGGCGUAGAAUUGACAAAACCAAAAUUUUGCAGAGGCCACCAGAGUUUACUUUGCCGUUAUACAACCGUGCAGCAUACAUUGGUGAAGAUGUGCGCUUUGGUGUAACCAUAACAGUCCAUCCAGAGCCAAGUGUUACAUGGUUAAAGGCCGGGCACAGAAUCAAACCAGAUCCUAAAAAAUACACAUUCACAAGUGACAAGGGUCUUUAUCAACUCAUGAUACACAAUGUUGACCUUAGUGAUGAUGCUGAAUACACUGUUGUAGCAAAUAACAAGUUUGGUGAGGACAGCUGCAAGGCACGUCUCACUGUGACACCUCACAUUGUUGCUGAGGACACUAUGAGACCCAUGUUCAAACGUCUCUUAGCCAAUAUUGAGUGUGUUGAGGGGCAAAGCGUUCGCUUUGACUUGAGAGUAUCAGGAACCCCAGCACCAACUCUGAAAUGGGAGAAGAAUGGCAAACCUCUUGAGUUCAGACCACAAGUUGAAGUUGUUCAAGAGGACGUAGACUAUCAUGUUCUACAUAUCAGAGAAACCCUCAUUGAGGAUUCAGGCACAUACAGAGUCACUGCAACAAAUACAGCUGGAUCAGCAAGUUGCCAAGCUACUCUCAAAGUUGAACGCCUGACAUACACAAGGAGGGAGUUCAAGAGUGAGGAAGAGAGACACAUAUAUGUUAGGAACCAAAUAGAAAAGACACUGAAAAUGGCACAACAGUUCUCAACUGCAGAGGUUGUUACACUUAAUCCUGUAGCACAGGAGGCUUUGAAGGAAGCUGCUGAAUUAUAUAAACCUGCUGUGAGCACCAAGAAUGUGCAGGGAGAGUUUGACAUCUCUGAUAAAGAGGAUCAAGAAAUAAAGAAAAUAAAAGAAGAAGAGAAGAAGAUACGUAUGCCUUACGAAAUCCCUGAAGCUCGUGCACAUGAUCCAACUGUUCUUGGUGAAGAUAACUUGAUCAAACACUUUGUGCCAUUAUCUGACAUGAAAUGGUACAAGAAACUGCGUGACCAGUAUGAGAUACCUGAGAAAAUGGAAAGAAUUGUUCAGAAGAGACAGAGGCGUAUUCGUCUUUCCAGAUGGGAGCAAUUUUAUGUCAUGCCACUACCUAGAAUAACUGAUCAGUACAGACCAAAGUGGCGCAUUCCAAAACUUACUCUAGACGAUUUAGAGACUGUUCGGCCAGCAAGGCGAUCACCAUCCCCUGAAUCUGAGGCAUCAUUCAGACUGAGAAGACGUUCACUGGGAGAUCUUUCAGAUGAGGAGCUCCUUGAGGUUGAGGACUAUAUGAAAUUGAAGAGAACUGAAAAAGAAAGGCAAGAGCUUGAAGAAGAACUAGAACUUGGCUUCUCUGCCUCCCCACCCAGUGGAAGCCCCGUACGCUUUGAGCUGUCUGCACUGCGUCGUGCCUCACCAAAACAUGUUCACAAAGCUGAAGUGAGACGUGUAGAAGAGACCAAACAUGUAACAACAACUGAGCAAGCUCGAGGCUCUCCUCCUCCCAUUUCACAUUUCUUGCGAAGGAGGAGAUCCUUGUCUCCAACAUACAUUGAACUGAUGCGCCCUGUCUCUGAACUCAUCAGACAACCUCGUGCACACAUCUCAAAAGAGGCUGAAGUUGAAUUCGUUGAAAGAAGAUCACCCACCCCUGAGAGAACACGUCCUCGAUCACCAAGUCCUGUAUCCCCUGAGAGAAGAUCUUCCAGAUCCUCCUCUAGAUUUGAAAGGUCUGCAAGAUUUGACAUCAUGUCUAGAUAUGAAGCAAGAAAAGCAGCUCUUAAAUCUGAGCGCAAGUACCAGGUUGUGACUCAGCAACCCUUUAGUCUUGAUCAUGUUCCACGUAUCACUGUAAGAAUGCGUUCUCAUCGUGUACCAUGUGGUCAAAACACUAAAUUCACUUUGAAUGUUCAGUCAAAACCAGAUGCUGAUAUCCAGUGGUUCCAUAAUGGACAACAAAUACAGGAGAGCAGCAAAUACCAGUUCACAAAUAUGAGUGGAGUCCUGUCUCUCCAAAUUAAUGACUGUCAGGCAGAGGACAGUGGCACAUACCGUGUCGUCUGCACAAAUUCAAAGGGUGAGGCAUCAGACUAUGGAACUCUUGAUGUUUCAGGUGGAGCAUUUACUACAUACUCUUCAAGACGUCGAGAUGAAGAGGCUCCGACACCAUUUGUACCUGAUAUAACAAAAACUGAUUAUUAUCAUUCAACAACAAUCAGAGCUUCCUCUGCCUCAAGAACUCAUUUGGAGAUCAAAGAAACCAAAACAAAACUAACUGAGAGACGUGAAGUUUCUGCCUUUGAAAAGUAUGAAUCUCAGAAGCUUGCAUCAUCUCCAAUUAGAUAUGCAUCCACUGAAUACCUAUCAUCAGCUUCAUAUUCAUCCUCUGAAAUGCAUACAUCUGAAAAACGUGUGUCAUCUGAAUCAAAGAUAAAAGAAUCAGAAACAACAUCUGCUGAAGUAUCAGUAAGGAAAGUUAAAGCUACUCUUUCAGCCAAAAUACUUACAAAACCACAGUCCCUGACUGUAUCUGAGGGUGACUCUGCAAGAUUUGUCUGUGAUAUUGAUGGAGAGCCAGCACCAAGUGUCACAUGGAUGCAUGACGGAAGAACAAUUGUCACUUCACACCGUAUUCAUGUGUCUACAACACAGUAUAAGUCUACAUUUGAAAUUUCAUCAGUUGAGUUUUCAGAUGAAGGCAGCUAUACUGUAGUUGUAGAAAAUUCAAAAGGAAAACAAGAGGCAAGGUUUACAUUGACUAUUCACAAACCAGUACUUAAAGAGGAAGUUACACCUACACAAGUGAAGUCACCAGAACCCUCAGUGACAUCUCCAGUGCCAUCAGUAAAAUCUCCAGAGCCAUCAGUCGCAUCGCCAGUGCCAUCAGUAAAGUCUCCAGAGCCCUCUGUGAAAUCCCCAGUGCCAUCAGUAAAGUCUCCAGAGCCUUCUGUGAAAUCCCCAGUGCCAUCAGUAAAGUCUCCAGAACCUUUAGUGAAAUCCCCAGAGCCAUCAGUAAAGUCUCCAGAACCUUUAGUGAAAUCCCCUGCACCAUCAGUUAAAUCUCCAGAGCCUUCAAUAAAAUCUCCUGUGCCCUCAGUAAAGUCUCCGGAACCCCAAAUUAAAUCACCAGAACCCACUGGUGUUAAAUCUCCUGAGGGUAUCAAAUCCCCAUUCAGAGUGAAGUCACCAGAUCCAGCCAGCUCUCUUCAGAGGGUAAAGUCCCCACCUCCUAUUAAGUCUCCUGAACCAACCACCCCUCAAAGAGUAAAGUCUCCAACUGCUCUGAAGUCCCCCGAACCAAUAGCUUCACCUCCCAGGGUAAAAUCUCCACCUCCUGUUAAGUCACCUGAUCCAGUUGCCUCCCCUCUGAGAGUUAAAUCCCCUACAGGACUUAAGUCUCCUGAACCUCAGAGAGUUAAAUCCCCACCAACAGUCAAAUCUCCUGAGCCAAUCACAUCACCUAAAAGAGUUAAAUCUCCACUUACAGUGAAAUCCCCAACCCCAUCAAAGGAAGCACCACUGAAGAUCAUUCAGCAACUCAAAGCUGAAGCUUAUGAAGACAAAGUUAAGAUGGUCUUUGUUGCUGAGAGCUCAGUAAGAGAAGUUGUGUGGUACAAGGACAACAGAAAACUCAACCAAAGUAGUCACUACCAGAUUCAUUCAUCUGCCGAUGGAACAUGCUGUCUCUAUAUAUCUGAUGUUUCUGAGAGUGACCAAGGGGAAUACUCCUGUGAAAUCAUAAGUGAAGGAGGAGCAGUGUCAAGAACAUCAUACUCUUUUCUUGGUCAAGUGUUUCAAGCAAUCUACUCAAAAGUAACUGCAUUUGUGGCUACACAUAAGGCUGUUCAAGAAUCUGUAUCUUCUCAAAUACAUGGGGGAAGUGAAAUGAUUCUUAAGAAGGAAAGUGCUGCUGUUAGUAGCAUGCAUGAAAGUUUUGCUUCAAAAUCCAUCCACAUGGAGAGCACAAUCCAAGAGGCAUCCUUCAGCAGUGCGUCAAUGGCUGAGAUGAAAUUUGAAACUAUGUCAAUGUCUAGCAUGUCCUCUAUGACAUCAGAGUCAGUAUAUGCAAUGAGCUCAAGCAGUAUAAUGUCAAGUCAUUCACAUGUUGAAGAAUCCUCAGUUAGAGCAGCCCUCCGCAGUGCUCAAGGCUUGGCUCCAAGAAUUGAAGCUCUUCCUGAAGAUAUCAGCAUUGAAACUGGAAAGGUUCUAACGGUGGCCUGUGCUUUCUCUGGAGAGCCAGCACCUCAUAUUGAGUGGUCGCGCGGUGGAAAGAAACUGCCUGGUGAGGAAGAAAGUAGCAGGUUCCAUAUUGACACCACAGAAGACCUGACCACACUCAUCAUCACUGGUGUGAAAGAGAGUGAUGCUGGGGCAUACACACUCAAACUUUCCAAUGAGCAUGGAUCUGACAUGGCAACUGUUACCAUCAGUAUUCGAUCAAAGUAAAGCCAUAAUUUAUACCCCCACCCCUUUCUUCAUUAAGCGACUUUGUAUUUUUUAAAUGAAAUGAAAAAAAAUCUUGAUAAGUUACCUGGAUAUCUGUUCCUGUAAAUAUAAACUAUUUUUAUACCAAACAUGACAUUAAUUUAUGCCAAUCUAGACUAAAGUCUAAAGUAUUAUAAAAUGUGCCAUAUUGGAUAAUUAUGACUUAGGAUUUUUGAUCCAAUUUUCUGUGACAUGUACAUAAUGUAUAUAGCCGAAUUUAACGGUUAUGGAAAAUGUAUGAAUUGUUAUUUAUAACAAUAUUAACUGAAACAAAUGGAACUAAAUGUUUAUCAGGAGAAAGUUUCACAUGGAACGAAUACCCUGAUAAACCUGAAACUAAACUCUGUGCCUCAACAAUAAGUUGAAGUCUUAAGAUUGCCUCAACAGGUAGAGAGGCUCCCUGUUGACGUUACACUAAAUCUGAGAGACUAAGUUAUGCCUGCAUGUUUACACGUGCAGUGAUAUUUUAACCAUACUCUUAUGCAUUGUUACUUGAACAUAAGGCCUUGAGUGCUGUUUGCAUUUUACCCUCAUGUAAGCAGGGCGACUAGGCCUUGUGUUCUGACUGACUAUGUCAUACCACCAUUUUAAUGACAUGCUCAAGGUGCGAGCGGCCUGCACUUUAUGAGCAAAAAUGUUUAAUGUGCUCUGUUUCUGGCAAGGGACUGCUUGAAUAAACUUUCAAAUUUAACAUCUCCUGGCCAAUAAUGAAAGUAUAUCUUGUACUUCCUUGCAGAAGCAGAGCCUCCUCUUGGAGGAUUGCUUUGAAGCAUUGCGUGUUUGUGUGUUAGCUUUAGAAUUCACCUUGUCAGUUGUUGGGCAAACAUCAAGAAAAUGUGCCGCAGCAACACCACCUGCUGUGCAAUGGGAGAGAGACAGUUUAGUAUCUAAUUGCCCUGCACUUUGGUUUGAUUUUAUGUAGAAUUGUAGAAUUAUCUAUAUAUGCAACCUCCUUGAGUAUUAAUGAUUCAAUAAAGCAUGUUCUCAGCACUAA